GAGCAGUCGUGCAUUCCCCGCCUCGCCUCGGGUGUAGGGAUUGCAAAAAAACAAAACUACACUGUCAAGACUGUGUAGUUUUGUUUUUAUGAUUAGAGGCUCUUCAAUUCUCAUGCUGGGAUUGUCUAAAAAAAUCUUACUCUGGAUAAGGACGUCGUUCAAGAAGAUUUCGUUGGGCUUAGCCCACUCUUGCAGGCACUUUGAGAGAUCAGAGUGCCUGUAAAGAUGACGACGAAAGCACCAACAUUUACACAGCCGUUACAAAGUGUUGUGGCACUGGAGGGUAGUGCCGCAACCUUUGAGGCUCACAUUAGUGGUUUCCCAGUUCCUGAGGUGAACUGGUAUCGGGAUGGCCAGGUUCUCUCUGCUGCAACUCUGCCCGGUGUGCAGAUCUCGUUUAGUGAUGGCCGCGCUAGACUGGUGAUCCCCACCGUGACAGAAGCCAACAGCGGGAGAUACACUGUGCAAGCCACCAAUGGAUCUGGGCAAGCGACUAGUACUGCUGAGCUGCUUGUCACAGCUGGAACAGCACCACCAAACUUCUCACAACGACUACAGAGCAUGACUGCAAGACAGGGAAGUCAAGUUCGACUUGACGUGAGAGUGACUGGAAUCCCUACACCUGUGGUGAAGUUCUAUCGGGACGGAGUAGAAAUUAAAAGUUCCCCCGAUUUUAAAAUUUUACAAGAAGGAGACCUUUACAGCUUAAUAAUUGCAGAAGCAUAUCCUGAAGACUCCGGCACCUAUUCCGUAAAUGCCACAAACAGUGUGGGACGUGCUACUUCAACAGCUGAAUUACUAAUUCAAGGCGAGGAAGAAGCCGUUCCUGCUAAAAAGACAAAGACAAUUGUUUCGACUGCUCAGAUUUCACAAACAAGACAAGCCAGAAUUGAAAAGAAGAUUGAAACCCACUUUGAUGCCAGAUCACUUACAAGUGUUGAAAUGAUUACAGAAGGUUCAGCCACCCAACAGCUCCCACACAAGGCACCUCCACGAAUGCCUCCUAGACCUACAUCAAAAUCACCAACCCCGACAACUGCUGCAAAAGCACAAAUGGCACGACAGCAAUCACCGUCACCUGUUAGACAAUCACCAUCCCCUGUAAGACAUGUCAGAGCACCAACACCUUCACCAGUAAGGUCAGUUUCUCCUGCUGGGAGAAUCUCCACCUCACCUAUUAGACCAGUGAAAUCUCCAUCUCCAAUCCGUAAACCACAUGUAGUGACAACAGCUGGGGCUGAUGUCCUUCCUCCUUGGAAGCAGGAGGGAUAUGCUGCAACCAUGGAAGCCCAGAUGAAGGAAACAAGAGUAUCUACAAGCACUACCCAAGUGACUGAAGAAAGAUGGGAGGGGAGAUACGGGGUCCAUGAACAAGUUACCAUUACUGGAGCUACUGCUGGUGACAUGGCCACUGCUGCUAGAGAGGUGAGAAAGGACAGUGAAAAAACAGCAGCUGUUGCUACGGUUGUUGCUGCUGUGGAUCAAGCCAUGGUGAGAGAACCAGCUCCAAGUGUUGUAGAGCAAACUUCUAAAAAGACAGCAAUGACUGCAGUCCACGUUCAGCCUGUUCAUGAGCAGAUGAAAAAGGAGGCAAUGGUAGUAGUUACCAGUGAUAAAGCCACAAAACAAACAGUGAUAUCAAGAACUAGAGAAGGAAUUGUAACUUCACAAGAACAAAGACACAUCUCUCCUGAAAAGGUGAGAAAAGAACCAGAGAAAACUCCAGUACCGACAGUAACAAUUGCCACAGACAAAGCCAAAGAACAAGAAAGAGUAACAAGAGCUAGAGAAGAAAUAUCUACCAGACAUGAGCAAGUGCACAUUGCUCAUGAACAGAUAAGAAGGGAAGAUAUGAAACCUUCUGUACCUAAGGUAGUAAUUUCUACUGAUAAACCUAAAGCACCGGUCAUAAUAUCGAAAAGUAAAGAAAGAAUUGCCACCAAACAAGAACAAGUGAGCAUAACACGUGAAAAGACUCAAGCUGGAAAAAAGGCUGAAGCUGUAGCCACAGUUGUUGCAGCAGUUGACCAGGCACGUGUUCGAUCACCCUGGCAACCAGAACAAGCAGAUGAAGCUUAUGUUAAGGAGAAAACUUUGGAAUAUGGUUAUAAAGAGCACACUGUAACAGACCGUGUUUCUGAGGCCCCAGCAGAACGUCAUGUUGUCACUAAAGAAGUCAAAACGGUCUAUGUUCCUCCUGAGAAACCUGUCUCUGCUCCUGAAAAGCAGGAAGUUCAUAUAUCAAAAGAGAUAAAAAGAACAACAGAACUUGAGAGAACAAUUCAUGUUGAACCGCCGCGACCUCGCACAGCAAGUCCUCACUUCACGGUCUCCAGAGUUGCAGUUCCUAAACCUGAUCAUACGUAUGAGGUUUCAAUAGCUGGAUCUGCCAUGGCUACCCUGGAAAAAGAGUUAUCAGCUACUUCUGCUGUGCAAAAGAUCACCAAGCCUGUGAAACCACCUCAGCUAAAGCCUCAUGAAGUCAGGACAAAAGCAGAGCCAGUUGCUCCUGCACAGUUUCCCUUUGGAGAGGCUGCAGAGACGUAUAAGAGUCACUAUGGUGUUGAGACUAAAAAGGAGACAAGCAUUAAAAGUGAAGCAGUGCGGACUGAACACUUGAUGCUGCAUAAAGAAGGUGAAGCGAAGGUGACAGAAACUGCCAGAGUUCCUGUACCUGCAGAAAUCCCUGCUACGCCACCCUCCUUAGUCUCAGGCCUCAAAAAUAAGACUGUGACUGAAGGUGAAUCUGUCACUCUGGAAUGCCAAAUAUCUGGUCAUCCUCAGCCUACAGUGACGUGGUACAGGGAAGACUACAAAAUUGAGAGCUCAAUGGACUUCCAGAUCACUUUCAAAGCAGGACUUGCUCGUCUUGUGAUUCGUGAAGCCUUUGCAGAGGACAGUGGAAGAUUUACCUGCACUGCUACCAAUAAGGCUGGGAGUGUCAGCACUUCUUGCCACUUACAUGUGAAAGUUACUGAAGAAAUUGAGACUCGAGAAACCAUUUCUGAGAAGGCUGUUACCGAAGAGAAACGCUAUGUGGAGACAAAGGACAUUGUAAUGGAAGAUGUCUCUGCUGCAGCAGAGGAAGUAUCGGGAGAACCCAUACCUCCUUUCUUCAUUAGAAAACCCAUGGUGCAUAAAUUAAUUGAAGGUGGGAGCAUUAUUUUUGAAUGCCAAGUAGGGGGCAACCCAAAGCCACAUGUCUACUGGAAAAAAGGCGGAGUUCCUCUAACGACUGGCUACAGAUACAAAGUGAGUUAUAAAAAAGAAACCGGGGAAUGCAAACUUGAAAUUUCCAUGACUUUUGCCGAUGAUGCCGGAGAAUACACUAUUGUUGUUCGUAAUAAUCUUGGAGAAGCUUCUGCAACGGUCUCCUUACUAGAAGAAGCUGAUUAUGAAGCCUACAUAAAAUCGCAACAAGAAAUGAUGUACCAAACUCAAAUGACUGCAUACGUACAGGAACCUAAAGUGGCUGAGGUAGCCCCACCCAUUUCCUAUGGUGACUUUGAAAAAGAGUAUGAGAAAGAACAAGCUCUAAUUAGGAAGAAAAUGGCAAAAGAUACAGUGAUGGUCAGAACUUUUGUAGAAGAUGAGGAAUUCCAUAUUUCUUCCUUUGAAGAAAGACUUAUCAAGGAAAUUGAACUCAGAAUUAUUAAGACUACGUUACAUGAACUUCUUGAAGAAGAUGGAGAGGAGAUGAUGGUUGAUAUUUCUGAAUCUGAAGCUGUAGAAGCAGGAUUCGAUAUAAGAUUAAAGAAUUACAGAACCUUUGAAGGGACAGGAGUUACCUUCCAUUGCAAGACAUCUGGAUAUCCAUUGCCAAAGGUGGCAUGGUACAAGGAUGGCAAACGUAUAAGGCAUGGAGAGCGCUACCACAUGGAACUUCUGCAAGAUGGCAGUGCCACUCUGCGUUUACCUGUUGUUUUACCUGAAGAUGAAGGAAUUUAUACUGUCUUUGCCAGUAAUAUGAAAGGAAAUGCCAUUUGCUCAGCAAAACUCUAUGUUGAGCCAGUUGCACCUACAGCAACUCCAGGUUAUAUGCCAGGACCUGAAGUUAUGAGAAGAUAUAGGUCUAUCUCUCCACGGUCUCCAAGCCGGUCUCCUGCCCGCAGUUCUCCUUCUCGUUCUCCUGCCCGGAGAUUAGAAGAAACUGAUGAGGGGCAACUAGAGAGACUAUAUAAGCCAGUUUUUGUGUUGAAACCAACAUCAUUUAAAUGUUCACAGGGGCAGACAGCAAGAUUUGACUUAAAAGUUGUUGGCAGACCUAUGCCAGAGACAUACUGGUUCCAUAAUGGUCAACAAGUGAUUAAUGACUACACCCAUAAAAUAGUGAUUAAAGAAGAUGGUACCCAGUCAUUGAUUAUUGUUCCUGCAAUGCCUGAAGACUCUGGAGAAUGGGCUGUCAUUGCUCAGAAUAGGGCAGGCAAAGCUUCAGUCUCAAUGACACUGACUGUAGAAGCUAAGGAAGACCUGGUCAGACCACACUUUGUGGAAAGGUUGAGAAAUGUCAGUGUGAAGGAGGGCUCUAGACUGGAGAUGGCAGUGAAAGCUACUGGUAACCCUAAUCCUGACAUUGUAUGGCUCAAGAACAGUGACAUCAUUGUGCCUCAUAAAUACCCCAAAAUAAAGAUUGAGGGAACCAAAGGGGCAGCUGCCCUUAAAAUUGAAUCUACUGCCAGGCAAGAUGCUGCUUGGUAUACUGCUACUGCUAUCAAUAAAGCUGGACGGGACACUACCCGCUGCAAAGUAAAUGUUGAGGUUGAACACACAGAACCUGAACCAGAAAGGAAAUUAAUAAUUCCAAAAGGAACUUACAAAGCCAAAGAGAUUGCAGCACCAGAGUUAGAACCUCUCCAUCUGCGUUAUGGUCAAGAGCAAUGGGAGGAAGGAGAUCUCUAUGACAAAGAAAAGCAACAGAAACCAUUUUUUAAGAAGAAGCUCACAUCUUUAAGGCUUAAACAGUUUGGACCAGCACACUUUGAAUGCAGGCUUACACCAAUUGGCGACCCAACCAUGGUGGUGGAGUGGUUACAUGAUGGCAAACCCUUGGAAGCAGCUAACAGACUCCGCAUGAUCAAUGAGUUUGGGUACUGUAGCCUGGACUAUGGGGUAGCCUAUUCCAGAGACAGUGGAGUGAUUACUUGCAGAGCAACUAACAAAUAUGGCACAGACCAUACAUCUGCUACUCUGAUCGUGAAGGAUGAGAAAAGUCUUGUGGAAGAAUCCCAGUUGCCAGAAGGCAAAAGAGGACUCCAGCGAAUUGAAGAGUUAGAAAGAAUGGCCCAUGAGGGUGCUCUACCUGCUGUUGCACUGGACCAAAAGGAAAAACAAAAACCAGAAAUCGUUUUGGUUCCUGAACCUGCAAGAGUCCUUGAAGGGGAAACAGCACGAUUCCGCUGCCGUGUGACUGGCUAUCCUAUGCCCAAGGUUAACUGGUACCUCAAUGGACAACUCAUCCGUAAGAGCAAAAGGUUUAGGCUCCGUUAUGAUGGAAUCCACUACCUGGAUAUUGUGGACUGCAAAUCAUAUGACACAGGAGAGGUGAGAGUCACUGCAGAGAAUCCAGAAGGCUUUAUUGAACAUAAGGUCAAACUUGAGAUACAGCAGAGGGAAGACUUCAGAUCUGUUCUUCGUCGUGCUCCUGAGCCCAAACAUGAGCCUGUAGUUACAGAACCUGGGAAACUCCUCUUUGAGGUACAGAAGGUAGACAAACCUGCAGAGGCAACAACCAAAGAAGUGGUGAAGCUGAAAAGGGCUGAAAGAAUCACUCAUGAAAAGCUUUCAGAGGAAUCUGAAGAGCUGCGUAGUAAAUUCAAGCGCAGGACAGAAGAAGGCUACUAUGAAGCCAUUACAGCUGUGGAACUUAAAUCUCGCAAAAAAGAUGAAUCAUAUGAAGAAAUGUUAAAAAAGACAAAAGAAGAACUUCUUCACUGGACCAAAGAGAUCCCAGAGGAAGAGAAGAAAGCACUUCCUCCUGAAGGCAAAAUCACCAUUCCAACAUUCAAACCAGAGAAGGUGGAGCUUAGUCCAAGCAUGGAGGCUCCCAAGAUAUUUGAACGAAUUCAAAGCCAGACUGUAGCCCAAGGAACAGAUGUACACUUCCGUGUGAGAGUGGUGGGAAAACCUGAUCCUGAAUGCCAGUGGUUCAAAAAUGGUGUUCAGAUUGAAAGGACUGAUCGUGUAUACUGGUACUGGCCUGAAGAUAAUGUUUGCGAACUAGUUAUCAGAGAUGUGACUUCUGAUGAUUCUGCCAGCAUUAUGGUGAAAGCAGUCAAUAUAGCUGGUGAAACUUCUAGCCAUGCUUUCCUAUUAGUACAAGCCAAGCAGUUAAUCAGCUUCACCCAGAAGUUACAAGAUGUUGUUGCUAAAGCAAGAGACUCCAUGGCAACAUUUGAAUGUGAAACAUCAGAGCCCUUUGUCAAAGUGAAAUGGUUCAAGGACGGAAUUGAGAUUCAUUCUGGAGACAAGUACAGGAUGCACUCAGACAGAAAGGCUCACUUCCUUUCUGUAUUAACAAUUGAUAUGUCUGAUGAUGAUGACUACAGCUGUGCACUGGUUGAAGAUGAAUCCAUUAAAACCACUGCAAAGCUUACUGUUGAAGGUGCUGCAGUUGAGUUUAUUAAAGAACUUGAAGAUGUUGAAGUGCCAGAAUCCUUCUCAGGUGAACUUGAAUGCGAGGUUUUCCCAGAAGAUGUGGAAGGAAAAUGGUAUCAUGGUGAUGUUGAACUCACUUCUGGUCUCAAACAUGUGAUUACAUCCCGCCGUGGUCGUCAGAUCCUCACUAUUAAAGAUGUUAAUAAAGAUGAUCAAGGAGAGUAUAGUUAUGUUGUUGACGGAAAAAGGACUCAAUGCAAACUGAAGAUGAAGCCUCGUCCCAUGGCAAUUCUUCAAGGACUUACUGAUCAAAAAGUCUGUGAGGGAGAUAUUGUGCAACUUGAAGUCAAAGUCUCCCUCGAAAACGCAGAAGGUGUCUGGAUGAAAGAUGGCCAAGAAAUUCAAUCAAGUGACCGUAUUCACAUUGUGUUGGAUAAGCAAUCACAUAUGCUGCUCAUAGAAGAUGCCACAAAGGAAGAUAGUGGAACUUACUCUUUUAGUGUUCCUGAUCUUGAGUUGUCAACCACUGGACAGAUCACAGUGUACAGUGUGGAAAUAGUGGUGCCUCUAAAAGAUGUUCACGUAAUUGAAGGAACAAAAGCCAUCCUAGAAUGCAAAGUUUCAGCACCUGAUGUGUCCUCCUCAAAAUGGUACCUAAAUGAUAAUCAAAUAAAGACUGAUGAACGUGUGCAAGCUGUAUGUAAAGGCACUAAACAGAGGCUAGUGCUCACCAGAACCCAUGCAUCAGAUGCAGGACACUAUAAGCUAAUGGUUGGCAAAGUGGAAACAACCUGCAAUGUCACAGUUGAAGAAAUUGAGAUUAUUAGAGGUCUUCAUGACAUCACCUGCACUGAAACACAGAAUGUUUCCUUUGAGGUCGAGCUCUCCCAUUCAGGGAUUGAUGUAAUUUGGCAUUUCAAAGGCCAACCCAUAAAGGCUGGUCCUAAAUAUAAAAUUGAAGCACAUGGCAAAAUAUAUAAAUUGACAGUGGUGAAGAUGAUGAAAGAUGAUGAAGGAGAAUAUGUAUUUUAUGCUGGAGAGAAGAAAACAUCUGGGAAGCUUAUAGUAGCAGGCGGUGCCAUUUCAAAGCCUCUCAGUGACCUGACUGUGGCUGAGUCCCAGACAGCUGUUUUUGAAUGUGAGGUGGCAAAUCCUGAAUCAGAGGGCCAGUGGCUACAAAAUGGUAGACCAUUAGCUACAACAGAUCAGUACCGUGCUGAAUCUGAUGGUGUAAAGAGAAGGCUUGUUAUCCCUGCAACAAAACUGGAGGACAUGGGUGAAUACAGCUAUGAAAUAGCAAGCUCAAAGACAUCUGCUAAACUGAAGGUUGAAGCUGUUAAGAUAAAGAAAACACUAAAGAACUUGACUGUGACAGAAUCACAGGAGGCAGUUUUCAGCGUAGAGCUGACCCACCCUGAUGUGAUAGGAGCUCUAUGGAUUAAAAAUGGUGUUGAACUUGAAUCAAGUGACAAAUAUGAAAUUACAGUGAAAGGAACUGUUCACACAUUGAGAAUAAAACGCUGUGUUGUCACCGAUGAGUCUGUUUACAGCUUUAAACUUGGAAAAAUAGGAGCAAAUGCCAGACUUCAUGUGGAAACUGUCAAGAUCAUCAAAAAGCCAAAGGAUGUGACUGCUUUGGAAAAUGCUGUUGUCUCAUUUGAACUCAGUGUUUCCCAUGAUACUGUGCCAGUCCGGUGGUUCCACAAAAAUAUUGAGCUUAAACAAAGUGACAAAUACAAAAUGAUCUCUCAAAGGAAAGUUCACAAGCUUAUGCUGCAUAAUAUAUCUCCUGAUGAUGCUGGGGAAUACACAGCUCUUGUUGGGCAAAUUGAGUGCAAAGCAAAACUGUUUGUGGAAAGCAUACACAUCACAAAAACCAUGAAAAAUAUUGAGAUCCCUGAGACUAAAACUGCCUCCUUUGAAUGUGAAGUUUCUCAUUUUAAUGUGCCUGCUGUCUGGUUGAAAAAUGGUGUGGAGAUUGAAAUGAGUGAAAAGUUCAAAAUAGUUGUCCAAGGCAAACUCCACCAGCUCAAUAUCAUGAACACAAGCAGUGAAGAUUCUGCAGAAUACACCUUUGUCUGUGGAAAUGAUAGAGUCAGCGCAACCCUGACUGUAAAACCCAUCCUAAUUACCUCCAUGCUAAAAGACAUCAAUGCUGAAGAGAAAGAUACAAUAACAUUUGAAGUUACUGUUAAUUAUGAAGGCAUCUCAUAUAAAUGGCUAAAGAAUGGUGUAGAAAUAAAAUCGACUGAUAAAUGCCAGAUACGAACAAAGAAGCUUACACACUCCCUAUCCAUAAGGAAUGUGCAUUUUGGAGAUGCAGCAGAAUAUACUUUUGUUGCUGGACAAGCAGCUUCAUCAGCCACUUUAUAUGUGGAAGCUCGUCACAUUGAGUUUAGGAAGCACAUUAAAGACAUCAAAGUGGUGGAGAAGAAGCGGGCUAUUUUUGAAUGUGAAGUUUCAGAACCUGACAUUCAGGUCCAGUGGAUGAAGGAUGGGCAAGAACUCCAGAUUGGUGAUAGGAUGAAAAUUCAGAGAGAGAAAUAUGUCCAUCGUCUCAUCAUUCCUUCCACAAGGAUGUCUGAUGCUGGUCAGUACACUGUAGUAGCUGGUGGAAACACAUCCAGUGCCAAUUUGAUAGUGGAAGGUCGUGAUAUUCGUAUCAGAAGUGCCCAUAAAGAUAUUCAGGUCAUUGAGAGGCAAAGAGCUGAAAUUGAAUUUGAAGUCAAUGAAGAUGACAUUGAACCACAGUGGUACAAGGAUGGUAUUGAGAUCAACUUCCAGUAUGAGGAAAGAUACAAGUAUGUGGUGGAAAGGAGAGUCCAUCGAAUGAGCAUCUUUGAAACCACUUACUCCGAUGCUGGGGAAUAUACUUUUGUGGCAGGACGGAAUAGGAGUUCUGUUAUGCUUUAUGUGAAUGCUCCAGAGCCACCCCAGAUUAUUCGGGAGCUAGAGCCAACUACUGUGGAGUCUGGCAAACCUGCCCGCUUUUGUGCUAUUGUAUCAGGCAAACCCCAGCCCAAAAUUUCCUGGUACAAAGAUGAUCAACAGCUUUCUCCAGGUUUCAAGUGCAAAUUUCUUCAUGAUGCACAAGAAUAUACUCUUUUGCUGAUUGAAACUUUCCCUGAAGAUGAAGCAGUGUACACCUGUGAAGCAAAAAAUGACUAUGGAGUAGCUACAACUUCAGCUUCACUUUCAGUUGAAAUCCCAGAAGUUGUGUCUCCCGAGCUAGAAAUGCCAGUGUAUCCACCUGCUGUCAUAAUACCACUACGUGAUGCUGUUACAUCUGAGGGACAUUCUGCUCGUUUUCAGUGCAGAGUUUCUGGAACAGAUCUGAAAGUGUCUUGGUACAGCAAAGAGAAGGAGAUCAAGCCAUCACGGUUUUUUAGAAUGACUCAGUUUGAAGACACCUACCAGCUAGAGAUUGCUGAAGCUUACCCAGAGGACGAAGGAAUCUAUACCUUUGUGGCGAGUAAUUCUGUAGGCCAAGUGACCAGCACUGCUACCUUGAAGUUAGAAGCUGCUGAAAAAAUUGUUCAUGAGAAGCUAGAGGAAGAGGUUGAAAUGGAAGUGAAAGUUGCACCGAUCCUGAGGAGAAGGCUUGAACCCUUGGAAGUGGCUGUAAAUCACGUGGCCAAGUUUACCUGUGAGGUAGAGAUGGCUCCCAAUGUCAAGUUCCAGUGGUACAAAGCUGGACGAGAGAUAUAUGAUGGGGACAAAUACUCCAUUCGCACCUCCAACUACCUCUCCACACUGGAGAUCCCAAGGCCUCAAGUUGUUGACUGUGGGGAAUAUAGCUGUAAGGCUUCCAACCAGCAUGGCAGUGUUAGCUCUACGGCUGUUCUAACGGUAACUGAGGCAUUACCACCAACGUUUCUUACCAGACCUGAACCUAUUACUACUUUUGUUGGCAAAAGUGCCAAGUUCCUGUGUACUGUUUCGGGCACUCCAGUCAUCGACAUCACCUGGCAGAAAGAUGGAACAACUAUUUCACCUUCAGACCACCAUAAGAUCUCCAAAGUGGAAAAUAAACAUGUUUUAGAAAUUUCCCUUCUUACUGCUAGUGACAGAGGGGUUUACACUUGCAAAGCUUCCAACAAGUUUGGGGCUGAUAUUUGCCAGACUGAAAUGGUCAUUAUAGACAAGCCCCACUUCAUUAAAGAUUUGCAGUCAGUACAGUCAGCAGUUAAUAAGAAAAUACGCCUUGAAUGUCAGGUGGAUGAAGACAGGAAAGUAACUGUAGUGUGGACAAAGGAUGGAAACAAAAUCCCUCCAGGCAAAGAUUAUAAGAUUUAUUUUGAAGACAAAAUAGCCUCGCUUGAGAUUCCUUUGGCUAAGCUCAAGGACUCAGGCCACUAUGUGUGUACUGCUUCAAAUGAGGCAGGAAGCAGCUCCUCUUCUGCCAGCGUCACAGUCAGAGAACCACCAUCCUUCGUGAAGAAGGUCGAUCCAUCUUAUUUACUGACCCCAGGCGACUCUGCACGUCUUCAGUGCAAAAUCAAAGGGUCUCCUGAAAUCCAGGUUACUUGGUUCAAGAAUAAUAAGGAAAUCCAUGAAAGUAACACGCACAGGAUGUCCUUUGUUAAUUCUGUGGCUGUCUUAGAUAUUUUGGAAAUGAAAGUUGAUGACACUGGGACCUACUCAUGUGAAGCUGUCAACGAGGUUGGAAGUGACAGUUGCACCACCGAAGUGGUUGUCAAAGAGCCUCCAUCUUUCAUCAGAACACUUGAACCUGCAGAGCUAGUGAAGGGAACAAACCCCAUUCUUCAGUGUGAGGUUGCUGGCACUGGACCCUUUGAGAUUAGCUGGUACAAAGACAAGAAGCAGAUUCGGAGUAGUAAAAAAUACAGGUUGACGUCUCAGAAGGCUGUUAUUUCUUUGGAGGUGUCCUCAUUUAAUAGUGCAGAUGUCGGUGAAUAUGAGUGUGUGAUAGCUAAUGAAGUCGGGAAGUGCAUGUGCAGUGCCACAUACAUCUUGAAAGAACCACCAUCUUUUGUUAAGAAAAUCGAAAAUGUGACAGCUCUGGCUGGAGAUAGUGUUACAUUACAGGCUGUGGUGAAAGGGUCAGAGCCUAUUUCUGUGACAUGGAUGAAAGGCAAAGAUAUUAUUAAAGAUGAUAACAAUGUGAGAGUGUCAUUUGAUCACGGUCUAGCAACACUGCAAAUUACUGGAGUCCAGCUGAGCUCUGGUGGCAAAUACACCUGCGUGGCUGAGAAUGAUGCAGGAAGUCAGUCCUGCUUUGGUGAACUAGCAGUGAAAGAACCUGCCAAAAUAAUUGAAAAAGCCGAAAUGAUCCAGGUUACAGCUGGGGAACCAGCUAUUUUGGAGUACACUGUCACAGGCACUCCAGAGCUGAAAAGCAAAUGGUUCAAAGAUGGAAAGCCACUACCUGCCAGCAAAAAAUAUAGGAUCAGCUUCAAAAAUAACAUUGCCCAGCUCAAGUUUUAUGCCACUGAAAUGCAGGACAGUGGUGAAUACACCUUUGAGAUAUCCAAUGAUGUGGGCAUCAGUUCUUGUACUACCAGCUUCACUGUGCUAGAUCGCACUCUCCCUCCCUUCUUUACUAAACCACUGAAGAAUAUUGACAGCGUCAUUAGCUCCUCAUGCCGCCUAGACUGCAAAAUUUCAGGCUCUCUUCCAAUGACUGUCUCAUGGUUUAAGCAGGAUACUGAGAUCACUUCAAGUGCCAAGUACACAGUACACUUUGCAGAAGGCUCAGCAUCUUUGGAAAUAAAACAUCUAGAUGCAAAUGAUGCUGGGGUCUACAUUUGCAGAGCCACAAACUCUGCUGGUAGCAAAGAGAGCAGUAGCACUUUGUUUAUAAAAGAGCCACCUAGCUUCACUGUAGAACCACAGUCUCAAGAUGUAUUGCCUGCAUCAACUGUACAUUUCAAAGGAAUGUUUAAAGGCACAACACCACUGACAGUGAAAUGGUUUAAAGAUGAUACUGAGCUGGUGACAGGAGGAGCCUGCUACAUUAUGACAGAAGCAUUAGCAAGUUACUUGGAGCUUUAUGCAGUCAAACCAACUGAUUCUGGAAAAUACACCUGCAAAGUCUCCAAUGUAGCUGGUUCAGUAACAUGCAGUGCAAACUUAUUUGUGAAAGAACCUGCUGCCUUCAAGGAGAAGCUAGAGCCGACUCACCUGGUAAAGAAAGGUGGAUAUGCUGAGCUGACCUGUGAAGUCACUGGUACUCCUGAGAUUAAAAUCACGUGGUUCAAGGAUGACAGAGAGCUAAAAGAGAGUGACAAAUACAGGAUAUCUUUUACAAAAUCUUUGGCAAUACUCCAUGUUUUGGAGGUUGAUACUGAAGACAGUGGGGAAUACAUUUGCGAAGCCAAAAAUGAUGCUGGAAGAGAUAUCUGCAGUAGUGUUGUUACAGUUAAAGAGUCACCUUAUUUUAGCAAGGAGUUUCAAUCCAUGGAAGUCUUGAAGGAUUCUGAUGUGGUUUUGGAAUGUGAGGUGCUUGGCACGCCUCCCUUUGAAGUGUUUUGGGUGAAAGAUGAUAAACCCGUGCGGAGCAGUAAGAAGCACAGAAUAAGCAUUGAGAAAUCUUUGAUUAGCCUCCACGUUUUCAGGUUUGAUGCUUCUGAUGUUGGCGAGUAUCAGUGUAGAGUAACCAACGAUGUUGGGAGCUGUCUCUGCCGCUCAGAGGUCACACUGAAAGAACCUCCGCAGUUUUUGAAGAAGAUAGAAAACAUUAGCUCCCUUCGAGGGGGAACAGUUGUGUUUCAGGCUGCUAUUAAAGGUUCCUUGCCCAUCACUGUGUCCUGGUUGAAAGACAAUGAUGAGGUGAUUGAAGACAACAAUAUCAAAAUGACCUUUGUGAACAAUGUUGCCACUCUUAUGGUGAGAUCUAUUGAGCUGAAACAUGAUGGGAAAUAUUUCUGUCAGGCUAAAAACGAGGCAGGAAUUCAGAGGUGCUCUGCUCUGCUGACUGUCAAAGAACCUGCUACAAUUGUGGACAAGGCUGUGUCAAUAGAUGUGACUGAGGGAGACCCAGCAACCUUGCAGUGUAAAUUUUCAGGAACAAAACCUAUUACAGCCAAAUGGUUCAAAGAUGGCAAGGAACUGACAUUGGGCCCAAAAUAUAAGAUCAGCAUUACAGAUACCGUCUCAGUCUUAAAGGUGCUUUAUGCAGAUAAGAAAGAUAGUGGAGAAUACAUUUUUGAAGUUCAAAAUGACGUUGGGAGCAGUAGCUGUUCUGCCAGCAUUAAUGUCCUAGAUCUCAUUAUACCACCUAAAUUCACCAAAAAACUCAAGAAAAUGGACAGCAUUAAGGGGUCUUUUGUCCACCUGGAGUGCAUAGUGUCUGGUUCACAUCCCAUAAGUAUCCAGUGGUACAAGGAUGGCCAAGAAAUAACAGCAAGUGAAAAGCACAAAUACUCUUUCCAUGAUAAUACUGCAUUUCUGGAAAUAAAUAAACUGGAAGGCACAGACAGUGGCUCUUACACCUGUGAAGCUACAAAUAAAGCUGGAAGCAACCAAUGCAGCGGGUUCUUAACAGUCAAAGAACCACCAUAUUUUGUGGAAAAACCCCAGUCUCAAGAGGUUGUGCCCAAUGCUAGGGUUCAGUUCAAAGCGCUGGUGAAAGGGUCUACUCCUAUGCAGAUAAAGUGGUUUAAAGACAGCCAGGAGCUCCUGUCUGGAGCCAGCCGAUCUGUCUGGAAGGAUGACACUUCUAGUGUUCUGGAGCUCUUCUCAGCUAGGACAUCUGAUUCUGGGAACUACACUUGUCAGAUAAGCAAUGAUGUGGGGACUGCAACCUGCAAAGCAACUCUGUUUGUAAAAGAGCCCCCCAGAUUUAUUCAGAUGCCAACUUCUGUAGUAGCUUUGCGUGACGGACAGUCCACCACUUUUGAGUGCCAGGUAGUAGGCACACCAGAGAUCCACAUUACAUGGUACCUGGAUGGGAAUGAAGUGACUGACCAAGCUAAGUACGGCAUCUCCUUCAUAGAUGGCUUAGCCACUUUGAGAAUCACUCAAGCCAGAGUGGCAGAUAGUGGGAUUUAUGUUUGUGAAGCCCACAAUGAUGCAGGUAGUGAGAGCUGCAGCAUCGAGCUGAAAGUAAAAGAGCCUCCAACCUUUGUUCGGGAGUUGCGUCCCACUGAGGUAGUGAAGGGUUCAGAGGCCACACUAGAAUGUGAGGUGACUGGUACCCCUCCAUUUGAGGUGAAGUGGCUGAAGAACAAUAAGGAGAUGUUCAGCAGCAAGAAAUACGCCAUCUCCACCAAAGAAUCAGUAUUUACUCUUAAUGUGACUAACUGUGACAUCUCAGAUGUUGGUGAAUAUCAGUGUAUUAUAUCAAAUGAAGGUGGGAGCUGUUCUUGCAGCACAAGACUCAGCUUAAAAGAACCACCGUCUUUUGUCAAGAAGCUGGAGAACGUCACUAGCAUUUUGAAAGGUGAUGCAGUCUUUCAGUGCGUCGUAGCAGGUGCUCAGCCCUUAUCUGUGUCAUGGAUAAAAGAUGAGAAAAUACUAGAAGACGAUGAACACCACCACAUUACCUUUGAGAACAGGGUGGCCACACUGAAGCUUACUAAUGUUGACCUCAGCCACAGAGGGAGAUAUACCUGUCAGGCAAAGAAUGAAUCUGGCAUGGAGAAGUGCUUUGCUUUGCUUUUUGUACAAGAGCCUGCACAGAUCAUAGAAAAGGCUAAAUCACUUAAAGUCACUGAAAAAGACCCUGUGACUUUGGAGUGUACUGUGGCUGGGACACCAGAGCUCCGAAUAAGAUGGUACAAGGAUGGCAAGCAGCUCCUGCCCAGUAGAUACUACACAAUGAGCUUUGAAAACAAUGUGGCCAGUUUCAGGAUCGAACCUGUAUCGAAGGAGGAUAGUGGUACAUACAGCUUUAAGGUUGAAAAUGACUUCGGAAGUAGCACCUGUGAAGCUGUUCUGACCGUGCUAGAUCAAUCAAUUCCUCCUGUAUUUAUCAGAAAGCUAACCAAAAAGGAUACCAUUCUGGGAUCGUCUAUCCAAAUGGAGUGCAAAGUCUCCGGGUCACUACCCAUUGUUGCAAAAUGGUUUAAGGACGGAAAAGAGAUAACUGACAGUGCAAAAUAUAGAAGCCUGUGCCAUGAAAACACUAUGUCACUCGAAAUUGCUAAUCUAGAGCUGACAGACAGCGCAAAUUACACAUGCAGUGUCUCUAAUGUUGCUGGAAAUGAUUCUUGCAGUGCUGUCCUGACUGUGAAAGAGCCACCAAGCUUCUUAGUAAAACCUGAAAGCCAGCAAGCCAUACCAGAUUCCACGGUGGAGUUUAAGGCCACACUGAAAGGAACACCACCCUUUACAGUAAAGUGGUUCAAAGAAGACUUAGAACUUGUAUCUGGUCCAACUUGUUUCAUUGGGAUUGAAGGUUCAAUUGGGUUCUUAACCCUCUAUUCAGUGGAUUCUUCUAGGAGUGGGCACUACACUUGCCAUGUUUCAAAUGACGUUGGCAGUGACUCUUGCACUACAACACUGAUGGUAACAGAACCCCCCAAGUUUGCUAAGAAGCUAGAGGCAGCAAAAGUAGUCAAGCAGGGUGACUCAGCCCGUCUUGAAUGCAAAGUAAGUGGAUCUCCAGAAAUGAAAGUAGUGUGGUUCAGAAAUGACCAUGAAAUUGUUGCCAGUGAAAAAUUCCGGACAUCAUUCAUUGACUCUGUGGCCGUGCUUGAAAUGAAUCAUCUGAGCACUGAUGAGAGUGGUGACUAUAUCUGUGAAGCUCACAACCCUGCCGGCAAAGCCAGCUGCAGCACCAAAGUCACAGUGAAAGAACCUCCUGUCUUUAGCAGGAAGCCUUCUCCAGUAGACAUUGUCAAAGGAUCUGAGGUUAGCCUGGAAUGUGAGAUUUCAGGAACACCUCCAUUUGAUGUUGCCUGGUACAAAGAUAGGAGACAAAUCCGCAGUAGUAAGAAGUACAAGGUUACAGCCAAAAACUACCACACGAGCGUUCACAUUCUUAAUGUCGAAGCUGCAGAUGUUGGUGAAUAUCAGUGCAAAGCACAGAACGACGUAGGAAGUGACACUUGUAUUUGCACUGUGAAGCUGAAAGAACCACCAAAAUUCUUGACUAAAAUAAACAGCAUUACUGUUGUGGUUGGUGAACCAGUAGAGUUGCAAGCAAGAGUGGAGGGCUCCCAGCCAAUUUCUGUGCAGUGGCUUAAAGACAAAGAGGAAAUUAUCAGAGAAAGUGAGAACACAAAGAUCACAUUUAUGGAAAAUAUUGCAACUUUGCAAUUUGUGCGCACAGAAACAAGCAGUGCUGGAAAAUAUACCUGUCAGAUCAGAAAUGAUGCUGGAAGUCGCGAGUGUAUGGCUACCUUAACUAUUCUAGAGCCUGCAGUCAUUGUAGAGAAAGCAGAGCCAAUGAAAGUUACUAUAGGAGAUGCCUGUACUUUGGAAUGCAAAGUAGCAGGCACACCACAGCUUUCCACUGGGUGGUUCAAGGAUGGCAAAGAACUGACCAGCAGCCAAAAAUACAGAAUCACUUUCCUCAAUAAUGUAUCUACACUUAAAAUUAUGGAUGCAGAAAAGGAAGAUGGCGGACUGUACACUUUUGCUGUUCAAAACGACGUGGGGAAAAGCAGUUGUACAGCAUCGGUUGAUGUUUUAGAUCGAAUCAUUCCUCCUUCUUUCACAAGAAAACUAAAGGAAACCCCUUGUGUUCUGGGUUCCUCAACACUGCUGGAAUGCAAAGUGUCAGGUUCACCUCCUAUUUCUGUUGCCUGGUUCCAAAAUGGACUUAAGCUAGUCAGUGGAGAAAAACAUCAAAUCUCCUUUUCAGACAACCUAUGUAUUUUAGAAAUUAAUUCACUGAGCCACUCAGAUACUGGCACUUACACCUGCAAAGCUACCAACACGGCUGGCUCAGAUGAAUGCAGUGCUGUAUUGACUGUACAAGAGCCACCUUCUUUCGAGAGGACCCCAGAGCCUCUGGAUGUAUUGCCAGGCACAAGCAUCACUUUCACAUGUGUUGUCAGAGGAACCCCUCCUUUCAAGGUUAACUGGUUUAGAGGGGCCAAUGAACUUGUGCCAGGGGACAAAUGCAAUAUCUACUUGGAGGAGUCCGUUGUGGAGCUUGAGUUAUUUGAUGUAACUCCUCCCCAAAGCGGAGAGUACACUUGUCUAGUGACUAAUGAUGCUGGCAGGGUAAAUUGUACAACACACCUUACAGUAAAAGAGCCAGCUGUCUUUGUGAAGAAACUGAGUGAUCAGUAUGUGGAGCCUGGCAAGCCCAUCAUCCUAGAGGGCACUUACACAGGCAGCCUGCCCAUCUCUGUGACAUGGAAGAAAAAUGGCCACACCAUCACCCAAUCUGAGAAGUGUAGCAUCACCACCACAGAGAAAUCCUGCAUCCUGGAAAUACUUGACAGCAGCAAAGAAGAUGCAGGAGAAUACACUUGCCAUGUUGAAAAUGAGGCAGGAAGAGAUGUUUGUGAGGCUGUAGUCACUACCCUAGAACCUCCCUACUUUGUUACACACUUGGAACCUCUUGAGGUGUCAGUUGGGUCUUACACAACAUUGCAAUGCCACGUUGCUGGAACACCAGAAAUUACUGUGUCUUGGUACAAAGGUGAUACAAAACUCAGGUCUACUCCUGAGUAUAAAGUGUUCUUUAAAGACAAUAUCGCUACACUUAUUUUCAACAAGGUGGCUAGCAACGACAGUGGAGAAUAUAUUUGCAAGGCUGAAAACAGUGUAGGAACUGCAUCUACAAAGGCUCUCUUAACCGUUCAAGAACGCAAACAACCACCUUCCUUUGCAAGAAAAUUGAAGGACAUUGAACACCCUGCUGGUUUACCCCUUAAGCUUAUGUGCCGGCUCAAUGGCUCAGAACCCAUUACUGUCACUUGGCACAAAGAUGGUGUGCUGCUGAAGGAUGACCACAAUGUGCACACAUCCUUUGUAGAUAACGUUGCAGUGCUACAACUGAUGCGGACUGAGAUGAACCAUACUGGGCAAUACUCCUGCACAGCCACCAAUUCUGUGGGCACUGCCACCUCAAGUGCUAGGCUCACAGUGGCAGAACCCAAGCAGGCACCUGUCUUCGACAUCAAACCAGAAUCUAUUGAUGUGCCUUUUGGAGAAAGUGCUGAUUUUGAAUGUCAUGUUACGGGAGCCCAGCCCAUACACAUAACGUGGUCCAAGGAUGGUCGGGAGAUCCGAACUGGAGGAAAUUUCAAUAUUACAUUCACAGCCAACACAGCUCACCUUCGAGUGCUCAGAGUGGGUAAAGGAGACUCUGGCCAAUAUACUUGCCAAGCUAGUAAUGAAGCUGGGAAAGACUUCUGCUCAGCCCAACUCAGUGUCAAAGAACCUCCUAAGUUCAUCAAGAAGCCUGAAGCUUUGCGGUUCGUGAAGCAAGGGGACACAGUUCAGCUUGAAUGUAAAAUCAGUGGCACACCAGAGAUAAGAAUUGUGUGGUACAAAAAUGAUCAGGCACUCCAGGCAAGCGACAGGCUGCACAUGUCCUUUGUAGACUCCGUGGCAACGCUGACCAUCUUGGGUGCCAGUGCUGAAGAUGCUGGGGAUUACAUCUGUGAAGCCCACAACUCUGCUGGCACAGCCAGCUGCAGCACUUCAGUCACAGUGAAAGAACCACCUGUUUUUAGCAAGGUGCCAAGCCCUGUGGACACUCUUAAAGGCUCAGAUGUUAUCCUUCAGUGCGAGAUAGCAGGGACCCCACCCUUUGAGGUGGCUUGGUUCAAGGACCGGAGGCAGGUCAGGAGCAGCAAGAAGUUCAAGGUGACAGCAAAACACUCCGUUGCCAGUCUUCAUAUUCUCAAUUUGGAAUCUCAAGAUACUGGAGAAUAUCAAUGCAAAGCUAUGAAUGAGGUGGGAAGCGACACUUGCACCUGCCCAGUGAAAUUCAAAGAACCUCCACGGUUUGCCAAGAAGCUGAGUGACACUGCAAUAUUCAUCGGGGAGCCAACAGCCCUGCAGGCAGUGGUGGAAGGAUCCCCACCAAUUUCUGUUGUCUGGCUCAAGGAUAAGGGUGAAGUUAUUAGGGAGAGUGAAAAUGUUCAAAUGUGGUUUAUGGACAACAUUGCAACUCUUGAGAUUGCCAGUGCAGAGGGAACUGACGUUGGAAAGUACAUCUGUCAGAUCAAAAAUGAUGCUGGCAUGCGGGAGUGCUCUGCCUUUUUACAGGUCCUAGAACCAGCAGUCAUCUUAGAGAAGACCGAGCCGAUCACAGUAAUGGCUGGCAAUCCUUUUACCUUGGAGUGCAAAGUAGGAGGAACACCUGAGCUUAUCACCAAGUGGUACAAAGAUGGCAGAGAACUGAAGAGUGACCGCAAAUACCAAAUUACCUUUUUCAACAAUAUAUCCACUUUGAAAGUCUUUUCUGCAGACAGGGGAGAUAGGGGCUUGUAUACUUUUGAGGUGCACAAUGAAGUGGGAGACAGCAGCUGCACUUCUUCAGUUGAUGUUUCAGAUCGCCUUGUUCCUCCUUCAUUCUCAAGAAAACUAAAGGAGACAAAUGGGGUGCUGGGCUCCUCUGUGCUGCUGGAGUGCAAAGUAUCUGGCACAGCUCCCAUAUCUGUGUCUUGGUUUCAAGACGGGAAUGAGAUUGUUAGUGGAGAAAAAUAUGAAAUCUCGUUUUUGGAUAAUGUUUGUGCUUUGAAGUUGAAUGCCCUGGAUGUCACAGAUACAGGGUCAUAUACAUGUGUGGCAGCCAACGUGGCUGGAUCUGAUGAAUGCAGUGCCUUCUUGACUGUACAAGAACCACCUUCUUUUGUGAAGACACCUGAUCCCCAGGAAGUUUUGCCUGGAUCAAAUGUGACAUUCACCAGCUACAUCAAGGGCAGUACUCCCUUCAAAGUGACCUGGUUCCGAGGCAUCAGGGAGCUGGUGCCAGACAGCAACUGCUCCAUCUCUCUCAAUGAGUCUGUGGCACAGCUGCAGCUGUACAACGUGGAGCCAGGCCACAGUGGGGACUAUGCCUGUGUGGUCACAAAUGAUGCUGGCAGUGCCUCAUGUACAACACAGCUCUUUGUGAAAGAGCCUGCAGUCUUUGUGAAGAAAUUAAGUGAUUUCAGUGUGGAGCAGGGGAAAUCCAUUGUGCUCGAAAGCAGCUACAUUGGCACCCCUCCCAUCUCUGUCACCUGGAAAAGAAAUGGCAUGCCCAUUGCUCAGUCUCAACGUUGCAGUGUUACAACUACUGAAAAAUCUGGCAUUCUUGAAAUCUUCAACAGCACAAAGAAUGAUGAAGGCGAAUAUACCUGUGAGGUGGCAAAUGAGGCGGGUGGGGAUGUUUGCCACAGCCUUGUGUCCAUCUUAGAACCACCUUAUUUCAUCACACACCUGGACCGUGUGGAGGUGAAGCUUGGUGAGCCCUUGACCUUAAAAUGCCAGAUUGGCGGUUCACCAGAAAUCAAGGUGUCCUGGUACAAAGAUGACACCAAGCUCAGAUCAACACAGACUUACAAAAUGCACUUCAAGAACAACGUGGCAACACUGGCAUUCUCCUCUGUAGAGGAUAGCAACAUUGGAGAAUAUAUCUGCAAAGCAGAAAAUACCAUCGGCUUUGCCACCUCCACAGCUUUGCUUGUUGUUAAAGAACGUCAACUUCCCCCUACAUUCACCAGAAAACUUAAAGACAUUCAGGAGGUGGUUGGUGCCCCAGUGACAUUUGACUGCCGCAUAACUGGCUCAGAGCCUAUCCAGGUGUCUUGGUACAAGGAUGGAGUUCUCUUAAGCGACACUGAUAACAUGCAAUCAGCCUUCUUAAAUAAUGUUGCGACUUUACAGAUAUUAGAAACUAGUAUGGAUUACUGUGGCCAAUAUACUUGCUCAGCCCAAAAUGCUCUGGGGACUGCCUCUUCCAGUGCCAAACUUCUCCUUACAGAACACUUACAACCUCCCUUCUUUGAUGUCAAGCCGGUAUCUAUCGAUGUGGCACUAGGGGAAAGUGCAACCUUUAAGUGCCACGUGACUGGUUCUGCUCCCAUGAGGAUUACUUGGACUAGAGACAACAGAGAGAUUCGUCCAGGUGGCAACUACAAAAUGACACUGGUGGAAAACACGGCCAGCUUGACAGUCCUCAAAGUUGGUAAAGGGGAUGCUGGACUCUAUACAUGUACUGCCAGCAACAGUGUUGGAAAGGACGCGUGCGCAGCUCAGCUGGCUGUACAAGAACCACCAAGGUUUAUUAAGAAACUAGACUCCUCAAAACUUGUGAAACAGCACGAUUCUACAACAUAUGAAUGCAAAAUUGGUGGAUCUCCAGAAAUCAAAGUCACCUGGUACAAAGGUGAAACUGAAAUCCAUCCCAGUGAAAAAUACAGAAUGUCCUUUGUGGAUUCAGUGGCAGUCAUUGAAAUGCACAACCUCAGUGUUGAAGACAGUGGUGACUACACUUGUGAAGCUCAGAAUCCAGCGGGUAGUGCAAGCACCAGUACUACACUGAGAGUAAAAGCACCCCCCAUUUUUACCAAGAAGCCCCAUCCAGUUGAGACCCUGAAAGGGUCUGAUAUUCACCUGGAGUGUGAGCUUCAGGGCACUCCUCCGUUCCAGAUUUCAUGGUAUAAAGACAAACGAGAAAUUCGGAGCAGCAAGAAGUAUAAGGUCAUGUCUGAGAACUACAUAGCUAGUCUUCACAUUCUCAGUGUGGAUACUGCAGAUGUUGGUGAAUAUCACUGUAAGGCUGUAAAUGAUGUGGGAAGUGACUCCUGUAUUGGCUCUGUAACACUAAGAGCACCACCAACCUUUGUGAAGAAGCUGAACGAUGUUACUGUCGUAGUUGGGGAGUCGGUUGAACUGCAGGCUGCCGUACAAGGAUCACAGCCCAUUUCUGUUCUGUGGUUGAAAGACAAAGGGGAAAUCAUCAGAGAAAGUGAUAAUCUUUGGAUGUCCUACUCAGAAAAUGUUGCAACUAUGCAGAUUGGAAAUGCAGAACCAACCAAUGCUGGGAAAUACAUUUGUCAGAUAAAAAAUGAUGCUGGAGUUCAGGAAUGCUUUGCCAUGCUGAAAGUGCUAGAACCUGCAGUCAUUGUAGAGAAGCCAGGCCCAGUCAAAGUUACAGCUGGAGACUCUUGUACUCUGGAAUGCACAGUAGAUGGCACACCAGAGCUUACUGCUAGGUGGUUUAAGGAUGGUAAUGAACUGUCCACUGACCAUAAAUAUAAAAUCAGUUUCUUCAACAAAGUAUCUGGGCUUAAGAUCCUCAAUGCAACACUAGAAGACAGUGGAGAAUAUACUUUUGAGGUGAAAAACAGUGUUGGUAAAAGCAGCUGCACAGCUUCAGUGCACGUUUCAGAUCGUAUUAUACCUCCUUCUUUCACAAGAAAACUGAAAGAAACAUAUGGUCAGCUGGGUUCUUCUGCUGUACUGGAGUGCAAAGUUUAUGGGUCACCACCCAUUCUGGUUUCCUGGUUUCAUGAUGGACAAGAGAUUACCAGUGGAGAGAAGUAUCAGGCUACUCUUACAGACAAUACCUGUUCUCUGAAAGUGAAUGGACUUCAGGAGUCUGAUAUGGGAACUUAUUUGUGCACAGCUACUAAUGUAGCUGGGUCUGAUGAAUGCAGCGCAUUUUUGAGUGUUAGAGAACCACCAUCUUUUGUGAAGAAACCUGAACCACUGGAUGUUUUAUCUGGGGCAAAUAUAACCUUUACUAGUAUUGUAAAAGGUUCCCCUCCAUUGGAAGUUAAAUGGUUUAGAGGCAGUGUUGAGCUAGUACCAGGACCCAGAUGCAAUAUCACCUUGCAAGAUUCAGUUGCAGAACUGGAGCUGUUUGAUGUACAUCCACUCGAGAGUGGAGACUACACCUGCCAGGUCUCUAAUGAGGCAGGGAAAAUUUCUUGCACUACACAUCUUUUUGUCAAAGAACCAGCCAAAUUUGUGAAGAAAGUGAAUGAUUUAAGUGUAGAGAAAGGGAAAAAUUUAAUCUUGGAAUGCACAUACAUGGGUACUCCACCGAUUUCAGUGACAUGGAAGAAAAAUGGAGUGAAAAUAAUGCACUCUGAAAAGUGUAGCAUCACCACUACAGACACAUCUGCUAUACUGGAAAUCCCGAGCAGCAAACUAGAAGACCAGGGGCAAUAUUCUUGUCAUAUUGAAAAUGAUUCUGGGAAAGAUUCUUGUCAUGGUACAAUCACAAUACUAGAACCACCUUACUUCAUUACACCCUUGGAGCCAGUGCAGGUGACUGUUGGGGAUUCUGCAUCCUUACAGUGCCAGGUUGCUGGAACACCAGAAAUGAUUGUGUCAUGGUACAAAGGCGAUACAAAGCUGAGAGGAACCGCUACUGUGAAAAUGCACUUUAGGAACCAAAUUGCUACUCUGGUUUUCAGCCAGGUAGACAGUAGUGACAGUGGGGAGUACAUCUGCAAAGUAGAAAACUCUGUUGGGGAGGCUUCUUCAUCAUCUUUGCUUACAGUUCAAGAGCGUAAACUUCCUCCUUCUUUUACACGAAAAUUAAGAGACGUUCAUGAAACUGUUGGCUUACCAGUCGUGUUUGAUUGUGGCAUUGCUGGCUCAGAACCCAUCGAAGUAUCUUGGUUUAAAGACGGUGUGCGUGUAAAAGAGGACUACAAUGUUCACGCGUCCUUUGUAGAUAAUGUAGCAACUCUCCAGAUCUUGAAGACAGAUAGGAGCCAUAUUGGGCAAUACACCUGCACAGCUGUCAAUGCUAUGGGGACUGCUUCUUCUAGUGGCAGGCUUGUCCUUACAGAAGGGAAGACUCCUCCAUUCUUUGACAUCCCACUUACACCUGUGGAUGGUAUUAUUGGAGAAAGUGCUGAUUUUGAGUGUCACGUUUCUGGAACACAGCCUAUUAGAGUCACUUGGGCAAAAGAUAACCAAGAAAUUAGAACAGGAAAGAACUAUCAGAUCAGUUAUGUAGACAACACAGCCCAUUUGACCAUCUUGAGAGUUGACAGGGGAGAUUCUGGAACAUAUACAUGCUAUGCUAGCAAUGAAGUUGGAAAGGACUCUUGCACAGCUCAACUGGCUGUUAAAGAACGAAAAACUCCUCCUACUUUUACUAAGAAACUGUCUGAAGCAGUAGAAGAAACAGAAGGGAAUGAACUUAAACUUGAGGGUCGUGUUUCUGGCUCUCAGCCUUUGACUGUUGCUUGGUAUAAAAACAAUCAGGAGGUCCAUUCAAGUGCUCACUGUGAAAUAUCUUUCAAAAACAAUACCUUGCUUUUGCAUAUAAAGACCGUAGAGCAAUCAGAUGCUGGUUUAUAUACCUGUAAAGUGUCCAAUGAAGCAGGAAGUGUGUUGAGUACAUCUUCUGUUGUUAUCAGAGAACCUAAAAAGCCUCCAGUGUUUGACCAGCCUCUUCAGCCAGCAGCAGCAGAGGAAGGUGAUACCAUACAGCUUAGCUGUCAUGUUCAGGGAUCACAGCCAAUCCGGAUCCAGUGGCUGAAGGCAGGAAGAGAAAUAAGAGCUUCAGACAGAUGCAACUUCAGCUUUGCUAAUGGAGUAGCUCUUCUAGAACUUGCUGCAGUUACCAAAUCAGAUUCAGGAGAAUAUGUAUGCAAAGCUUCAAAUGCAGCUGGCACUGAUACUUGCAAAUCUAAAGUGACAGUCAAAGAAAAACCGGCAGCUGCUCCAGCAGCUAAGAAAGCAGAAGUGGAAGGCAAACUUUAUUUUGUGUCAGAGCCUCAGAGUAUCAAAGUCAUGGAAAAGACCGUUGCAACAUUUAUUGCAAAAGUUGGAGGAGAUCCGAUUCCAAAUGUUAAGUGGAUGAAGGGAAAAUGGAGGCAACUCAACCAGGGAGGCCGCAUUAUAAUCCAGCAGAGAGGAGAUGAAGCUAAACUAGAAAUAAAGGACACAAUAAAAACUGAUUCUGGCAUGUACAAAUGUGUAGCUUUCAACCAACAUGGUGAAAUUGAAAGGAGUGUAAACCUGCAAGUUGAAGAAAGAAAGAAAGAAGAAGUUGUGGAAGGGGAUCUCAGGGCAAAACUAAAAAGCACUCCAACAAAAAGAAAGGAAGAGGAAGAGCAACCUAUCGAUAUCUUGGAACUUCUCAAAAAUGUAGAUCCCAAAGAAUAUGAAAAAUAUGCUCGCAUGUAUGGGAUUACAGAUUUCCGUGGCCUCCUGCAAGCCUUUGAGUUACUAAAGCAAACCCAAGCGGAAGAAAGCCAUAGAUUGGAAAUUGAGCUCACAGAGAAAGCUCAAAGGGAAGAUCAGGAGUUUGAUGAACUUGUAGCUUUUAUUCAGCAACGACUCACACAAACAGAGCCUAUUACUCUGAUCAGAGACAUUGAAAAUCAGACGGUUUUAGCAGAUGAGGAUGCUAUCUUUGAAUGUGAGAUUAAGAUUAACUAUCCAGAAAUUAAACUGUCAUGGUACAAGGGAACCCAGAAACUGGACUCCAAUGACAAAUACGAAAUUAGAAUUGAAGGUGAUCGCCACAUACUGAGAAUUAGAAACUGCCAGCCUGAAGAUCAAGGAAAUUUCAGAAUAGUGUGUGGACCACAUAUUGCCAGUGCCAAGCUAACUGUGAUUGAACCUGCAGUUGAGCGGCACCUUCAUGACACUACUUUCAAGGAAGGAAAAACAUGCACGCUGACUUGUCAGUUCUCUAUCCCAAAUGCCAAGUCUCAGUGGUAUAGAAAUGGGAGACCCAUUAAGAUAGGAGGGAGAUAUUCAACACAAGUCUCUGACAAAGUGCACAAACUCAUCAUCAAGGAUGUUAGAACUGAAGACGAGGGACAGUAUACCUGCAAGCUUGACAGUCUAGAAACAACGGCAGAUCUGGCCAUCGAAGCGGAACCAAUUCAGUUCACCAAGAGCAUACAGAACAUCGUUGUGAGUGAACACCAGUCUGCCACCUUUGAGUGCGAGGUGUCUUUUGAUGAUGCAGUUGUGACGUGGUACAAAGGCCCCACUGAACUGAGAGAGAGUCCCAAGUACAGCUUCAGAAGUGAAGGUCGUUGCCAUUAUAUGACUAUUCACAAUGUCAAUGCAGAAGAUGAAGGUGUGUACUCUGUAAUUGCUCGUCUUGAGCCAAGAGGAGAAGCAAGAAGCACUGCAGAGCUCUAUCUUGUAACCAAAGAAAUAAAACUGGAGUUGAAGCCACCAGAUGUUCCUGAUGCCAAGGUUGCAGUUCCACCUCAAAAACCAGCUGAAGCUGCCCCUAUUCCCAUUCUUCUGCCUCUUGUUCCACCUCCAGAGGAGAAAAAGCCAGCAGAGAAAAAGGUUCCAUUAAAGAAGGUACCCCAAAAGGUGGUUAAAAAAGCCCCUGAAGAAGUCCCACCACCUAAAGUUCCUGAGGUGGUACCAGAGAAGCCCAAAGAGGUCAAAAUAACAUCCAUGGCAAGGAGAGAAGAAAUACAUGAAGAAAAGAAAAUACAUGAAAUGCCCAAAGAAAUUUAUGAAGAAUGGGAAGAAGAUUAUGGUGAGGACCAUGACUAUUAUGUCAAGGAAGAGGGCUAUGAUGAAGGGGAAGAGGAAUGGGAAGAAGCUUAUGAGAAAAGAGAAGUGACUUAUGAAGAAAAAAGAAUAAUUCAUGAGGAAGUGACUGAAGUUCCUAAGAAACCCGUGCCUGAGCGAAAACCACCAGCCAUUAUAGCUGAAAAGAAGGAAAAGAAGGAAGUAACUGUUCAAAAAGUUGUCAAGAAACCUGUUGAUGAAAAAGUGGAGGUAACCACUCAGAGGGUUGCAGAAGUCAAAAAGGCUGAGGUUACCAAGAAAGUUCUGCCACCAAAACCUACACCAAUGGUCGUUGAGGAAAAAGUUAUGAAAAAGGAAGUACCAACAGUAGAAACAUGGACUGUUUCAGAAGAAAAGAUGUCAGUUUCUGUCCACAGAGAAGAAGAGUAUUCAUAUGAUGUUACAGAGCCAACAGAGCAUGAGAAAACAGUUGAAGAAAGAUUCUUUGAAGCUGUUUACCCACUUGAAGCACGUAGAGAGGUUGAGGAAGAAGAAGAAGUAGUUUCUACAGAACUGGAGAUCUCUCACAUUGAAGUGCCUGAGAUACCAAAGAGGCGUGUUCCAGAAGAAAGAAAGCCUGUUCCUGUCCCCAAAACAGAAGCUCCGCCAGCUAAAGUGCCUGAAGUCCCAAAGAAACCUGUUCCAGAAAAGAAAGUUGCUGUUGCUAAGAAGGAAGUGGCUCCCCCAGCAAAAGUGCCAGAGGUUCCUAAGAAAGCUCCCCCAGAGAAAAAGGUUGCUGUUCCAAAAAGAGAGGAAGCUCCAACACCUAAAGUGCCUGCAGUUCCUAAGAAACCUGUCCCUAAAGAAAAAGUGUCUCCUGCUGUUGCUAAAAAAAUUGAGGCUCCUCCAGCUAAAGUGCCUGAAGUGCAGAAGAAAGCCACUUUUGAAGAAAGAGUACUUAUUACAGAAGAAAGAAUAUCUGUUGCCAUUCCAGAGGAAAUCCCAUCACCUGAAGAACCAACAGUUGAAGAAUGGUCUGAAGAAGAAAGAGAGGAAGUUUCUAUUUCCAUUCACAGAGAAGAGAUUUCUGAAGUGACUGAAGAAGAGUCUUACUACAUAGAGGAGACAGUAACUGUUCCAAAAAGAGAGGAAGCCCCACCCACAAAAGUGCCUGAAAAGCACAGGAGAGCUGUCCCUGAGCCAAAAGUCCCAGCUGCUCCUAAAGAAGCUCCAGGAGUUAAAGUUCCUGAAGUUCAUAAGAAAGCAGUUCCUAAAGAGAAAGUACCUGUUCCUGUGUCUAAAAAAAUGGUGGCUCCACCAGCAAAAGAACCUGCAGAAGCAUUGGUGCCCACUUUUGAGGCAGAAUUUGAAGAACCUCCAACAACCAAAGUGGCUGAAGUGCACAGGAAAAUUAUCACAGAAGAAAAAGUUGCAGUUGCUAAAAAAGAAGUGGCUCCACCAAAGAAAGCAGUGCCCAAGAAGCCUGUGCCAGAAGAAAAAGUACCUGUUCCAAUUUCACAGAAAGUGGCAGCUCCACCAGCUAAAGUGCCAGAAGCACAGAGGAAAACUGCCAGAGAAGAAAGAGUAUCCAUUGCUGUUCAAAAGAGGAAAGUGUCUCCACCACCAGAAGUACCAACAGAAGAAGAACAUUGGGCUAUGUCAGAGGAAGUAUCCGUUUCUCUCCACACAGAAAAGGAGAUUUCAUACACAGUGCCUGAUGUACCAGAGAGGGCUAUCAUUGAAGAAAGAGUACCAAUUUAUCCUCCUAAAAAAAUGGCAAGACCACCAGCCAAAGUGCCUGAAGUACGCAAGACUGUUGUCCGAAAAGAAAAAGCGUACGUUGAAGUUCCUCAGUAUGAAGAGAAAGAAGAGAUUCCAAGAUACAAGGAGGAAGAAACCACCAGGUAUGAGAAGGAGGUAAUCCAUUACAAGGAGGAAGUUCACCACUACGAAGAGGUUAGCCACUAUGAGGAGGAAGUUCCUCAAUAUGAAGAGGAAGAAGUUCCUCAGUAUGAAGAGGAAGAAGUUCCUCAGUAUGAAGAGGAAGAAGUUGUCCAUUAUGAAGAAGAAGCUGCUUAUUAUGGAGAAGAAGUUGCUGAAUAUGAGGAGGAAGAGCCACAGGUUCCUCAGUAUGAAGAGAAGGCUCCUCUACCAGCUAGAGUGCCUGAGGUUCCCAAGAAGCCUGCUCCAGAGGAAAAAAUACCUGCUCUGAAGAAAAAAGAACCUCCUCCAGCAAAAGUGCCCGAGGUGCAAAAGAAACCUGUACCUGAAAAGAAAGUCCAAGUGCCGAAGAAGGAAGCUCCCCCAGCUAAAGUUCCAGAAGUGCCAAAGAAACCUGUGCCAGAAGAGAAGGUUCCUGUUCCUGUACCAAAAAAGAAGGAAGUUCCACCAGCCAAAGUGCCUGAAGUACCAAAGAAACUUGUGCCAGAAGAGAAGAUACGUGUCCCAGUGCCUAAAAAAGUGGAAGAGCCUCCACCAGCCAAAGUGCCUGAAGUGCCCAAGAAGGUUCCAGAAAAGGCAGUACCUGUCCCUGUACAUAAAAAGCCAGAACCUCCACCAGCCAAAGUGCCAGAAAUACCAAGACGUCCCAGUGAAGAGGUACCUGUUUUUGCUCCUGAAGAGGAAGAGGAAAAAGUUCCAGAGAUACCAGUGAGAGUGCCAGAGGUGCCCAAGAGAGCUGUCCCAGAAGAAAAAGUACCUGUUGCAGUUCCUAAAGUAAAGAAAAUUCCACCAGCUAAAGUGCCUGAGGUUGCAAAGAAAGUUGUGUCUGAAGAAAAGGUUCCCAUUUUUGCUCCUGAGGAAGAAGAAGAGGAAUUUAUUCCAGAGGAAAUUCCAGAGAUUCCUAAGAAACCAGUCCCAAAGGAAAAAACACCUGUACCUCCACCUGAGAAACUGGAGCUUCCUCCAGCAAAAGUGCCUGAGAUGCCUAAGAAACCAAUUCCUGAAGUGAAAGAACCUGUUCCUAAAAAAGUGCCAGCUCCAUCAGCCAAAGUACCCAAGAUGCCUAAGAAGGUUGCUGCUGAAGAGAAGGUGCUGGUUGCUCCCGCUGAAAAAGUGGAAGUUCCAGCUCCAAAAGUCACGGAGGUGCGUAAAAGAGCUGUGGCAGAAGAGAAAGUGCAAGUUGUUGUGCCCAAGCCCAAAGAACCAACACCAACCAAAGUGCCUGAAGUAUCCAAGAAACUUGUACGGAAAGAAAAAGUUCCUGCACCUGUGGUGGAGAAGUAUGAGUAUGCCUAUGAAGAAUAUGAGAAGUAUGAGGCAUACGAAAGCAUUGAAGAGUUUGAGAAAAUUCAGGAAGCUGAAGAAAUUGAGGCAUACGAGGAACCUGAAGAACCUGAGGGAUAUAAGGAAAUUCUGGAACAGGAAUAUGAAGCAGAGGCUGAGGAGAAAGAUGUCUAUGAAAAGUAUGAGUUUGAGAAGGAAGAGAUCUAUGAGAAGUAUGAGGAGGUAUAUGAGGAGGCGUAUGAGACCAAACCAGCUAUAGUGCCUGAGUUGCCCAAAAGACCUCUGCCAGAAGAAAAAGCACCUGCUCUUAAAAGAGAAGCUCCACCAGCUAAAGUGCCAGCAGUGCCAAAGAAACCUGUUCCAAAAGAAAAAGCACCACCUGCUAUUCCUAAAAAGGAAAUGCCUCCACCAGCUAAAGUUCCAGAGGUGCCCAAGAAAAUUCCAGAAGAGAAAGUUCCCACUGCUGUCCCUAAAAAGCCAGAACCACCAGCAGCCAAAGUUCCUGAGGUGCCCAAGAAAGUGGUUUCAGAAGAAAAAAUACACAUUGAAGUUCCUAAAAAACCAGAACCUCCACCACCCAAAGAACCUGAAGUGCCGAAGAAAGUUGUUCCAGAAAAGAAAAUACCUGUGCAAAAAAUACCAGAACCUGUGGUUGUCCCAGAACCAGAGGCUGCACCUGAAGAACCAGAACUCCCACCAAAGGAAGUGCCGCAACCUGAAAAGAAGAUCCCUGAAAAGCGAAAACCACCACCACCACCACCUGCUCCAAAAGAAGAUAUUAAACUGGCAAAAGAUCUGCUUAAAGCUCCUGAGGCAAGGAAGAAAGUUGUGGCUGCAAAACCUGGCGAGCCUCCGAAACUGGAACCCCCACCUGCUAAAGUGCCUGGACUUGUAAAGAAACCUCGCAAAGUAAUUCCUGAGCCUACUCCUCCACCAAAAGAAGAAGUUGUUUUGAAAAGAGUUCUUAAAAAGAAACCUGAAGAGGAAGAACCUAAACCAGAAAAAGAACCUAAACCAGAAGUUAAACCAGUACCUACACCAGUAGAAAAAAUUAAGAAGCCUGAAGUACCAGAAGUUCCUACGAAGAAAACUGAGAUACCUGCCAUUAAAAAAGAGGAGAAACCUGUGCCUGAACCACCAAAAGAAACUAAGCCAGCGUCUGUCCCAGUUCCUGGGCCUGAACCUAAACCUGCAGUAGCUGUAAAAUCUCCAAAACCAGCUGAAGAACCAGCACCCACUGUUACUGCUCCAGUGACAGCUCCAGUUGUUGGAAAGAAAGCAGAGGCCAAGCCACCAAAAGAAGAAUCUCCGAAGGGUAUCAGUCCAAUCAAAGCCAAGAAGACACCUUCACCAGCAGAUGCAGAAAGAAGGAAACUCAGGCCAGGCAGUGGUGGUGAAAAACCUCCUGAAGAGCCUCCAUUUACUUACCAGCUCAAAGCUGUACCACUGAAGUUUGUCAAGGAGAUGAAAGAUAUAGUGCUAAAAGAAGCUGAGUCUGUUGGGUCUUCUGCAAUCUUUGAAGUCCUUAUUUCACCAUCCACUGCAAUUACCAGCUGGAUGAAAGAUGGAAGUAACAUCCGAGAGAGCCCAAAACACAAGUUUAUUGCUGAUGGCAAAGAUAGGAAGCUGCAUAUUAUUGAUGUCCAGCUGUCUGAUGCUGGUGAAUAUACUUGUGUAUUACGGCUGGGCAACAAAGAGAAGACCUCAACAGCCAAACUUAUUGUUGAAGAACUCCCAGUGCGGUUUGUGAAAACCCUUGAAGAAGAAGUGACUGUGGUUAAAACCCAGCCACUGUACUUAACAUGUGAGCUUAACAAAGAAAGAAAUGUGGUCUGGAGAAAGGAUGGUAAAAUCAUCAAAGCCAAGCCUGGGAAAUUUGCUCUGGGUGUUAUUGGUUUGUCACAUUCUCUCACAGUCGCUGAUUCAGAUGAUGCUGAUGCUGGAACUUACACUGUUACUGUGGAAGACUCUGAACUAUCAUGCUCAUCUUGUGUUAGGGUAGUAGAAAUUAUAAGGGACUGGUUAGUAAAACCCAUAAGAGACCAGCAUGUUAAACCAAAAGGAACAGCUACUUUCAGCUGCGACAUUGUCAAGGAUACACCAAACAUUAAAUGGUUUAAAGGAGAUGAGGAAAUCCCUGCUGAACCGACUGACAAGACAGAAAUCUUUAAAGAAGGAAAUAAAAUUUUCCUGAAAAUCAAAAAUGCUGGUCCUGCUGAUGUUGGAGAAUAUGCAGUGGAAGUUGAAGGUCGCAGAUAUCCAGCUAAACUGACACUUGGUGAACGUGAAGUUCAGCUUCUGAAGCCAUUAGAGGAUGUUACAGUUUACGAGAAAGAAACAGCAAACUUUGACACAGAAAUAUCUGAAGAUGAUAUUCCUGGUGAAUGGAAGCUGAAAGGAGAAAUCCUGAGACCUUCACCUACAUGUGAAAUCAAAGCUGAAGGAGGAAAGCGCUUCCUGACCUUACACAAAGUCAAGUUAGAGCAAGCUGGCGAAGUCCUUUACCAGGCCCUUAACGCCGUCACUACAGCUAUCCUGACAGUAAAAGAAAUUGAACUGGACUUUGCUGUGCCCCUAAAAGAUGUCACUGUUCCUGAGAAGCGCCAGGCAAGGUUUGAAUGCGUCCUUACCAGAGAGGCCAAUGUUAUAUGGUCUAAGGGCACUGAUAUACUCAAGAUUGGAGAAAAAUUUGACAUCAUUGCAGAUGGGAAGAAGCACAUUCUUGUUAUCAAUGAUUCUCAGUUUGAUGAUGAGGGAGAAUACACUGCUGAAGUUGAUGGCAAGAAGAGCACAGCAAGACUGUUUGUAGAAGGCGUGAGGCUGAAGUUCAUCACACCUCUACAGGAUCAAACAGUGAAAGAGGGGGAAACAGCUCACUUUCAGUUUGAGCUUUCUCAUGAAGACAUGCCCGUGAAAUGGUUCAAAAAUGAUAAGAGACUUCACACAAGCAGAACAGUUUUAAUUACUUCAGAAGGCAAAGUUCAUAAACUAGAAAUGAGAGAAGUAACACUUGAUGAUAUCUCAGAAAUAAAGGCCGUAGUCAAGGACUUGAACACACAGGCCAACCUGAAAGUCUUAGAGGCUGAUCCAUAUUUCACUGUGAAAUUACAAGACUAUAGUGCUGUAGAGAAAGAUGAUAUUACUCUGGAGUGUGAACUUAGCAAAGAUGUGCCAGUAAAAUGGUACAAAGAUGGUGAAGAACUAAUAGCUUCCAACAGAAUUUCCAUAAAAACGGAUGGCUUGCGCCGUAUCCUGAAGAUCAAGAAGGCUGCAGAGAGUGAUAAAGGUGUUUAUGAGUGUGACUGUGGAACCGACAAGACAAGUGCCAAUAUCAGCGUUGAGUCUCGCUUAAUUAAAGUAGAGCGCCCACUGUAUGGAGUGGAAGUAUUUGUUGGUGAAACAGCACGCUUUGAAAUUGAAAUUUCUGAGCCUGAUGUCCAUCCUGUAUGGAAGCUAAAGGGAGAAACCCUAACACCUUCACCUGACUGUGAAAUCAUUGAAGAUGGGAAGAAGCAUAUUCUUGUCCUUCAUAACUGCAAACUUGAUAUGACUGGAGAAGUGUCUUUCCAAGCUGCCAAUGCUAAAAGUGCUGCUAAUCUGAAAGUGAAAGAACUGCCUCUUAUCUUUAUCACUCCACUAAGUGAUGUGAAGGUCUUUGAGAAGGAUGAAGCUAAGUUUGAAUGUGAGGUAUCCAGAGAACCCAAGACUUUCCGCUGGUUGAAAGGAACAGAAGAAAUCACUCCUGAUGAAAGAUUUGAAAUUAUUUCAGACGGAACAAAGCAUGCUCUGAUUAUUAAAUCUGUUGCCUUUGAGGAUGAAGUAAAAUACACAUUUGAAGCUGAGGAUAAGAGAACAAGUGCCAAGCUAAUUAUUGAAGGUAUCCGCCUGAAAUUCAUCACUCCUCUCAAGGAUGUAACAAAGAAGGAGCGAGAAACUGCAGAGUUCACUGUGGAACUCUCCCAUGAAAAUAUCACUGUGGUCUGGUUCAAGAAUGACCAACGAUUGCACACCAGCAAAGUGGUUUCAAUGACAGAUGAUGGCAAAUUCCAUACACUCACAAUCAAAGAUCUUACUAUUGAUGAUACUUCUCAGAUAAAAGUGGAAGCUAUGGGCAAAUUCUCAGAAGCUAAACUCACUGUUCUUGAGGGAGACCCUUAUUUCACUGGAAAGCUGCAGGAUUACACUGCUGUGGAGAAAGAUGAAGUAAUCUUACAAUGUGAAAUCAGCAAAGCAGAUGCCCCAGUGAAAUGGAUGAAGGAUGGCAAUCCAAUUACUGCAUCAAAGAAUGUCAUUAUUAAGGCUGAUGGUAAAAAGAGAAUCCUUAUUCUCAAGAAAGCUUUGAAGAAAGACAUUGGACAGUACACUUGUGACUGUGGUACUGAUCAAACCUCCGCUAAACUUGAUAUUGAAGACCGGGAGAUUGAGAUUGUACGACCACUAUACAGUGUGGAGGUGAUUGAGACGGAGACUGCCCGUUUCGAUAUUGAAAUCUCUGAGGAAGGUGUCCAUGGCAAUUGGAAGCUAAAAGGAGAACCUCUGACUGAAUCAGCUGAAUGUGAAAUCAAGGAGGAAGGAAAAAAGCACUUCCUUACACUGUACAAUGUACGCUUAGAUCAAGCUGGUGGAGUAGAUUUCCAAGCAGCAAAUGCCAAGUCUGGUGCUCACCUGCGAGUGAAACCUCGAGUAAUUGGCUUGCUGAGACCUCUCAAGGAUGUAACAGUAACAGCUGGGGAAUCAGCAACCUUCGAUUGUGAACUCUCUUAUGAGGGGAUCCCAGUAGAAUGGUUCCUGAAAGGAAAGAAACUGGAGCCCAGUGAUCAGGUUGUGACCCGUGCUGAAGGGAGAGUUCACACACUUGUUCUUAGAGACGUCAAGUUAACAGAUGCAGGAGAGGUAUCACUGACAGCAAAAGAUUUCAGAACUCAAGCAAAUCUUUUUGUGAAAGAACCCCCAGUUGAAUUUACUAAACCACUUGAGGACCAGACUGUUGAAGAAGAAGCCACUGCAGUACUGGAAUGUGAAGUUUCCAGAGAAAAUGCAAAAGUUAAAUGGUUCAAAAAUGGAGAAGAAAUUCACAAAUCAAAGAAGUAUGAUAUCAUUUCUGACGGCAGGGUCAGAAAACUCAUCAUUCGCGGCUGCACACUGGAUGAUGCAAAAACAUAUUCUUGUGAUGCUAAGGAUUUUAAGACAUCAUGUUUUCUCAAUGUGGAGCCUAUUCGUGUCGACUUCCUCAAACCCCUGACUGACCUUGAGGUUAAAGAGAAAGAAUCUGCUCGGUUUGAAUGUGAAAUUUCUCGUCCAAAUAUCAAGGUGAAGUGGUUUAAGGAUGGCAUGGAAAUUAGAAAAGGCAAAAAGUAUGACAUAAUUUCUAAAGGUGCAGAACACAUUCUUGUCAUCAGUAAAUGUGUCUUUGAUGAUGAAGCUGAAUAUUCCUGUGAAGCAAAAACAGCUCGAACUUCUGGCCUACUUACAGUUAUAGAGGAAGAGGCUGUGUUCACAAAAAAUCUUCCUGAUCUUGAAGUAAAUGAAAAUGACACUGUAAAAUUGAUCUGUGAAGUUUCAAAGCCAAAUGCUGAAGUUACUUGGCUUAAAGGAGAUGAAGAGGUGCCUGAUGGUGGUAGAUUUGAACACAUUUCCGAUGGUAGAAAGAGAAUUCUUGUUAUACAUAAUGCUCAUCCUGAAGAUGCUGCCAAAUACACUUGCAAGCUCCCAAGCUCUAGUACAACAGGGAAACUUACUGUACAUGAACUUGCAGCAGAAUUUCUUACCAGACCACAAAACCUUGAGGUGCUUGAAGGAGAAAAAGCUGAAUUUGUCUGUUCAGUAUCCAAAGAAGCCAUUACAGUGCAGUGGCUGAGGGAUGGCGUAGUUCUGGAGUCUGGUGAUAAGUACGACAUCAUUUCAGACGGCAAAAAGAGAACUCUUGUGGUUAAAGACUCUGUUCUAGGAGAUAGAGGAAUGUAUACUGUCAUGGUUGGUGAAGCUAAAGCUACAGCACAUCUAGAAGUGAUUGAAAAACUCAAGAUUGUAACUCCUCUUAAGGACCAAGAAGUUAAUGAGUGUCAAGAAAUUAUCUUCAACUGUGAAGUCAAUAAAGAAGGUGCCAAAGAGAAGUGGUUCAAAGAUGAUGAAGCGAUUUUUGAUAGUGCAAAGUACAUUAUUGUUCAGAAGGGUGUAGUCUACACUCUCAGAAUCAGAGAUGCAGAGUUGAAAGAUCAGGCUACCUACACCAUCUCACUGACAAACCAGAGAGGUGAACACGUUAAAAGCUCUGCUGCCUUGAAAGUUUUAGAGGAGGAUCUCAGAAUUGUUGAGCCCCUUGAAGACAUUGAGACCAUGGAAAAGAAAACCGUCACAUUCUGGUGCAAAGUUAAUCGCCUUAAUGCAACUCUCAAAUGGACAAAGAAUGGAGAAGAGAUCACAUUUGACAGGCGCAUUUUGUACAAAAUUGAUAAAUUCAAGCACUCCUUGAUCAUUAAAGACUGUGGAUUUGUAGAUGAAGGUGAAUACACUGUUACUGCUGGACAAGACAAAUCAGUUGCAGAGCUUCUCAUCACUGAAGCACCAGCAGAUUUCACUGAACAUCUUCAGGACCAGACUGUCACUGAAUUUGAUGAUGCCGUCUUUACAUGCCAGCUUUCCAAAGAGAAAGUCAGUGUAAAAUGGUACAGAAAUGGAAGAGAAAUCAAAGAAGGCAAAAAAUACCAGUUUGAAAAAGAUGGAAAUCUGCACAGAUUAAUCAUAAAAGACUGUAGACUAGAUGAUGAGUGUGAAUAUUCCUGUGGAGUGGAUGACAGGAGAUCUAGGGCAAGACUUUUUGUUGAAGAAAUCCCUGUUGAGAUUAUUCGACCACCACAAGAUAUUUAUGAAGCUCCUGGUGCAGAUGUCAUCUUCAUGGCUGAAUUGAACAAAGAUGGUGUGGAGGUCAAGUGGUUGAGAAACAACAUGAUUAUCAUCCAAGGUGACAAACAUCAGAUGAUGAGUGAAGGAAAGGUCCACAGGCUGCAGGUGUGUGACAUAAAGCCCCGUGACCAAGGGGAAUACAGAUUUAUCGCCAAAGAUAAGGAAGCUAGAGCUAAACUUGAAUUAGCUGCUGCACCUAAAAUCAAGACUGGUGAUCAAAACCUUGUGGUUGAUGUUGGGAAACCUUUAACUAUGACUGUCCCAUAUGAUGCCUACCCAAGAGCAGAAGCUGAAUGGUUGAAAGCAGGGGAAAGUCUUCCCACAACAACUGUUGAUACAACAACUGACUGCACUACCUUCAAAAUUUAUGAAGCAAAGAAAUCAGAUAAAGGAAGGUACAAGGUUGUGCUUCGAAACAAGCAUGGCCAGGCAGAAGCAUUCAUCAAUGUCGAAGUCAUUGAUGUUCCAGGUCCAGUUAGAAACUUGGAAGUCACUGAAAUUUAUGACGGUGAAGUUGGUCUCGCAUGGCAAGAACCAGAAAGUGAUGGUGGAAGUAAAAUCAUAGGCUAUGUCGUUGAAAGACGUGAUAUCAAGCGUAAGACCUGGAUCGUGGUCACAGAUCGUGCUGAAAACUGUGAAUACACUGUUACUGGGCUUCAGAAAGGAGGAGUUGAGUACCUCUUCCGUGUUAGUGCACGCAACAGAGUGGGCACUGGUGAGCCAGUGGAAACAGACACGCCUGUGGAAGCUAAGAGCAAAUUUGAUGUUCCUGGUCCUCCUCAAAAUGUAGAAGUUACUGAUGUGAACAGGUUUGGAGCCACACUUAGCUGGGAACCACCUGAGGAUGAUGGAGGAUCCCCGAUUACUGGCUACGUUAUUGAACUACGUAACAGAGCUACCAUCAGAUGGGAGCCAACUAUGACCACAGGACCUGACGAACUGACAGCUGUCCUGACCGAUGUUGUGGAAAAUGAAGAAUAUUUCUUCAGAGUAAGAGCUCAAAACAUGGUUGGAGUUGGCAAACCAAGUCCUGCUACACGUGCAGUAAAAAUCAUGGACCCAAUUGAGAGACCAAGUCCUCCCAUUAACCUUGAGCAUUCAGAUCAAACUAAGUCAUCAGUUCAGCUCACAUGGGAACCCCCUCUUGAAGAUGGAGGAAGUCCAAUCUUAGGCUAUAUUAUUGAAAGGCAAGAGGAAGGAACAGACAAGUGGAUUCGUUGUAACCCAAAACUAGUACCUGCUCUUACUUUUAAGGUAACUGGAUUGAAACAAGGAUCCAGUUAUUACUACAGAGUCUCAGCAGAAAAUGCAGCUGGUGUGUCUGAUCCAGCAGAGGCUAUUGGGCCAUUAACUGCAGAUGAUACUUUUGUUGAACCUACAAUGGACCUGAGUGCAUUUAAGGAUGGACUGGAAGUUAUUGUACCAGAGCCAAUCAAGAUCCGUGUUCCCAUCACUGGGUACCCUGUGCCAACUGCCACAUGGUCUUUUGGUGACCAGGUCUUAGAAGAGGGUGAUCGUGUGAAAAUGAAGACCACUGCCUCCUUUGCAGAACUUGUAAUUACUCCGAGUGAGCGCCCAGACAAGGGAAUUUAUUACUUAACAUUAGAAAACCCUGUGUCAUCUGUUUCAGGAGAAAUUAAUGUUAAUGUCAUUGCUUGUCCAAGUGCACCAAGAGAGCUCAAUGUUUUAGAAGUACUCAAGAGUACAGUGCAGCUCGCAUGGGAACCUCCAGAAGAUGAUGGUGGAAGCCCAGUUACCGGCUAUAUAAUUGAAAAACGUGAAGUAAGCCGGAAAACGUGGAGCAAAGUUGUGGAUCAUAUUGUUGACCAAGAGUUCACUGUACCUGACCUCAUCCAAGGGAAAGAAUAUUUAUUUAGGGUUUUUGCAUGCAAUAAAUGUGGCCCUGGAGAACCUGCAUAUAUUGAUGAACCUGUAAAUAUGUCGAUACCAGCAACGGUGCCUGACCCACCAGAAAAUGUUAAAUGGAGAAAUCCAACAUCAAAAGGAAUCUUCCUAACAUGGGAGCCUCCUAAAUAUGAUGGUGGUGCACGCAUUAAGGGUUAUCUGGUAGAAAAAUCCCAACGUGGCACAGACAAGUGGGAGAUAUGUGGGGAGCCUGUUAUUGAAACAAAAAUGGAAGUAACAAAGCUCAAGGAAGGAGAGUGGUAUGCUUAUCGGGUUAAGGCUUUGAACAGAAUGGGAGCAAGUAGGCCAAGUAAGCCAACAGAUGAUAUUCAGGCCAUUGAUGCAAAAGAGGCUCCAGAAAUUUUCUUAGAUGUGAAGCUUCUUGCUGGACUUACUGUGAAAGCUGGAACCAAAAUUGAGCUGCCAGCUAAAGUGACUGGAAAGCCUGAGCCCCAGAUUACUUGGACCAAGGCUGACAAAAUUUUGAGACCUGACAACAGAAUCACCAUUGAAAGCCAACCUAAUCAUUCUACAGUCACUAUUACAGACAGCAAGAGGAGUGACAGUGGAACCUAUAUUAUAGAAGCUGUAAAUUCCAGUGGACGUGCUACUGCUGUUGUUGAAGUUAAUGUUCUUGAUAAACCUGGUCCACCAGCUGCGUUUGAUGUAUCAGAAAUCACAAACGAAUCCUGCCUUCUAACCUGGAAUCCUCCACGAGAUGAUGGGGGCUCUAAAAUUACCAACUACGUCCUUGAGAAAAGAGCUACAGACAGUGAAAUAUGGGACAAGUUGUCAUCAACUAUUAAAGAUACAAAAUUCAGAGCAGCCAAUUUAACUCCUCAUAAAGAAUACGUGUUUCGAGUCAGUGCUGAAAACAUGUAUGGUGUUGGGGAGCCAGCACAGUGUAGCCCCAUCAUUGCUAAAUAUUCAUUUGAUCCACCAGGCCCUCCAACAGGUCUCAAGCCUACAGAGGUCACUAAAGAUUCAGUCACUUUAACAUGGAAUGAACCAGAUGAAGAUGGUGGCAGCCCCAUAACUGGCUACUGGGUUGAAAGAUAUGAUCCUGAGCAGGAUAAAUGGAUAAAAUGCAACAAAAUGCCAGUGAAAGAUACAACAUUCAAAGUCAAAGGUCUUACGAAUAAGAAGAAAUAUAAGUUCCGUGUCUUGGCAGAGAAUCUUGCAGGACCUGGAAAACCAAGCAAGGAAACAGAGCCAAUCUUAGUGAAAGAUCCAAUCGAUCCACCAUGGCCUCCUGGAAAACCAACUGUGAAAGAUAUUGGCAAGACAUUCCUUACUCUGAACUGGACAAAGCCAGAGCAUGAUGGAGGGGCAAAAAUUGAAUCUUAUGUCAUUGAGCUGUUAAAGACUGGAACAGACGAAUGGGUGAGAGUGGCUGAAGGAGUUCCCACGACUGAACACUUCCUCAAAGAUCUUAUGGAGAAACAAGAAUAUUCAUUCCGUGUAAGAGCUGUGAACAAGGCUGGCGAGAGUGAGCCCAGUGAGCCCAGUGACCCCGUGCUGUGCAAGGAGAGGCUCUAUCCUCCUUCACCACCUCGAUGGCUUGAAGUUAUUAAUAUUACUAAAAAUACAGCAGAUCUUAAGUGGACAGUACCAGAAAAAGAUGGGGGUUCCCCAAUCACCAAUUACAUUGUUGAAAAAAGAGAUGUAAGGCGGAAAGGUUGGCAGACAGUUGAUACAACAGUGAAAGAUACCAAGUACACAGUGAGCCCACUGACUGAAGGCUCUUUGUAUGUCUUCCGUGUGGCUGCUGAAAAUGCCAUUGGACAGAGUGACUACUGUGAAAUUGAAGACUCAGUGCUUGCUAAAGAUACUUUCACAACCCCUGGGCCUCCAUAUGCCCUUACAAUAGUUGAAGUGAAAAAAGGCCAUGUUGAUUUGAAAUGGGAACCGCCGAAGAAUGAUGGUGGCAGACCAAUUCAAAGAUAUGUUAUUGAAAAGAAAGAAAAGCUAGCUACUCGCUGGGUAAAAGCUGGGAAGACAGCUGGUCCAGAUUGCAAUUAUAGAGUGACAGAUGUCAUUGAAGGUACAGAUGUGCAGUUCCAGGUUCGUGCAGAAAAUGAAGCUGGAUGUGGUCAUCCCAGUGAACCCACUGACCUCGUUCAUAUUGAAGAUCCAACAAGUCCUCCUUCACCUCCUCAGGAUUUACAUGUCACAGAUGCAGGCCGAAAGCACAUUUGCAUUGCAUGGAAACCUCCUGAGAAAAAUGGUGGAAGUCCCAUUAUUGGAUACAAUGUUGAGAUGUGUGAAGCAGGAACAGAAAAAUGGAUGCGAAUCAAUUCUCGUCCAAUUAAAGAUCUAAAAUGUAAAGUGGAUGAGGGUGUUGUUCCAGACAAAGAAUAUGUGCUGAGAGUCAGAGCUGUCAAUGCUGUUGGAGCUAGUGAGCCAUCAGACAUCUCAGAAAAAGUUGUUGCCAAGGACCCAGACUGUAAUCCAACCAUUGAUCUGCAAACUCGUGACAUUGUUGUUGUUAAAGGACAGAAACUAAGUAUCCCUGUACCCUUCAGAGCUGUUCCAUCUCCAACUAUAACAUGGCACAAAGAUGGCAAAGAGUUGAAAGCUGGUGACAGAACAACAAUGAAGAGUGACUACACCUCUGCAUUGCUCGAAGUGAUAGACAGUGUUCAUGCUGAUGCUGGUGUUUAUACUAUCACACUGGAGAACAAGCUGGCAUCAACAACUGGUUCAGUCAAUGUCAAAGUCAUAGGUCCACCUGGACAGUGUAAAGACAUUAAGGCAAGCGACAUAACUAAGAAUUCUUGCAAAGUAUCCUGGGAGCCUCCAGACUUUGAUGGUGGUACUCCUAUUUUGCAUUAUGUUCUGGAACGCAGGGAAGCAGGUCGUAAAACAUACAUCCCAGUCAUGUCUGGUGAAAAUAAGCUUUCAUGGCAAGUCAAAGAUCUUAUCCCAAACUGUGAAUAUUACUUCCGUGUUAAAGCUGUCAAUAAGAUUGGAGGGGGUGAUUAUCUUGAACUAAGAAACCCGAUCAUUGCUGAAGACCCAAAACAGCCCCCGGAUCCGCCUGUAGACCUUGAAGUCCAUAAUCCCACAUCCAAAUCAGUAACUCUUACAUGGAAACCACCCCUGUUUGAUGGUGGAAGCAAGAUUAUGGGCUAUAUAAUAGAAAAGCUUGCCAAGGGCAAAGAGAGGUGGCAGAGAUGCAAUGACUAUCUGGUACCCUUACUGACUUACACAGUGAAAGGCCUUGAGGAAGGAAAUGAGUAUCAAUUCCGUGUUCGUGCUGAGAAUGCUGCCGGCAUCAGUGAGCCUUCUCGGAUUACUCCUUUUGUGAAAGCUGUGGAUCCUAUUGAGGCUCCAAAAGUCUUCCUUGCUGCAAACCUACAGUCUGGCCUUGAGGUGAAGAGAGGUGAUGAGAUCAUACUUGAGGCACAUAUUUCAGGGUCACCCUAUCCAUCUAUCACUUGGUUGAGGAAUGAUGAAGUUGUCAGACCAGAGGAUAUCAAAAAGAGAGUAACAGCACCUAAGAAGAAGAAGGGUGAAGCUGAAGAAGAGAAACCUUUCCAGCUUUCCCUGCCAGAACGUAUGAGUGUUGACAACCACAAGGAAGGAGAGUCCAUACUAUCAGUUCGUGACUCCAUUAGAGCUGACCAUGGCACCUUUACAAUUAAAGUAGAAAAUGAUCAUGGAGUUGCAAAAGCCUCAUGUGAAGUCAAUGUGUUGGAUACACCUGGGCCACCAGUCAACUUUGUGUUUGAAGAUUUGAGGAAAAAUUCUGUCAUUUGCAAGUGGGAGCCUCCCCUUGAUGAUGGUGGAAGUGAAAUCCUAAACUAUGUACUGGAAAAGAAAGACAAUACAAAAGCUGAUAUGGGCUGGGUCACUGUCAGUUCAACACUCAGGCAUUGCAAAUUCCAUGUAACAAAACUGAUUGAAGGAAAAGAAUAUCUAUUCCGUGUAUUUGCUGAAAAUAGAGUUGGAGCAGGACCACCAUGUGUUUCAAAACCAAUGACAGCUAAAGAUCCUUUCUCUCCACCAGAUGCACCUAAUAAGCCUGAUGUGGAAGAUGUAACCAGCAACAGUAUGCUGGUUAAGUGGAAUGAACCAAAAGAUAAUGGCAGCCCUAUCAUAGGAUACUGGAUUGAAAAACGUGAAAUCAAUAGUACUCAUUGGGCUCGGGUCAACAGGAGCCUUGUGAAUGCUCUGGAAGUAAAAGUUGAAGGACUGUUGGAAGGUUUAACUUACAUCUUUAGAGUAUGUGCUGAAAAUGCAGCUGGCCCUGGGAAAUUUAGUCCACCAUCAGAUCCAAAAACUGCACAGGACCCAAUAAUGCCACCUGGUCCACCGAUUCCGAGGAUUGCUGACACAAGUGCAACUUCCAUCGAGCUAGAAUGGGAGCCUCCUGUGUAUAAUGGUGGUGGAGAUAUCACUGGUUACCAUGUGUACAAACAACUGAUGGGAGUAAACGAGUGGUCACGCUGUACAGCAAAACCCAUUAAGGUCCUGCAGUUUACAGUUGGAGAAGUGAGAGAAGGUGCAGACUAUAAACUCCGUGUUACUGCACUCAAUGCAGCUGGUGAAGGACCACCUGGGGAAACUGAACCUGCAACAGUUGCAGAACCUAAAGAGCCUCCCACUGUUGAGCUGGAUGUUUCUGUGAAAGCAGGCAUUCAGGUCAUGGCUGGGCAGACUAUUAAAAUUCCUGCUACUGUGACAGGGCGUCCUACUCCCACCAUUGCAUGGACUGUAGAGGACGGUGAAUUAGACAAAGAUCGAGUUGUUAUUGAAAAUGUUGGCACAAAAUCUGAGUUAACCAUUAAGAAUGCAUUGAGAAAAGACCAUGGAAGAUAUGUAAUUACUGCUACCAAUAGCAGUGGUUCAAAAUCUGCAGGAACCAGAGUAGAAGUAUUUGAUGUUCCUGGACCAGUCCUUGACCUAAAGCCUGUGGUCACAAACAGAAAGAUGUGUUUGCUUAACUGGUCUGAUCCUGAAGAUGAUGGUGGCAGUGACAUCAUAGGCUUCAUUGUUGAAAGGAAGGAUGCCAAAAUGCAUACUUGGAGACUAGCUGUAGACACAGAUAGAUCUAAAUGUGAUAUUACAGGUCUAAUUGAAGGGCAGGAAUAUAAAUUCCGUGUUAGUGCCAAGAACAAAUUUGGUACUGGUCCACCUGUUGAAAUAGGACCCAUUCUUGCAGUUGAUCCAUUAGGUCCUCCAACAGCACCUGAGAGGUUCAUGUACACAGAGAGGACAAAGUCAUCCAUAACACUUGAUUGGAAGCCUCCACGCAGUGAUGGUGGUAGUCCCAUUUUAGGAUACAUUGUUGAGAAGAGGAGACAUGAUUCAAAAGAUUAUGAAAGAGUUAAUGCAAGGCUCUGUCCAAAAACAUCUCUUCUUGUUGAAAAACUUGAUGAACUUCAUAUGUAUGAAUUUCGUGUGAAAGCUGUCAAUGAGAUUGGAGAAAGUGAGCCAUCACUGCCCCUCAAUGUUGUUAUACAAGAUGAUGAAGUGCCUCCAACUGUUACAUUGCGUUUGGCUGUGAGAGGAGAUACUAUCAAAGUCAAGGCAGGAGAACCUGUUAACAUUCCUGCUGAUGUAACAGGUCUGCCAAUGCCAAAGAUUGAAUGGGACAAGAAUGAAGUUUUAAUCGACCAAACAUCCAAUGCACUUAAGAUUACCAAGGAAGAGGUGUCUAGAACUGAGGCAAAAACCGAACUUAUCCUGCCUGCAGCAGUGAGGGAUGAUAAAGGCACUUACACUGUGAGAGCUACCAAUCGUCUUGGCACUGCAUUUCGCAAUGUGCAUGUCGAAGUGUAUGAUCGUCCUUCUCCACCAAGAAAUCUUGCUGUUUCUGAUAUUAAAGCAGAAUCAUGCUAUUUAACAUGGGAUGCACCUCUUGAUAAUGGUGGUAGUGAAAUUACCCAUUACAUUAUUGAAAAACGUGAUGCUAGUAAGAAGAAAUCUGACUGGGAAGAAGUCUCCAAAGGCGCUGUUGAGAGAAGAUUUGGGGUAUGGAAUCUUGCAACAAAUGAAAAAUACCAAUUUAGGGUCCGGGCUGUAAACAAAUAUGGAAUAAGUGAUGAAUGCCUCUCAGAAAAAGUUGUUAUUAAGGAUCCCUAUGGUCUUCCUGGACCUCCUGGAAAGCCAAAAAUUUUGGAUCGUACCAGAUCAUCUAUGCUGGUGACUUGGGAGCCUCCUUUGGACAAUGGUGGCAGUCCAAUAACUGGCUAUUGGUUGGAGAAGAGAGAGGUGGGAGGUGUCUACUGGGCACGUGUCAACAGGGCUCCAGUAACAAAACCAUCUGUAAAAGGUCUAGAGCACAAUGUGCUUCGUCUGGCUGAAGGUGUUGAAUACCAGUUUAGAGUUAUGGCUGAAAAUCUUGCUGGAAUUGGCCCUCCCAGUGAACCAUCAGAUCCAGCUUUGGCAGCAGAUCCCAUAUUUGUGCCUGGUCCACCAUCUUGCCCAGAGGUCAAAGACAAAACCAAAUCAUCUGUAGCACUUGCAUGGAAGCCUCCUCAAAAGGAUGGUGGGAGUCCUAUAAAAGGAUAUAUUGUUGAAAUGCAAGAUGAGGGUAGUACUGAAUGGAAGAAGGUGAAUGAAGGAGACAAACUCUUUCCUACUUGUGAAUGUGUUGUUCCCAACUUGAAAGAGCUCAGAAAAUACCGAUUUAGGGUGAAAGCUGUAAAUGCUGCUGGAGAAUCAGAACCAAGUCCUGCUACAUCAGAGAUACCUGUCCAAGAUAUUCUAGAGGAACCAGAAAUCUUCCUUGAUCUUGGAGCACAGGAUUUGCUCUCUUGCCGUGCUGGCACAACAAUUAAAAUCCCAGCUGUUAUCAAGGGUCGUCCAGUCCCAAAAACAUUUUGGGAAUACGAAGGAAAAGCAAAAACAGCAGCAAAGGAGGGAGGUCAUAAUGUACCUGAAGAAGCUCAGGUGGUAGCAACUGAUACACGUUCAGAGAUUAUCAUCCCUGAGUGCAACAGAAGUCAUUCUGGACGAUACAGUAUUACAGCAAAGAACAAAGCAGGACAAAAGACAGUGCAUGUCAGAGUCAAUGUGCUUGAUGUCCCUGGUCCACCAAAGGACCUAAAAGUAAGUGAUAUCACAAGAGGUAGCUGUAAACUUUCAUGGAAGAUGCCGGAUGAUGAUGGUGGAGAUAGAAUCAGAGGCUAUGUUAUAGAGAAAAGAAAUAUUGAUGGGAAGGCUUGGACUAAAGUCAAUCCAAACUGUGGCAGUACUUCCUUUGUGGUACCUGAUCUCAUAACUGGCCAAGAAUAUUUCUUCCGGGUACGUGCAGAAAACCGUUUUGGAGUUGGGCCUCCUGCAGAAACCAUCCAGCGGACCACAGCCAGGGAUCCCAUCCAUCCUCCUGAUCCGCCUAUUAAACUGAGGAUUGGCCUUGUAACCAAGAACACAGUGAGCCUGACGUGGAAACCACCAAAGAAUGAUGGUGGAGCUCCUGUUACACAUUAUAAUGUUGAAUGUCUCCGCUGGGAUCGUACUGGAGAAGUGAAAGAGUCUUGGAAGCAAUGCAACAGACGUGAUGUGGAAGAAACAAAGUUUACUGUUGAGGAUCUUGUAGAAGGUGGAGAAUAUGAAUUCAGAGUCAAAGCUGUAAAUAUAGCAGGUCCUAGCAGACCUUCAGCCACUGUUGGCCCACUUGUUGUUAAAGACCAGACAUGUCCACCAUCUAUUGAGCUCAAAGAAUUCAUGGAAGUUGAAGAAGGAACUGAUGUUAAAAUUGUGGCCAAGAUAAAGGGUGUACCCUUCCCCACAUUAACAUGGCUAAAAGCUUCUCCAAAGAAACCAGAUGACAAAACACCAGUGGUGUAUGACCAACAUGUCAACAAGAUUGUUGAUGAAGAUACUUGCACUUUAUUGAUCCAACAGUCUCGCAGAAAUGAUACAGGCUUAUAUACUAUAACAGCUGUAAAUAACCUGGGAACUGCUUCAAAGGAGAUGCGGCUGAAUGUUCUGGGUCGUCCUGGACCUCCAGUAGGACCUAUUAAAUUUGAAUCUAUUUUGGCCGAUAAAAUGACAAUAUCAUGGCUUCCUCCGUUAGAUGAUGGUGGUUCUAAGAUUACAAACUAUGUUAUAGAGAAAAAAGAAGCAAAUAGAAAGACAUGGGUGCCUGUUACUAAUGAGCCUAAGGAAUGCAUAUUCACUGUUCCCAAGCUGAUGGAAGGCCAUGAAUAUGUGUUCCGCAUUAUGGCACAAAACAAAUAUGGAAUUGGAGAACCUUUGGAUAGUGAGCCAGAAACAGCACGAAACCUUUUCACUGUCCCUGGACCUCCUGACAAGCCAACAGUUAGCAGUAUAACACGUGACUCAAUGACAGUAAACUGGGAAGAGCCAGAACAUGAUGGUGGCUCUCCUAUUACUGGUUACUGGUUGGAGCGCAAAGAAACCACUGGAAAGAGAUGGACCAGGGUUAACCGAGAUCCCAUCAAGCCUAUGACACUGGGGGUUUCAUACAAAGUUACAGGACUUAUUGAAGGCUCUGAAUAUCAGUUCCGUGUUUCAGCUAUCAAUGCGGCUGGUGUUGGCCCCCCAAGCAUGCCAUCUGAUCCAGCACUUGCUAGAGAUCCUAUUGCCCCACCUGGCCCUCCUAUACCAAAAGUUACUGAUUGGACAAAGUCUUCUGUAGACUUGGAGUGGAGUCCACCAGUAAAGGAUGGUGGUUCUAGAGUCACUGGCUACAUUGUUGAGUUUAAAGAGGAAGGAAAGGAAGAAUGGGAACGGGUAAAAGAUAAAGAAAUUAGAGGAACAAAGUUUGUCGUGGCAGGAUUAAAAGAAGGUUGUUUUUACAAAUUUAGAGUUAGAGCAGUAAAUGCUGCUGGCAUCGGAGAGCCUGGAGAAGUUACAGACAUUAUUGAAAUGAAAGACAGAAUUGUGGCUCCUGAUAUUAACUUGGAUGCAAGUGUCAGGGACAGAAUUGUUGUUCAUGCUGGAGGAGUAAUUCGGAUCAUAGCAUAUGUCUCAGGAAAACCACCUCCAACUGUGACCUGGAGCAGAGAUGAGCAAGCUUUGCCAGAAGAAGCCAAAAUUGAAGAAACAGCUAUUAGUUCUUCUUUAGUCAUCAAGAAUUGCAAAAGGAGUCACCAGGGUUUAUACACCCUUCUUGCUAAAAAUGAUGGUGGUGAGAGGAAGAAGACAAUUAUUGUUGAUGUGCUAGAUGUGCCAGGCCCAGUUGGAUUGCCACUCCUUACGGAGAAUUUAACCAACGACUCUUGUAAAUUGUCAUGGUUUACUCCUGAAGAUGAUGGUGGCUCUCCUAUUACCAACUAUAUAAUUGAAAAACGUGAAUCUGACCAUAGAGCUUGGACUCCAGUGACCUACACAGUUACAAGACAGAAUGCUACUGUUCAGGGCCUCAUUCAAGGGAAAGCCUACUUUUUCCGAAUUGCAGCUGAGAAUAUAAUUGGCAUGGGUCCUUUCACAGAAACAACAAAAGAGAUUCUCAUUAGAGACCCAAUAACUGUUCCUGACCGUCCAGAAGACCUAGAAGUAAAAGCAGUUACCAAGAACUCCGUUACACUGACUUGGAACCCUCCAAAAUAUAAUGGGGGCUCAGAUAUCACCAUGUACGUUCUAGAGAGCCGUCUCAUUGGAAAAGACAAAUUCCACAAAGUUACAAAGGAGAAAAUGCUUGAUAGGAAAUUCACUGUAGAAGGCUUGAAGGAGGGUGACACCUAUGAGUAUCGUGUGAGUGCUUGCAAUAUUGUGGGACAAGGCAAGCCAUCAUUUUGCACUAAACCAAUCACGUGCAAGGAUGAAAUUGCUCCUCCCACACUUGACCUUGACUUUAGAGACAAGCUUAUUGUCCGAGUUGGUGAAGCUUUCAGCUUGACUGGACGUUACUCAGGCAAACCUGCACCAAAGGUUACUUGGCUAAAGGAUGAUAUUGUUGUGAAAGAAGAUGACAGAAUAAAGAUCAAGACAACUCCUACAACUCUUUGUUUGGGGGUACUAAAAUCUGUCCGUGAAGACACAGGCAAAUAUUGUGUUACUGUAGAGAACAGCACAGGAUCAAGGAAAGGAUUUUGUCAAGUUAAUGUCGUUGAUCGCCCAUCACCUCCAGUAGGCCCAGUUAUAUUUGAUGAAGUCUUUAAAGAUCAUAUGGUAGUUUCCUGGAAACCUCCAUUAGAUGAUGGAGGCAGUGAAAUUACUAAUUACAUAAUUGAGAAGAAGGAUACACACAAAGACUUGUGGAUGCCAGUUACGUCUGCCACAGUAAAGACAACAUGCAAAAUUCCCAAGCUGCUUGAAGGAAGAGAAUACCAAAUUCGAAUUUAUGCUGAAAAUCUUUAUGGCAUAAGUGAUCCUCUCAUCUCUGAUGAGAUGAAAGCCAAGGAUCGUUUCCGUGUACCUGAUGCACCUGAACAACCAAUCGUUAAGGAUGUAACCAAAGACUCUGCAUUAGUGGUUUGGAACAAACCAUAUGAUGGAGGCAAGCCGAUAACAAACUACAUUUUAGAAAAGAAGGAAACAAUGGCUACAAGAUGGGUCAAAGCUACCAAAGACCCAAUUUUCCCCGGUACAAAGUUCAAAGUACCUGACCUCCUUGAAGGCUGUCAGUAUGAAUUCCGUGUUUCAGCAGAAAAUGAAAUUGGUGUAGGUGAUCCUAGUCCACCAUCAAAACCAAUUUUUGCUAGAGAUCCAAUCGCAAAACCAAGUCCACCUGUUAAUCCAGAAGCAGUAGAUAAAACUAAAAAUUCAGUUGAUUUAUCUUGGCAGCCACCUCGCCAUGAUGGAAAUGGCAAGAUAAUUGGCUACCUUGUAGAGUAUCAGAAAGUUGGAGAUGAAGAAUGGAAACAGGCUAAUCUUACAGCAGAUUCUUGUCCUGAAACAAACUACAAAGUCACUGGUCUUACUGAGGGAUUAACCUAUAAAUUCAGGGUCAAGGCAGUCAAUGCGGCAGGUGAAUCUGAUCCAGCACAUGUUCCUGAUCCAGUAGAAGUAAAGGACAGGCUUGAACCUCCUGAGUUAAUACUUGAUGCUAAUAUGGCCCGAGAACAGCAUAUAAAAGCUGGAGAUACCCUGAGACUUAGUGCUGUUAUUAAAGGUGUUCCAUUCCCAAAAGUUACUUGGAAGAAAGAAGAUCAUGAGGUCUCACCCAAAGCUGAUAUUGAAGUUACAGGAGUUGGCAGUAAGCUUGAAAUCCGUAACACGGUCCAUGAAGAUGGUGGAAUGUACUCCCUGACAGUUGAAAAUCCAGCUGGUUCAAAGACUGUUUCAGUAAAAGUUGUGGUCUUAGAUAAGCCUGGUCCACCCAGAAAUCUGAAAAUCAGUGAUAUUAGAAGUGACUCUUGCUAUCUCACUUGGAUGGAACCGGAAGAUGAUGGUGGCUCUGUGAUUACCAACUAUGUGGUGGAGAGGAAAGAUGUAGCUUCUGCACAGUGGGUAGCCAUCUCUUCAUCCUCCAAGAAACGCAGUCAUAUGGCUAAAUAUCUGAUGGAAGGCACCCAGUAUCUCUUCCGAGUUGCAGCUGAGAAUCAAUAUGGUAGAGGUCCAUAUGUGGAAACACUUAAGCCUAUCAAAGCUAUAGAUCCCCUGCAUCCUCCAGGGCCACCAAAGAAUCUGCAUCAUGUAGAUGUUGACAAGACGGAGGUUUCCCUUGUUUGGAAUCGACCAGAUCGUGAUGGUGGUGCUGAGAUAACUGGGUAUUUGGUGGAAUAUCAAGAAGAUGGUGCAGAUGAAUGGACAAAAUUCCAGACAGUCCCUAUGCUAGACUGUGUCGUUACAGGACUACAGAAAGGAAAAAUAUACAAAUUCCGUGUGAGAGCUCAAAACAUUGUUGGUCUUGGCCUUCCAGACACAACUAUACCAAUAGAGUGUCAAGAAAAACUAGUACCUCCAUCUGUGGAUCUAGAUGUAAAAUUAAUUGAAGGUCUCGUUGUUAAAGCUGGCACCACAGUGCACCUUCCAGCAAUUAUGAGAGGUGUGCCAGUUCCCACAGCAAAAUGGGUUACUGAUGACACUGAAAUUAAACCAGAUGGCAAAUACAAGAUUGAAACUGACAAUUACUCAACUGUGCUUACUAUCAAAGACUGUGUAAGAAAAGAUACAGGAGAAUAUCUACUCACAGUAUCUAAUGCAGCUGGCAGCAAAACUGUGGCUCUGCACCUUACAGUUUUGGAUGUUCCAGGCCCACCAACUGGUCCAAUUAAUAUUCUUGAAGUAACACCAGAAUAUAUGGUUAUUUCUUGGCGCCCUCCUAAAGAUGAUGGUGGGAGUCCUAUAAUAAAUUAUAUUGUUGAGAAGCGUCAAUCAAAGAAAGAAACUUGGGGAGUGGUUAGCUCUGGAACAAGUCACACAAAGAUUAAGGUUCCACGACUGCAGAAAGGCUGUGAAUAUAUUUUCCGUGUUCGUGCAGAAAAUAAGAUAGGCAUUGGUGCACCCCUGGAUUCAGAACCAACAGUUGCUAAAUACAUGUUUGAUCCACCAUCCCCACCUGGUAAACCAACUGUUUAUGAUGUUACAGAAAAUGCUGCAACAGUGUCUUGGACCCUACCAAAAUCUGAUGGUGGAACUCCAAUAACUGGUUAUAUACUUGAACGUCGGGAAGCAUCUGGUAAAUGGGUGCGUGUCAAUAAGACACCUAUACUUGAUAUGAAAUACAGAGUCACUGGUCUUUUUGAAGGCAAUACAUACGAAUUCAGAGUUUUUGCAGAAAACAUGGUGGGCUUAAGUAAACCAUCUCCAAGCUCUGAUCCAAUAAAAGCAUCACGUCCUAUCACUCCUCCUGGACCACCUAUAAAUCCAAAAUUAAAAGACAAAACUAAAGAAUCAGCUGAUCUUGUGUGGACAAAGCCCCUCAAGGAUGGUGGCAGCCCAAUUCUGGGAUACAUUGUGGAAUGUCAGAAAGCUGGAACUACACAGUGGAAUAGGAUUAACAAGGAUGAACUUAUUCGACAGUGUGCUUUCAGAGUACCUGGAUUAAUAGAAGGAAAUGAAUAUAAGUUCCGAAUAAAAGCUGUCAACAUCGUGGGAGAGGGAGAACCAAGAGAACUACCAGAAACUGUUCUUGCAAAAGAUAUUCUUUCUCCUCCAGAAAUAAGCUUAGAUGUGACCUGUCGAGACUUAAUUACUGUCCGAGUUGGUCAAACAAUACGUAUUACUGGUAAGGUAAAAGGCAGACCAGAUCCUGAAAUAACUUGGUCUAAAGAUGGCAAAGUACUAGUCCAAGAUAAGCAUAUUGAAAUACUUCAUGAUCUGCCUAAUGUUGAACUGCAAGUGAAAGAAGCCAAAAGAUCUGAUCAUGGCAAAUACAUAAUAGCAGCUAAGAACAGCUGUGGCCAGGCUCAAGCUUUUGCUGUUGUUAAUGUACUUGACAGACCUGGACCAUGUCAGAAUCUGAAAAUAAGCUAUGUCACAAAAGACUCUUGUAUGAUCUCUUGGGAGAGCCCAGUGGAUAAUGGUGGCUCUGAAAUUACAAAUUACAUAGUAGAAUAUCGUCAGCCGAAUCAGAGGGGAUGGUCAAUUGUCUCCUCUGAUAUUACUAAGAGAUUAGUAAAGGCAAAUCUUGUAGAGAACCGUGAAUACUUCUUCAGAGUUUGUGCAGAGAACAAAAUAGGUCCAGGGCCUUGCAUUGAGACCAAGACUCCUAUCCUUGCUAUCAAUCCUAUUGACAAGCCUGGAGAGCCAGAAAAUCUUCACAUUGCAGAGAAAGGGAAGACAUUUGUAUAUCUGAAAUGGAGAAGACCAGAUUAUGAUGGUGGAAGUCCCAAUUUAAGUUAUCAUGUUGAGAGAAAACUGAAAGAUUCAGAUGAAUGGGAAAGAGUUCACAAAGGAAGCAUUAAGGAAACACACUACAUGGUAGAUAAGUGUGUGGAAAAUAAAAUUUACCAAUUCCGAGUUCAGACUAAGAACGAGGCUGGUGAAAGUAACUGGGUAAAAACAGCUGAAGUUGUUGUGAAGGAAGAUCUCCAGAAACCAGUCCUAGAUUUGAAGUUAAGUGGGGUUCUAACUGUGAAAGCAGGCGACACAAUUAGAAUUGAGGCUGGAGUCAGAGGAAAACCACAGCCUGAAGUUGUAUGGGCAAAAGACAAAGAUGCCACAGAUCUCACCAGAUCUCCAAGAGUCAGCAUUGAAAACACUUCUGACACAUCUAAGUUCGUUCUCACAAAAUCAAGGCGUACUGAUGGUGGGAAAUACGUGAUUACAGCAACUAAUGCAGCUGGCAGCUUUGUAGCAUAUGCUACUGUUAUUGUCUUGGAUAAGCCAGGUCCUGUACGAAACCUGAAAGUCACUGACAUUUCAAGUGAUAGAUGUACUGUUACUUGGGAUCCUCCAGAAGAUGAUGGUGGUUGUGAAAUACAGAACUACAUCCUGGAAAAAUGUGAAAGCAAGCGUAUGGUUUGGUCUACAUUCUCUUCCUCUGUCCUAACAAACUAUGCCAAAGUGACACGCCUCAUUGAGGGUAAUGAGUAUAUAUUCAGAGUGCGUGCAGAGAAUAAAAUGGGCACUGGUCCACCAACAGAAACACAUCCAAUUAUUGCAAAAACAAAAUAUGAUAGACCUGGGCGCCCUGACCCUCCAGAUGUCACAAGAGUCAGCAAAGAAGAGAUGACUGUAGUUUGGAAUCCACCAGAAUAUGAUGGUGGCAAAUCAAUUACAGGAUACAUUUUAGAGAAGAAAGAGAAACGGUCACUAAGAUGGGUUCCUGUUACUAAAACCCCAAUCCCAGAGAGACGCAAGAAGGUUACUAAUCUCUUCCCUGGUCAUGAAUACCAGUUCCGCGUCAGUGCUGAAAAUGAAGUGGGACUUGGAGAACCAAGCUUGCCAUCAAGACCUGUGAUAGCCAAAGACCCAAUAGAGCCACCUGGUCCUCCCACAAACCUGAGAGUGGUUGAUAGCACAAAGACUUCCUUAACUCUUGGCUGGGGAAAACCGGUGUACGAUGGUGGUGCUCCAAUUAUUGGAUAUGUUGUGGAAAUGAGACCAAAAGUUGAGGGUGCCGAUCCUGAAGCAGGAUGGAAACGAUGUAAUGUUGCUGCUCAAGUUAUUCAUACAGAAUUCACAGCUACCAGCCUGGAUGAGAAGCAAUUGUAUGAGUUUAGGGUUUCUGCCCAAAACCAGGUUGGCCUUGGCCGACCAGCAGAACUGAAAGAAGCUGUGUCUCCCAAAGAAAUUCUUGAACCUCCUGAGAUUGAGCUGGAUGCGAGCAUGAGAAAGUUAGUCACAGUCAGAGCAGGAUGCCCUAUUAGACUUUUUGCCAUUGUUAGGGGUCGCCCAGCACCAAAAGUCACCUGGAGGAGAAUGGGUGUUGAUAAUGUUAUCAGAAAAGGACAAGUUGAUCUGGUUGACACUAUGGCCUUCUGUGUCAUUCCCGAUUCCACACGUGAUGACUCAGGCAAAUAUUCAUUGACACUUGUUAAUCCAGCUGGAGAAAAGGCUGUAUUUGUGAACGUCAGAGUUCUGGAUACUCCUGGACCUGUGUCAGACUUCAAGGUUUCAGACGUCACCAAGAUGUCCUGCCAUCUUUCAUGGGCACCUCCAGAGAAUGAUGGGGGUAGCCCAGUGACUCAUUACAUCCUGCAGAAACGGGAAGCUGACAGGAAGACCUGGGCAACAGUCACGGCAGAACUAAAGAAAACCAGUUUCCAAAUAGCGAACCUUGUGCCUGGAAAUGAAUAUUACUUCAGAGUAACAGCAGUAAAUGAGUAUGGGUCAGGUGUUCCAAGUGACAUACCAAAGCCUGUUCUAGCAACAGAUCCUCUAAGUGAACCUGAUCCACCAAGAAAACUUGAAGUAACUGAAAUUACAAAGAACAGUGCUACUUUGGGCUGGCUGCCACCACUUCGCGAUGGAGGCUCUAAAAUUGAUGGAUACAUUGUUAGCUACAAAGAACAUGAUCAACCAGCAGAUCGCUGGACAGAAUAUUCAGUUGUUAAAGAUCUCUCCAUUGUUGUAGCUGGUCUGAAAGAAGGAAAGAAGUACAACUUUAGAGUGGCAGCUAGAAAUGCUGUAGGAGUAAGUUUGCCAAUAGAAGCUACAGGAGAAUAUGAAAUUAAAGAACAACUCAUCCCACCUAAGAUUCUGAUGCCUGAUCAUGUUCACAUUAAAGCUGGAAAGAAACUGAGGAUUGAAGCUCAUGUAUAUGGGAAGCCUCAGCCGGUCUGUAAAUGGCUGAAAGGAGAUCAAGAUGUAGUUACAUCCAGUCGCCUUGCUGUGCAUAAAGCAGAAAAGUCUUCUGUUCUUAUCAUUAAGGAUGUGACUAGAAAAGAUACUGAUUUUUACACUCUUACUGCAGAAAAUAGCUCUGGUACUGAUAGUCAGAAAAUCAAAGUGACCGUCAUGGAUAAGCCAGGUCCACCACAGCCUCCAUUUGAUAUUUCUGAAAUAGAUGCUGAUGCUUGCACUCUUUCAUGGCACAUACCACUUGAAGAUGGUGGCAGCAACAUUACAAACUAUAUAGUUGAGAAAUGUGAUGUAAGUCGAGGAGACUGGAUAACAGCUUUGUCUUCUGUCACAAAGACAAGCUGCAGAAUUGGAAAACUGAUUCCUGGAGAAGAGUAUAUGUUCCGUGUUCGUGCUGAAAAUCGUUUUGGGAUUUCUGAGCCACUUGCUUCUGGCAAGAUGAUCGCAAGAUUCCCAUUUGAUGUUCCCAGUGAACCAAAGAAUGCACGUAUUACCAAGGUCAAUAAGGACUGCAUUUUUGUUGCUUGGGAUAAACCAGAUAGCGAUGGAGGCAGUCCAAUCACUGGUUAUCUCAUUGAGCGCAAAGAAAGGAACAGUUUACUGUGGGUGAAAGCUAAUGACACAGCUGUGCGCUCCACAGAGUACCCUUGUGUGGGCCUCAUUGAAGGUCUUGAGUAUACUUUCAGAAUUUAUGCAUUGAACAGAGCUGGAGCAAGUAAACCUAGUAAACCAACCGAGUUUGUCACAGCAAGAGCACCAGUUGAUCCUCCUGGAAAACCUGAAGUUAUUGAUGUCACUAAGAGUACUGCAUCACUGGUAUGGACAAGACCAAAACAUGAUGGUGGUAGCAAACUUAUUGGUUACUUUGUGGAAGCUUGCAAAUUACCUGGUGAUAAGUGGGUUCGGUGCAAUACAACUCCAUAUCAAAUACCCCAAGAGGAGUACACUGUGACUGGUUUGGAGGAAAAUGCUCAGUACCAAUUUAGAGCAAUUGCCAAGACAGCAGUUAACAUCAGCCAACCUUCAGAACCUUCUGAUCCUGUGACCAUUCAUCCAGAAAAUGUUCCUCCCAGAAUAGAGUUGGAUGUGUCUAUGCAAUCACAGCUUACAGUAAAAGCUGGAACUAAUGUGCGUCUGGAGGCAAAUGUAUAUGGCAAGCCAAUGCCAGCAAUCACCUGGAAGAAAGAAGGAGAAGUUUUAAAGCCAUCUGAAGGUGUUAAGAUCACCACAAAGAGAAAUCUUGCUACAGUUGAGUUGUUCAGUGUUAACAGGAAGCAAACAGGAGACUACACUAUUACUGCUGAAAAUGCAAGUGGAACAAAAUCAGCAACCAUUAGGCUUAAAGUACUUGAUAAGCCUGGCCCACCAGCUUCUGUUAAAAUCAAACAUAUGUAUGCUGAUCGCGCAAUGCUUUCUUGGGAGCCUCCUCUGGAAGAUGGAGGUUCAGAAAUUACCAACUACAUUGUAGACAAGCGUGAAACAAGCAGACCUAACUGGGCCCAAGUCAGUGCCAAUGUACCCAUUACCAGCUGCACAGUGGAGAAACUAAUAGAAGGACAUGAGUACCAGUUCCGCAUUUGUGCUGAAAACAAAUAUGGUGUUGGAGACCCCAUCUUAACUGAACCAGCAGUUGCUAAGAACCCAUAUGAUGUACCCGGACCUUGUGAUCCACCAGUAAUUAGCAAUGUAACAAAAGACUUCAUGACUGUUAGCUGGAAGCCACCAGCUAGUGAUGGUGGAUCCCCGAUAACUGGUUAUAUACUUGAGAAGCGUGAAACGAAGGCUCUCAACUGGACAAAAGUAAACAGAAAGCCUGUCAUUGAAAGAACUGUAAAAGCUACUGGACUCCAAGAAGGAACAGAAUAUGAGUUCCGGGUGAUAGCAUUGAAUAAGGCUGGACCAGGCAAGCCUAGCGCACCAUCUAAAGCAGUGUAUGCUCGUGAUCCUCAAUAUCCUCCUGGCCCACCUGCUUUCCCAAAAGUGGUUGAUACUACUCGUAAUUCGAUUAGCCUGUCAUGGAGCAAACCAGCAUAUGAUGGAGGAAGCCCUAUCAUUGGUUAUCUAGUGGAAUCAAAAAGAGCUGACACAGACAACUGGGUCAGAUGCAAUCUACCCAAGAAUUUACAGGCUACACAUUUUGUGGUAACAGGGCUGAUGGAAGAUACAGAGUACCAGUUCCGUGUAUAUGCUGUCAAUAAGAUUGGAUACAGCGAUCCAAGUGAUGUUCCUGAUAAACACACUGCCAAAGACAUUUUAAUUCCACCUGAAGGAGAACUUGAUGCAGAGCUAAGAAAAGUCCUUGUGUUGCGUGCUGGAGUCACAAUGAGACUUUAUGUACCAGUCAGAGGACGUCCACCUCCAAAGAUUUCAUGGUCUAAAGUGGGUGCCAACCUAAGAGAUAGACAAGGAUUAGACAUCAAGUCAACUGAUUUUGAUACCUUCCUGCGUUGUGAAAAUGUAAAUAAAUAUGAUGCUGGAAAAUACGUCCUCAGUCUGGAGAACAGCUGUGGCAAAAAGUCAUAUACCAUUGUUGUAAAAGUACUUGAUACGCCAGGCCCACCCAUUAACCUGAUUGUAAAGGAAGCAUCUAAAGAUUCUGCCUUCAUUACAUGGGAACCUCCUCUAGUAGAUGGGGGCAGUCCAAUCAAAAAUUAUGUUGUUGAAAAACGUGAUGCAGAAAGAAAAUCAUGGUCCACAGUAACAACAGAGUGUCCAAAGACAAGCUACAGGAUAACUAACUUAGAAGAAGGCAAAUCUUACUUCUUCAGAGUUUUUGCUGAAAAUGAAUAUGGUAUUGGUGAUCCUUGUGAAACUCGUGAUGCUGUCAAAGCUUCUGAAACACCUGGGCCGGUUGUGGAUCUAAAAGCUUCAGCUGUAACAAAAUCCUCAUGCAAUUUGGUAUGGAAGAAACCUAUCAGUGAUGGUGGAAGCCGUAUUUCUGCAUAUAUUGUUGAAGUCCUGGUUGGUGAUAAUAAAUGGCAAGAAGUCAUGCGGGGAAAAAAUCUCCAUUUUUCAAUGAGAGACUUAAAAGAAGGACAAGAAUAUACUUUUAGAGUGAAGGCCCAAAAUGAUGCUGGAUAUGGAACUCCAUCAGAGAUCACAAUUGUAGCAAAAGAUGAUGUUGCGGCACCUGAACUUGACUUAAGAGAUCUACCUGAUUUGUGCUAUACAGCUAAAGAGGGUAGCAAUUUCCGUCUUAAAAUCCCUAUGAAAGGCAAGCCUGUCCCAACCGUAACUUGGAAGAAGGAUGAAGACCAGGCAAUUACUGAGAGUGGGAGAGUUGCUUUUGAAUCAACAGCAGUUAAUACCACUCUUGUAGUACAUGACUGCCAGAAAGCUGAUGCAGGAAAAUACACAAUAACUCUGAAGAAUGUUGCUGGCAGCAAGGAAGGCACUAUUUUUGUGAAAGUUGUUGGCAAACCUGGCAUACCAACAGGUCCAGUGAAAUUUGAAGAAGUCACAGCUGAUGCCAUUACCUUAAAAUGGGGCCCUCCAAAAGACGAUGGUGGUUCAGAAAUCACUAACUAUGUUCUAGAGAAGAGAGAUAACAUAAACAAUAAGUGGGUGACUUGUGCCUCUGCAGUCCAGAAAACCACAUUUAGAGUUACAAGGCUUCAUGAAGGAAAUGAAUAUACAUUCAGGAUCAGGGCUGAAAACAAAUAUGGAGUAGGGGAAGGUCUUAAAUCAGAGCCUGUCAUUGCAAAACAUCCAUUUGAUGUCCCAGAUGCUCCUCCACCUCCCAAUAUUGUUGCUGUUCGGCAUGAGUCUGUAGCCUUAACUUGGACUGAUCCCAGAAGAAAUGGAGGUUCACCAAUCACAGGUUAUCACAUUGAAGUUAAAGAAAGAAAUAGUCUUCUGUGGAAGAGAGCAAAUACCACGCCAAUAAGAAUGAAAGAUUUCAGAGUGACAGGGUUAACUGAAGGUCUGGAAUAUGAAUUCAGAGUAAUGGCAAUCAAUAUGGCUGGAGUCGGUAAACCAAGUCUUCCAUCUGAACCAGUUGUGGCACUUGAUCCUAUUGAUCCUCCUGGGAAACCUGAAGUUAUCAAUGUAACCAGGAACUCAGUAACACUCAUUUGGACAGAACCAAAAUAUGAUGGUGGACAUAAAUUAACUGGCUAUAUCGUAGAAAAGCGUGAUUUACCCAAAAAGACAUGGAUGAAAGCUAAUCACGUGAAUGUUCCAGACUGUGCAUUUACUGUAACUGACCUUACUGAAGGCUGCAAAUAUGAGUUCAGAAUUAGAGCAAAGAAUACCGCUGGAGCUAUCAGUCCUCCAUCUGAAUCCACAGGAACCAUAAUAUGCAAGGAUGAGUAUGAGGCACCAAGCAUUGUUCUGGAUCCUACUGUGAAGGAAGGUUUAACAGUGAAAGCAGGGGAAACCAUCACACUGUCUGCUAUUAGUAUCCGUGGCAAACCACCUCCGACUUCAGCAUGGUCAAAAGCUGGAAAAGAUUUUAGACCCUCAGAGCUUGUGCACAUUGAAACCAAACCAACUUCUUCUACUCUAAGUGUCAAAUAUGCAGCCAGAAAAGAUUCUGGAGAAUACACAAUCACUGCAACCAAUCCUUUUGGCACUAAGCAAGAGACUGUACAUGUCAAAGUUUUAGAUAUUCCAGGACCUCCAGGGCCUAUUGAGAUCAGCAAUGUUUCAGCAGAAAAAGCAACUCUUACAUGGACACCUCCUGCAGAAGAUGGUGGAUCACCAGUAAAAUCAUAUGUUCUUGAAAAGAGAGAAACUAGUCGUCUGCUCUGGACAUUGGUUGCUGAAAACAUUGAGAGCUGUAGGCAUGUUGUUAGCAAGCUCAUUCAAGGAAAUGAAUAUGUUUUCCGUGUCUCAGCAGUAAAUCAGUAUGGCCAGGGUGAACCAGUACAAUCAGAACCAGUUAAAAUGGUGGAUAGAUUUGGUCCUCCAGGCCCUCCUGGAAAACCAGAAGUAACAAAUGUAACUAAAAAUACUGUCACAGUUACAUGGAAAAGGCCAGUCGAUGAUGGUGGAAGUGAAAUCACAGGUUACCAUGUGGAGCGAAGAGAAAAGAAGGGUUUAAGAUGGGUGAGAGCAACAAAGAAACCAGUUUCAGAUCUUAGAUGCAAAGUAACUGGUCUUCUGGAAGGAAACGAAUAUGAAUUCCGUGUCAGUGCAGAAAACAGAGCUGGAGUUGGACCACCAAGUGAUACUUCAAACUCAGUCCUUUGCAAAGAUGUUGCAUACCCACCAGGUCCACCUUCAAAUCCAAGAGUGACUGAUACCACAAAGACAAGUGCAUCUUUAGCCUGGAGCAAACCUCACUAUGAUGGUGGGCUUGAAAUCACUGGCUACAUAGUAGAGCAUCAAAAAGAAGGAGAAGAUGAAUGGGUGAAAGACACAAUAGGGACUGCUUUAAGAAUCACUCAGUUUGUUGUAGCUCAGCUGCAGACCGGGGCCAAGUAUAAUUUCAGAAUCUCUGCCAUGAAUGCUGCAGGUGUUGGUGAACCAGCAAUAAUUCCAAGUGUGGAAAUUGUUGACCGAGAAGAGAUUCCUGACUUUGAACUGGAUGCUGAGCUAAGAAGAACGCUUGUUGUUAGAGCUGGAUUAACAAUUCGGAUUUUUGUACCAAUUAAAGGACGUCCAACUCCAGAAGUUACAUGGACAAAAGAUGAUGUUUCACUCAAAGGACGUGCCAGUAUUGAAAAUACUGACUCUUUUACACUUUUGAUUGUCACAGAGUGCACCAGAUAUGAUGCAGGAAAAUAUGUAAUGACUCUUGAAAACGCUGCUGGUAAGAAGUCUGGCUUUGUAAAUGUAAAAGUCUUGGAUACACCAGGUCCACCAAUAAACCUUAAGCCUAGAGAAAUAACCAAAGACAGUAUCACCCUCCAAUGGGAUAUGCCUCUGGUAGAUGGAGGUUCACGUAUAACAAACUAUAUUGUUGAAAAACGUGAAUCAACUCGGAAGGCAUAUUCAACAGUUACAACCAACUGCCAGAAGUGUUCCUUCAAGAUUCCUAACUUGGCUGAGGGGUGUGAAUACUAUUUCAGAGUACUGGCUGAAAAUGAGUAUGGCAUUGGUGAACCAGCUGAAACUACAGAACCAGUAAAAGCUUCUGAGGCUCCAUCCCCACCUGAGAGUCUUAAUAUUAUGGAUGUAACACGGAACUCAGUUAGCCUAGCUUGGCCAAAACCAGAACAUGAUGGUGGCAGCAAGAUCACUGGGUAUGUAAUUGAAGCACAGAGAAAAGGAACCAACCAGUGGGCACACAUCACCACUGUAAAAACACUGGACUGUGUAGUAAAGAAUCUAACUGAAAAUGAAGAGUAUACUUUCCAGGUUAUGGCAGUAAACAGUGCUGGAAGAAGUGCCCCAAGGGAAAGCAGACCAGUUAUUAUCAAGGAGCAAACAAUGCUACCAGAGUUUGACCUCCGUGCUAUUUACCAGAAAACAGUCAUUGCCAAAGCUGGUGACAAUAUCAAGAUUGAAAUCCCUGUACUUGGUCGUCCAAGGCCUACUGUGACUUGGAAGAAAGAAGACCAGAUACUUAAGCAAACACAAAGGGUAAAUUAUGAAAAUACAGCAACUGCAACCAUACUAACCAUCAAUGAAUGUAUUCGAAGUGACAGUGGUCAAUAUCCACUGUCAGCUAAAAAUAUUGUUGGAGAAGUUAGUGAAGUAAUCACAGUUCAGGUUCAUGACAUACCUGGACCACCUACUGGACCAAUCAAAUUUGAAGAAAUUUCAUGUGAUUUCCUAACAUUCUCAUGGGAGCCUCCUUUGAAUGAUGGUGGUGUACCAAUAAGUAAUUACAUUGUAGAAAUGCGUCAGACUGACAGUACCACAUGGACCGAAUUGGCAACUACAGUGAUACGUACUACAUUUAAAGCCAUUCGUCUCACUACCGGAGUGGAGUAUCAGUUCCGUGUUAAAGCUCAAAACAGAUAUGGAGUUGGUCCAGCCAUUACUUCAGAGUCUGUAGUUGCCAACUACCCAUUUAAGGUACCUGGGCCUCCUGGCACUCCUCAGGUGAUUGCAGUAACCAAAGAAUCCAUGACCAUUAGCUGGAAUGAGCCAGUUACUGAUGGUGGAAGCCCAAUACUGGGAUAUCACAUUGAAAGAAAAGAGCGAAACAGCAUUGUUUGGCAGACUGUAAGUAAAAUGUUGGUGUCAGGAAAUAUCUUUAAAUCAUCUGGACUUACCGAUGGCAUUGCAUAUGAAUUCCGUGUUAUAGCAGAAAAUCUAGCUGGAAAGAGUAAGCCAAGCAAGCCAUCUGAGCCUGUGUUUGCCCUGGACCCAAUAGAUCCACCUGGUAAGCCAAUACCUCUGAACAUUACAAGACAUGCAGUUACACUGAAGUGGACUAAGCCAGAAUAUAAUGGAGGUUUUAAGAUAACUGGCUACACUGUUGAAAAAAGAGACCUUCCUAAUGGCCGUUGGCUGAAGGCUAAUUUCAGCAAUAUACUAGAGACUGAAUUCACUGUAAGUGGUUUGACAGAAGAUGCUGCCUAUGAAUUCCGUGUCAUUGCUAGGAAUGCUGGUGGAGCUGUUAGUCAGCCCUCAGAGCCAUCAGAUGCAAUCACUUGUAGAGAUGACAUUGAAGCACCAAGGAUAAAGGUGGAUGCUAAAUACAAGGACACCAUAGUGCUGAAAGCAGGGGAAGUUUUCAGACUUGAGGCUGAUGUUUCAGGUCGCCCUCCACCAACUAUGACAUGGACAAAGGGAGAAAAAGAACUUGAAGACACAGCAAAAUUGGAAAUAAAAAUAGCAGAUUUCUCUACCAUUCUCAUCAACAAAGAUUCCUCAAGAAGAGAUGGUGGUGCUUAUACACUUACUGCAACAAACCCUGGUGGGUUUGCCAAGCAUAUCUUCAAUGUUAAAGUUCUUGAUAGACCUGGUCCCCCAGAAGGGCCUUUGACUGUGUCUGAAGUCACUGCAGAAAAAUGUGUGCUGUCAUGGCUACCUCCACUGGAUGAUGGAGGAGCAAAGAUUGACCAUUAUGUGGUUGAAAAACGUGAAACAAGUAGAUUGGCAUGGACAUCUGUAGGCACAGAGGUUCCAGUGACGAAACUGAAGGUUACUAAAUUGUUGAAGGGCAAUGAGUACGUGUUCCGAGUUAUGGCUGUUAACAAAUAUGGAGUUGGUGAGCCUCUGGAAUCAGAGCCUGUUCUGGCAGUAAAUCCAUAUGUUCCACCUGAUCCACCUAAAACACCUGAAGUUACAGCAAUUACAAAGGAUUCUAUGGUUGUGUGUUGGGGCCAUCCUGACUCUGAUGGUGGGAGCCCAAUAACUAACUAUAUUGUGGAACGUCGAGACAAGGCUGGUCUACGGUGGGUGAAAUGUAACAAAAGGGUUGUUACUGACUUACGUUAUAAAGUGUCAGGACUGACAGAAGGCCAUGAAUAUGAAUACAGAGUCAUGGCAGAAAAUGCUGCUGGUGUCAGUGAGCCAAGCCCAACCAGUCCAUUCUACAAAGCCUGUGAUACUGUAUUUAAGCCUGGUCCCCCAGGCAAUCCUCGUGUUUUGGAUAGCAGCAAGUCCUCUAUUACAAUAGCUUGGAACAAACCAAUAUAUGAUGGUGGUUCAGAGAUCACAGGUUACAUGGUUGAGAUUGCACUACCUGAAGAAGAUGAGUGGAAGAUUGUAACUCCACCAAUGGGUCUAAAGGCCACUUCUUUUACCAUCACUGACUUGAAAGAAAAUCAAGAGUAUAAAAUACGGAUAUAUGCUAUGAACUCUGAAGGUCUUGGGGAACCUGCUCUUGUUCCUGGCACUCCAAAAGCUGAAGAAAGAAUGCUACCUCCAGAGAUUGAACUUGAUGCAGAACUACGUAAAGUUGUAACUAUUAGAGCUUGCUGUACUCUGAGACUCUUUGUCCCAAUUAAGGGAAGACCAGCACCUGAAGUAAAAUGGACAAGAGAACAUGGGGAAUCUUUGGAUAGAGCGAGCAUUGAAUCAACAAGCUCUUAUACUUUACUCAUUGUUGAAAAUGUAAAUAGAUUUGAUAGUGGCAAAUACAUACUGACAAUUGAAAACAGCUCAGGCAGUAAGACAGCAUUUGUGAAUGUCAGAGUUCUUGAUACUCCGGGGGCACCUCAAGAUUUGAAAAUAAAGGAAGUUACAAAAUCCUCAGUUACACUCACUUGGGAACCUCCUCUCAUAGAUGGUGGCUCUAAAAUAAAAAAUUACAUCAUUGAAAAGCGUGAAUCAACAAGAAAAGCUUAUUCAACUGUUAAUGCCAAUUGCCACAAAACCAGCUGGAAAGUUGAUUCACUGCAAGAAGGCUGCAACUACUACUUCAGAGUCUUAGCUGAAAAUGAGUAUGGAAUUGGCCUUCCAGUGGAAACCUCAGAAUCCAUAAAAGUAUCAGAAAGACCACUUCCACCAGGAAAAAUAACUUUGUUGGAUGUGACAAGAAACAGCGUGAGCUUAUCUUGGGAAAAACCAGAACAUGAUGGUGGUAGCAGAAUUCUGGGCUAUAUUGUAGAAAUGCAAAGCAAAGGCAGUGAAAAGUGGUCAACCUGUGCUACAGUAAAAGUUACUGAAGCCACCAUCACAGGAUUGAUCCAAGGUGAAGAAUACAACUUCCGUGUUUCAGCUCAGAAUGAGAAAGGUAUCAGUGAUCCUCGCCAGCUGGGUAUACCAGUUGUUGCAAAAGAUCUUGUGAUCCCACCAGCUUUCAAACUACUGUUUACCACUUUCAGUGUUCUAGCAGGUGAGGACUUAAAGGUUGAUGUUCCUUUUGUUGGUCGACCCAAACCAGCAGUGUCUUGGCAUAAAGACAACGUGGCAUUGAAGCAGACUACAAGAGUAAAUGCAGAAAGCUCGGAAAACAACACAGUGUUAACAAUAAAAGAAGCAUGCAGAGAAGAUGUGGGAACAUACUUAGUUAAACUUACAAACUCUGCUGGUGAAGCAACUGAGACACUAAAUAUUGUUGUCCUUGACAAACCAGGACCUCCAACUGGACCAGUAAAAGUAGAUGAAGUAACAGCAGACAGUAUUACCAUUUCCUGGGAACCACCCAAGUAUGAUGGUGGUAGCUCUAUCAAUAAUUACAUUGUAGAAAGAAGAGACACUUCCACCACCACAUGGCACAUUGUGUCAGCUACUGUUGCAAGAACAACUAUAAAAGCAUGUCGUUUAAAGACUGGCUGUGAAUAUCAGUUCAGAAUCGCAGCUGAGAACAGAUACGGGAAGAGUACGUAUCUCACCUCGGAGUCAAUAAUAGCCCAAUACCCAUUUAAAGUUCCUGGUCCACCUGGAACUCCUUUUGUAACAAAUAUCUCAAAAGACAGCAUGGUGGUACAGUGGCAUGAACCAGUCAAUGACGGAGGCAGCAGGAUCAUUGGUUAUCACUUGGAGCGCAAAGAAAGAAACAGCAUUCUGUGGGCUAAACUGAAUAAAACACCUCUUCCAGAUACCAAAUUCAAGACAACUGGCCUUGAGGAAGGUCUUGAAUAUGAAUUCAGAGUCUCUGCAGAAAACAUAGUGGGAAUUGGAAAGGCAAGUAGAGCAUCUGAAUGCUAUACUGCACGUGACCCAUGUGACCCUCCAGGUCGUCCAGAGCCUGUAAUUGUCACAAGAAGCUCAGUAACACUCCAGUGGAAGAAACCAAUAUAUGAUGGUGGAAGCAAAAUCACAGGCUAUGUUGUUGAAAAGAAAGAAUUACCUGAUGGCCGUUGGAUGAAAGCAAGCUUUACAAAUGUUAUUGAUACUCAGUUUGAAGUAACCGGUCUAGUUGAAAACCAGAGAUACGAGUUUCGUGUUAUAGCACGAAAUGCCGCAGGUGUUUUCAGUGAACCAUCUGAGAGUUCAGGGGCAAUUACAGCAAGAGAUGAAGUAGAACCACCUCAAAUAAGUAUGGAUCCAAAAUUCAGAGACACUAUUGUAGUGCAUGCUGGUGAGUCAUUCAAGCUUGAUGCUGAUAUUCAUGGCAAGCCAUUACCUUCCAUUCAGUGGUUUAAAGGUGACCGUGAGCUGACAAGCACCGCUCAUAUGGAAAUAAAAUCUACUGAUUUUGCAACAAGCCUCAGUGUGAAGGAAGCCACACGAGUUGACAGUGGGCAGUAUGUACUACUGGCAAAGAAUGUUGCAGGUGAAAAGAAGGUUCCUGUUAAUGUCAAAGUUCUUGAUAGACCUGGACCUCCAGAAGGACCUGUUGAGUUUACAGGUGUUACAGCUGAAAAAUGCACACUAUCAUGGAAACCUCCACUACAAGAUGGUGGUAGCGAUAUUUCACACUAUGUUGUAGAAAAAAGGGAAACCAGUCGCUUGGUGUGGACUGUCGUUGACUCAAAUGUGCAAACCCUGAAUUGCAAAGUUACAAAACUUCUAGAAGGAAAUGAGUAUGUUUUCCGCAUCAUGGCAGUAAAUAAAUACGGUGUUGGUGAACCUCUUGAGUCUGACCCAGUAGUUGCAAAGAACCCAUUUGUUGUGCCACUUCCUCCAAAGGCUCCUGAAGUCACAGCCGUUACCAAGGAUUCUAUGAUAGUUGUUUGGGAAAGACCAGCCUCAGAUGGCGGCAGUGAAAUCCUGGGCUAUGUCCUUGAAAAACGAGAUAAGGAAGGUAUUCGCUGGACAAGAUGUAACAAACGCCUGAUAAGUGAACUGCGAUACAGAGUGACUGGCCUAAUAGAAAAUCAUGAUUAUGAGUACAGAGUUUCAGCCGAAAAUGCUGCUGGUCUUAGUGAACCAAGUCCACCUUCUACUUAUUACAAAGCAUGUGAUCCUAUUUACAAGCCAGGUCCACCCAAUAAUCCUAAGGUUACCGAUGUUACAAGAUCUUCAGUUUUUCUUUCAUGGGGUAAACCUAUAUACGAUGGUGGCUCUGAAGUUCAGGGAUACAUUGUGGAAAAAUGUGAUGUAAGUGAUGGUGAAUGGGCAAUUUGUACCCCUCCAACUGGAAUUAAGAAUACUCACAUGGAAGUAGAAAAAUUAGUAGAAAAACAUGAGUACAAAUUCCGCAUAUGUGCAGUUAAUAAAGCGGGAGUUGGAGAGCAUGCAGAUGUUCCUGGUUCUGUUAUUGUAGAAGAAAAGAUGGAGGCACCAGACCUUGACCUUGACAUGGAAUUAAGGAAGAUUGUAAAUGUGAGAGCAGGAGGUUCCUUAAGACUGUUUGUUCCCAUCAGAGGUCGUCCAACACCUGAAGUAAAAUGGGGUAAAGUGGAUGGUGACAUCAGAGAAGCAGCUAUUAUUGAUACCACUAGUAGCUUUACUUCCCUUGUGCUAGAUAAUGUUAACAGAUUUGAUAGCGGAAAGUAUACUCUGACCUUGGAAAACAGCAGUGGAACAAAGUCUGCCUUUGUCAGUGUAAGAGUACUGGAUACCCCAAGUGCACCUGUUAAUUUGAAAAUCAGAGAGAUCACUAAAGACUCUGUUUCACUUUCAUGGGAGCCUCCUCUCUUGGAUGGUGGAGCAAAAAUAAAGAAUUUUAUUAUUGAAAAGCGUGAAGCAACAAGAAAGGCAUAUGCAGCUGUUGUAACAAACUGCCACAAGACUUCAUGGAAAGUAGAUCAGCUUCAGGAGGGCUGCUAUUACUUCUUCAGAGUCUCUGCUGAAAAUGAAUAUGGAAUUGGCCUUCCUGCAGAAACCAGUGACCCAAUUAAAGUUGCUGAAGUUCCACAGCCUCCUGGGAAAAUAACAGUGGAUGAUGUCACAAGAAACAGUGUCUCGCUAAGCUGGGCAAAACCUGAACAUGAUGGUGGUAGCAAAAUCAUACAGUAUAUUGUUGAAAUGCAAGCAAAGGGUAGUGAGAAGUGGUCAGAGUGUGCUCGUGUUAAAACACUUGAAGCAGUUAUUACUAAUCUAACUCAAGGGGAGGAAUAUCUUUUUAGAGUAAUGGCUGUAAAUGAAAAGGGUAAGAGUGAUCCUAGAGCACUUGCAGUUCCAAUAGUUGCCAAAGACCUGGUGAUUGAACCUGAUGUAAGACCUGCUUUCCAUAGUUACAGUGUUCAGGUGGGACAGGACCUAAAAGUAGAAAUACCAAUUGCAGGUCGGCCUAAACCAACUGUUACCUGGGUUAAAGAUGGCGAGCCAUUAAGGCAGACAACAAGAGUCAAUGUUAGCGAUUCAGCUGAUCUCACUGUACUGAAUCUUAAGGAAACUAGCAAAGAAGACAGUGGCACUUAUGAAAUCACUGUGGCUAAUGUUGUUGGGCAAAAGUCUGCCUCUGUUGAAAUUAUUACCCUAGACAAACCUGACCCUCCAGUUGGACCUGUGAAGUUUGAUGAAAUAAGUGCAGAAAGUAUUACCCUGUCAUGGAAUCCUCCAGUGUACACAGGCGGCUGCCAAAUCACCAACUAUGUUGUUCACAAGAGAGAUACAACAACCACUGUAUGGGAAACAGUUUCAGCUACUGUUGCAAGAACUACACUGAAGGUGACUAAACUGAAAACUGGUUCAGAAUACCAGUUCAGAAUAUUUGCUGAGAACAGGUAUGGGAGGAGUUUUGCAUUGGAAUCUGCACCAGUUGUAGCACAGUAUCCCUACAAGGAACCAGGACCUCCUGGCACACCAUUUGUGACAACAGUUACAAAAGACUCCAUGGUUGUACAAUGGCAUGAACCAGUAAACGAUGGUGGCAGUAAAGUGUUGGGCUACCAUCUUGAGAGGAAGGAGAAAAACAGCAUUCUGUGGACUAAAGUAAACAAGACUAUUAUUCAGGACACAAGUUUUAAGACAAAUAACCUUGAAGAGGGAAUUGAAUAUGAGUUUCGAGUUUCUGCGGAAAAUAUCGUUGGUGUAGGCAGAACAAGUAAAGUUUCUGAGUGCUAUGUAGCUCGUGAUCCAUGUGAUCCUCCAGGUCGCCCAGAAGCUAUAAUAAUAAAAAGAAGCUCUAUUACUCUACAGUGGACCAAACCAGAAUAUGAUGGUGGAAGUAAGGUUACCGGUUAUAUUGUAGAGAAACGUGACUUACCAGAUGGUCGGUGGAUGAAAGCAAGCUUCACAAAUAUCAUUGAAACUCAGUUCACUGUAACAGGACUUACGGAAGACCAAAGAUAUGAAUUUAGAGUAAUUGCAAAGAAUGCUGCAGGUGCAAUAAGCAAACCUUCUGACAGUACAGGACCAAUAACAGCAAGGGACGAAGUUGAUCUUCCACGAAUUUCAAUGGAUCCAAAGUACAAAGACACUAUUGUUGUAAAUGCAGGUGAAACUUUCAGACUUGAGGCUGAUGUUCAUGGAAAGCCAUUACCAACCAUUAAGUGGUAUAAAGGAGAUAAAGAGCUUGAGGACACUGCUAGGUAUGAAAUAAAGAACACAGAUUUCAGUGCACUUAUAAUUGUAAAAGAUGCUAUUAGAGUUGAUGGUGGUCAGUACAUUCUAGAAGCCUCUAAUGUUGCAGGAACAAAAACAGUAACAGUAAAUGUAAAAGUCUUGGACAGGCCAGGACCUCCAGAGGGCCCAGUCCAAGUGACAGGAGUUACAGCUGAAAAAUGUGCACUGGCAUGGGGUCCUCCUCUUCAUGAUGGUGGCAGUGAUAUUUCUCAUUACAUUGUAGAGAAGAGAGAAACUAGCCGCCUGGCAUGGACUGUGGUUGCUUCAGAAGUUUUACCUACAAUGCUAAAAGUAACAAAACUCUUGGAAGGAAAUGAAUACGUCUUCCGUAUCAUGGCAGUUAACAAAUACGGGGUUGGUGAGCCAUUAGAAUCUGUGCCAGUAAUGAUGAAAAAUCCAUUUGUGGUUCCUGGACCACCAAAAGCCUUGGAAAUUACCAACAUCACGAACGAUUCUAUGACUGUCUGCUGGACCAGGCCAGAUAGUGAUGGAGGUAGUGAAAUUGUAGGUUACAUUGUAGAAAAGAGAGACCGAGCAGGCAUCAGAUGGAUAAAAUGCAAUAAACGCCGCAUUACAGAUUUGCGGUUAAGAGUUACUGGUUUAACAGAGGAUCAUGAAUAUGAAUUCAGAGUUUCUGCUGAAAAUGCUGCUGGAGUUGGUGAACCAAGCCAAGUUUCUCCCUACUUCAAAGCUUGUGACCCGAUGUUCAAGCCUGGCCCACCUACAAAUGCCCAUGUUGUGGAUACCACCAAAAAUUCAGUUAUGCUUGGUUGGAGUAAACCUAUUUAUGAUGGUGGUUGUGAAAUCCAGGGGUACCUUGUAGAAAUCUGUAAAGCAGAUGAAGAUGAAUGGUCACUUGUUACUCCACAGACAGGUAUACGUGCCACUCGAUUUGAGAUCAAAAAGCUUACUGAACAUCAAGAAUACAAACUACGAGUGUGUGCUCUCAACAAGAUUGGUGUGGGAGAGGCUGCAUCAGUUCCUGGUACUAUUAAACCAGAAGACAAACUUGAAGCUCCAGAGCUUGAUAUUGAUUCAGAGCUAAGGAAAGGCAUAGUGGUUAGAGCUGGUGGGUCUGCUAGGAUUCACAUACCAUUCAGGGGACGACCAACACCUGACAUCACAUGGUCCCGAGAAGAAGGCGAAUUCUCAGAAAAAGUUCAGAUUGAUAAAGGCAUGAACUACACACAACUUUCAAUUGAUAACUGUGAUAGAAAUGAUGCUGGAAAGUAUAUUCUCAAGCUAGAGAACAGCAGUGGUUCUAAAUCUGCAUUUGUUACAGUGAAAGUCUUGGACACGCCAGGACCUCCGCAAAACUUAGUGGUAAAGGAUAUAAAGAAGGAUUCUGCUGUAUUAUCUUGGGAGCCACCAAUUAUUGAUGGUGGUGCAAAGGUAAAGAAUUAUGUGAUAGACAAGCGUGAGUCAACCAGGAAGGCAUUUGCAAAUGUAAGUGCUAAGUGUGGCAAGACUAGUUUUAAAGUUGAAAAUCUUACAGAAGGAGCAAUUUACUACUUCAGAGUUAUGGCUGAAAAUGAAUAUGGAAUUGGUGUUCCAGUUGAAACCAAGGAUGCUGUCAAAGCCUCAGAGCCACCUUUGCCUCCUGGGAAAGUAACACUCACUGAUGUGACUCAGAGAAGUGCAUCACUUACAUGGGAAAAACCUGAGCAUGAUGGAGGUAGCAGAAUUUUGGGAUACCUUGUUGAAAUGUUGCCUAAAGGAACAGAAAAAUGGAGUGUUGUUAGUGAGACCAAAACAUGUAAUGCAGAGGUGUCUGGUUUGAGUCCAGGACAGGAAUAUCAGUUCCGUGUGAUUGCCUACAAUGAAAAAGGCAAAAGUGAUCCUAGAGCACUUGGAAUUCCUGUGAUAGCUAAAGACUUGACUAUUGAGCCAAGUUUCAAACUGAUGUUUAAUACAUACAGUGUACAAGCAGGAGAAGAUCUGAAGGUAGAAGUUCCAUUUAUAGGUAGACCCAAACCUACGAUUACUUGGACAAAAGAUGAGCAGCCACUGAAACAGACAACCAGAUUAAAUAUUCAGAAUACAACAACAUCAACUAUUUUGCAUAUAAAAGAAAGCAACAGAGAAGACUUUGGUAAAUAUACAGUAACAGCAACAAAUACAGCAGGUACAGCAACAGAGCACCUGAGCAUAAUUGUACUAGAAAAGCCUGGCCCACCACGAGGACCUGUCCGCUUUGAUGAAAUUAGUGCGGACUUUGUUGUUUUAUCAUGGGAUCCACCUGAUUAUACUGGUGGCUGCCAGAUAAGCAACUAUAUAGUAGAAAAGCGUGACACAAGCACUACCACAUGGAACAUCGUGUCAGCAACAGUUGCAAGAACAACCAUAAAAGCAACAAAGCUUAAAACAGGUUGUGAAUACCAGUUCAGGAUUUCUGCUGAAAAUAGAUAUGGAAAGAGCUCUCCUUUGGCUUCUAAAUCAGUUGUUGUGCAAUACCCCUACAAGGUGCCUGGACCACCUGGAACCCCAUUUGUUACAGCAGCUUCCAAGGACCAUAUGAUUGUACAAUGGCAUGAACCAGUUAAUGACGGAGGAAGCAAAAUUCUUGGCUACCAUCUUGAGCGUAAAGAUAAGAACAGCAUUCUUUGGACAAAACAGAACAAGUCACUUAUUGUGGACACCAAAUAUAAAACAGAUGGCCUUGAAGAAGGUCUUGAAUAUGAGUUCAGAGUUUCUGCUGAAAACAUUGUUGGCAUUGGCAAAGUCAGCAAAGUAUCAGAACUGUAUGUUGCCCGAGAUCCUUGUGACCCACCUGGCCGCCCAGAGGCCAUUGUUGUUACAAGAAGUAAUAUCACACUGAAGUGGAAAAAGCCAGAAUAUGAUGGUGGAAGCAAAAUAACUGGUUAUAUUGUAGAAAAGAAAGAACUGCCAGAUGGUCGCUGGAUGAAAGCCAGCUUUACAAAUGUGUUGGAAACAGAAUUUACAGUAAGUGGUCUUGUUGAAAACCAACGAUAUGAAUUCAGAGUAAUUGCAAGAAAUGCAGCGGGUUGCUUUAGUGAACCAUCUGAAAGUACAGGACCUAUUACUGCCAGAGAUGAAAUUGAAGCACCAGGAGCUUCAUUGGAUCCUAAAUACAGAGAUGUCAUUGUUGUUCACGCUGGUGAAACCUUUGUUCUUGAAGCUGAUAUCCAUGGGAAACCUAUUCCUGAAGUUACAUGGUCAAAAGAUGGUAAAGACCUUGAAGAAACAACUGCAAGAAUGGAAAUUAAAUCUACCAUUGAGAAAACAAUUCUCACUGUCAAAGACUGUAUAAGAGUAGAUGGAGGUCACUAUACUCUUAACCUCAAAAAUGUUGGUGGCACCAAAUCUAUACCAAUCACUGUAAAAGUGCUUGACAGACCAGGACCUCCAGAAGGACCUUUGAAUGUUACAGGUGUCACUGCAGAAAAAUGCUACUUGUCAUGGUCUCCACCUUUACAUGAUGGUGGUUCUAGUAUCUCACAUUAUAUCAUUGAGAAGAGAGAGACAAGCAGGCUUUCCUGGACUCAAGUAGCCACAGACGUGCAGGCUCUAAAUCACAAAGUAACUAAACUCCUUCCUGGCAAUGAAUACAUUUUCCGUGUCGUAGCAGUGAAUAAAUACGGGAUUGGAGAGCCCUUGGAAUCUGAACCAGUUGUGGCUCGUAAUCCAUACAAACCCCCUGGUCCUCCUUCAACACCUGAAGUUUCAGCAAUCACAAAAGAUUCUAUGGUGGUAACAUGGGGCCGUCCAGAAGACAAUGGAGGAGCUGAAAUUGAAGGUUACAUACUUGAGAAACGAGACAAAGAUGGUAUCCGAUGGACCAAAUGCAAUAAGAAAAGGCUGACAGACUUGAGAUUCAGAGUAACAGGUCUAUCUGAUGGGCAUUUCUAUGAAUUUAGAGUGUCUGCUGAAAAUGCUGCAGGGGUAGGGGAACCCAGUGAGCCAUCCAUUUUCUAUCGUGCUUGUGAUAUAUUAUAUCCACCAGGUCCACCUAGCAAUCCAAAGGUUACAGAUACUUCCAGGUCAUCAGUUUCCCUUGCCUGGAGUAAACCCAUUUAUGAUGGUGGGGCUCCAGUUAAAGGAUAUGUAGUCGAAGUAAAAGAAGCUGCUGCUGAUGAAUGGACUACCUGCACCCCACCAGCAGGCAUACAAGCAAAACAGUUCACCGUGACAAAGCUAAAAGAGAACCAGGAAUACAACUUCCGCAUCUGUGCUAUCAACUCGGAAGGAGUAGGAGAACCUGCGACUAUACCUGGUGCAGUCUUAGCAGAGGACAAGAUUGAACCUCCUGAAAUUGAACUUGAUGCGGAUCUCAGAAAAGUAGUCACUGUACGUGCUAGUGCUACUUUACGCCUGUUUGUCACCAUCAAAGGAAGACCAGAACCUGAAGUUAAAUGGGAGAAAGCAGAAGGAACAAUUAGUGAGCGAGCUCAGAUUGAAGUUACCAGUUCCUACACAAUGCUGGUGAUUGACAAUGUCAAUAGAUUUGAUAGUGGUAGAUACAACCUUACUUUAGAGAACAACAGUGGCAAAAAAUCUGCUUUUGUUAAUGUCAGAGUGCUUGAUACACCUAGUGCACCUCUAAACCUGACAAUCAGAGAAGUGAAGAAAGAUUUUGUAACUUUAGCCUGGGAAGCACCACUAAUCGAUGGCGGAGCUAAAAUUACCAACUAUGUAGUUGAAAAGAGAGAGUCCACGAGAAAAGCAUAUGCCACAGUUACAAGCAACUGUACCAAGAAUUCCUUCAAGAUUACUCAGCUACAAGAAGGAUGUAGUUAUUACUUCCGUGUUCUAGCUGUAAAUGAAUAUGGGGCUGGUUUACCAGCAGAAACUGCUGAUCCAGUUAAGGUGUCUGAACCACCUUCUCCACCUUCAAAGGUCGUUCUUGUUGAUGUGACUCGCAAUUCUGCUUCAAUUAAAUGGGAAAAGCCGGAGAGUGAUGGUGGUAGUAAAAUUACUGGUUAUAUAGUAGAAAUGCAGACUAAAGGAAGUGUAAAAUGGAGUGCAUGUACACAGGUGAAAACACUGGAAGCAACAAUAACAGGCUUAAGUAUGGGAGAAGAGUACAGUUUCAGGGUUAUUGCUGUUAAUGAAAAAGGAAAAAGUGAUCCAAGAGAACUUGGUGUCCCGGUCAUUGCAAAAGAUAUUGAAAUCCAGCCAUCUGUUGAGCUCCUUUUUAAUACAUUCACAGUGAAAGCUGGAGAUGAUCUUAAGAUUGACAUUCCAUUCAGAGGGCGACCUCUUCCCACUGCUAGCUGGAAGAAGGAUGGGAAUCCCUUAAAACAGACAACCAGGGUAAAUGUUCAGACAUCAAAGACUUUAACUUCACUGUCCAUCAAGGAAGCUACAAAUGAAGAUCUGGGGCAUUAUGAAUUACAUCUUUCAAAUACUGCUGGAUCAACAACAGCUUCUCUAACUGUAAUUGUCCUUGAUAGACCAGGACCACCAACUGAUGUUAAAAUUGAUGAAGUUAGUGCUGAUAGUGUAACUCUGUCCUGGAAGCCUCCAGCAUAUGAUGGUGGAUGUCAUAUUAGCAAUUACAUAGUGGAAAAGAGAGAUACUACCACAACAACAUGGGAGGUAGUAUCUGCAGCAGUUGCAAGAACAUCAAUUAAAGUAUCUCGACUUGUCACUGGAUCUGAAUAUCAGUUCCGUGUUUGCGCAGAAAAUCGCUAUGGGAAAAGCACUUACACUAAUUCUCCUUCUGUUGUGGCAGAGUAUCCAUUUAAGCCUCCAGGUCCACCUGGAACACCUCGUGUGGCACAUGCAACUAAAUCUUUCAUGAUUGUAACUUGGCAGGUACCUGUUAAUGAUGGAGGUAGCGUAGUACUAGGAUAUCACUUGGAGCAUAAAGAAAGAAGCAGCAUUCUUUGGACAAAAGUUAACAGGAGCCUCAUAACUGAUACACAAAUGAAAGUUACAGGUCUCGAUGAAGGGCUGAUGUAUGAAUAUCGUGUGUAUGCAGAAAACAUUGCUGGAAUAGGCAAAUGCAGCAAAGCAUGUGAACCAGUUGCUGCAAGAGAUCCAUGUGAUCCUCCUGGUCAGCCAGAAGUUACCAAUAUUACAAGAACAUCUGUUUCAUUGAAGUGGACUAAACCAGAAUACGAUGGUGGAGCUAAAGUAACAGGAUAUAUUAUUGAACGCCGAGAACUACCAGAUGGUCGUUGGCUAAAAUGUAAUUUUACUAAUGUGCAAGAAACAUACUUUGAUGUAGGUGGACUUACAGAGGACCAGCGUUAUGAAUUCCAUGUGAUUGCAAAGAAUGCUGCUGGACUCUUCAGUCAGCCAUCUGAAUCAACUGGACCUGUGACUGUGAAAGAUGAUGUAGAGGCUCCAAGAAUUAUGAUGGAUGCUAAAUUCAGGGAUGUUGUAGUUGUGAAAGCUGGAGAAGUGUUUAAAGUCAAUGCUGAUGUUGCAGGACGGCCAAUACCAGUGAUUUCAUGGACAAAGGAUGGCAAGGAGCUUGAAGGAAAAGCUAGAGUUGAAAUCGUCUCAACAGAUUACACUACUGCAAUAACCAUUAAGGACUGUAUCCGAGGUGAUUCAGGGCAGUAUGUACUAACAUUACAGAAUGUUGCAGGAACAAAAUCUUUGGCAAUUAACUGCAAAGUACUUGAUAGACCUGGUCCACCUGCAGGUCCUUUAGAAAUAAAUGGCCUUACUGCUGAAAAGUGCCAUUUAUCAUGGGGACCCCCUCAAGAAAAUGGUGGUGCAGAUAUUGAUCAUUAUAUUGUGGAAAAACGUGAGACCAGCAGAAUUGCAUGGACACUUUGUGAAGGAGAGCUUAAAACAACAUCUUGUAAAGUGACAAAAUUACUGAAGGGUAAUGAGUAUAUUUUCAGAGUGAUGGGAGUUAACAAAUACGGUGUUGGUGAGCCUCUGGAAAGUGUUGCUGUCAAAGCCCUAGACCCAUUUACAGUUCCAAGCCCACCUACAUCUUUAGAGAUCACCAGUGUGAGCAAAGAUUCAAUAACUCUCUGCUGGGCAAGGCCUGAGUCUGAUGGAGGCAGUGAGAUCUCUGGCUAUGUAAUUGAAAGGCGUGAGAAAACCAGCCUAAGAUGGAUUCGUGUAAACAAAAAGCCAGUUUAUGAUUUAAGAGUGAAGUCACCAGGUCUCCGUGAGGGAUGUGAAUAUGAAUUCCGGGUUUAUGCAGAAAAUGCUGCUGGUCUCAGUCUCCCAAGUGAAACCACACCAUUGAUUAAGGCAGAAGAUCCAAUCUUCUUGCCAUCGCCCCCAUCUAAACCUAAGAUUAUGGAUUCUACAAGGUCAAACAUCACAAUUGGUUGGACAAAGCCACUGUUUGAUGGGGGUGCUCCAGUAACAGGAUACACAGUUGAAUACAAGAAAACCGAUGAAACUGACUGGACAACAGCUAUUCAGAAUUUAAGAGGCACAGAAUAUACCAUAACUGGGUUAACAUCAGGCUCUGAGUAUGUUUUUAGAGUGAAAUCCAUUAACAAAAUGGGUGUCAGUGAACCAAGUGAUGUUUCAGAACCUCAGGUGGCAAAAGAAAGAGAAGAAGAACCUGCCUUUGAAAUUGACAGUGAAAUGCGGAAGACUUUAAUUGUGAAGGCUGGUGGAUCUUUCACAAUGACUGUUCCUUUCAGAGGCAAACCAGUCCCAAAUGUAACAUGGAACAAACCAGACACCGAUCUCCGUACACGGGCAAGCAUUGACACUUCAAGUAAUUGUACGUCUCUUACUAUUGAAAAAGCAACAAGAAAUGAUUCUGGAAAAUACACAUUAACAUUGCAAAACAUCCUGAACACUACUACCUUGACUUUAAUUGUCAAAGUUCUUGAUACGCCUGGCCCACCAUCCAAUAUUGCAACAAAAGAUGUAACUAAAGAAUCUGCUGUGUUAUCUUGGGAUGUUCCUGAAAAUGAUGGUGGAGCACCUGUAAAGAACUAUGUAAUUGAAAAACGAGAAGCUAGCAAAAAGGCGUGGGUCACUGUGACAAACAACUGUCAUCGCCUGUCCUACAAAGUGACUGGUUUGCAAGAAGGUGCCAUUUACUACUUCCGUGUCUCCGGAGAAAAUGAAUAUGGUGUUGGUGUGCCUUCUGAGACCAAAGAGGGAACAAAAAUAACAGAAAAACCCAGCCCACCAGAAAAGCUAGGAGUAACAAAUGUCACAAAGGACAGUGUUUCUCUUUCAUGGCUAAAACCAGAACACGAUGGUGGAAGCAGAAUUGUUAGCUACCUCCUUGAAGCUCUUGAGAAAGGACAGCAAAAAUGGGUUAAGUGUGCAGUUGUAAAGACAACUCAUCAUGUUGUCCACGGUCUUAAGGAAAACGUCGACUAUUUCUUCAGGGUGUCUGCAGAAAACCAAGCAGGUUUAAGUGAUCCUAAAGAACUACUGCUCCCUGUUACAGUUAAAGAACAAUUAGAAUCUCCCGAGAUUGACAUGAAGGGCUUCCCUCAUAACACUGUCUAUGUUCGAGCAGGAUCAAACCUAAAAGCUGAAAUUCCAGUUUUUGGAAAACCGGUGCCAAAGGUCACAUUGUCUAGAGAUGGUGUUGCACUGAAACCUACCAUGAGAUUUCACACAGAAACCACUGCAGAAAGUCUCAUCAUUAACCUUAAAGAAAGUGUGGCUGCUGAUGCUGGCAGAUAUGACAUUACUGCUGCGAACUCAAGUGGCACCACAAAAUCAUUUAUUAAUAUUGUUGUGCUGGAUAGACCUGGUCCUCCCGUUGGUCCUGUUGUCCUUAGCGAUGUCACUGAAGAGAGUGUAACACUCAGAUGGCAACCACCAGCUUAUGAUGGUGGAAGUCAGGUUACCAACUAUAUUGUGCUGAAGAGAGAAACAAGUACUGCUGCUUGGUCUGAAGUGUCUGCCACUGUUGCUAGAACCGUUAUCAAAGUUAUGAGGCUCACAACAGGAGAAGAAUACCAAUUCCGCAUCAAAGCUGAGAACCGCUUUGGCAUCAGCGAUCACAUAGACUCGCAAUGUGUGGUUGUCCAGCUUCCUUACACUACCCCGGGCCCUCCUUCUACACCAUGGGUCACUAAUGUUACCCGAGAGAGUAUUACUGUCGGAUGGCAUGAACCAGUCACUAAUGGUGGCAGUGCUGUCAUGGGAUACCACCUGGAGAUGAAAGACAGAAAUAGUAUAUUAUGGCAGAAGGCUAACAAGACCCUUAUUCGUACUACUCACUUCAAAGUCACCACAGUCAGCGCUGGCCUUAUCUAUGAAUUCAGAGUUUAUGCAGAAAAUGCAGCUGGCGUUGGAAAAGCAAGUCGUCCUUCUGAUCCAGUCCUUGCUAUUGAUGCUUGUGAACCACCAAGAAAUGUUCGUGCCUCAGAUAUUUCCAAGACCUCUAUCACUCUCUCCUGGCAGAAGCCAGCAUUUGAUGGUGGUAGCAAAAUCACAGGAUACAUUGUAGAAAAACGUGAUCUUCCAGAUGGCAGGUGGACAAAAGCUAGCUUCACCAAUGUUAUUGAGACUCAGUUCACAGUAUCUGGCCUGACACAGAAUUCCAAGUAUGAAUUCCGGGUCUUUGCAAAGAAUGCUGUUGGUUCCAUUAGUAAUCCCUCGGAUGUUGUGGGUCCUAUCACAUGUGUUGAUACAUACGGUGCCCCUGAAAUCGAUGUGCCACCAGAAUAUACAGAAGUGGUGAAAUACAAAGCAGGAACUUCAGUUAAGCUAAAAUUAGGCAUCUCAGGCAAGCCUAUACCCACAAUUGAAUGGUUCAAAAAUGGCAAUGAGGUACUAACCAGUGCACUAGUGUCUUUUGAAAACACAACAGAAUUUGCUUCUAUACUCAUCAAGGAUGCAAAUCGACUCGACAGUGGCACCUAUGAAUUAAAAUUGAAGAAUGCCAUGGGUUCAGCAUCAGCCCAUGUUAGAGUACAGAUACUUGACAAGCCAGGACCCCCAGGUGGGCCAAUACAGUUUAAGACAGUCACUGCUGAAAAGAUUACAAUAAUGUGGGACCCACCAGCAGAUGAUGGUGGUGCACCUAUAACACACUAUGUUGUUGAAAAGCGGGAGACAAGUCGGGUUGUAUGGUCUUUAAUUUCUGAAAAGCUGGAGGGAUGUAUCAUAACUACAACAAAACUCAUCAAAGGAAAUGAAUAUGUGUUCCGUGUUCGUGGUGUGAACAAGUUUGGAAUUGGUGAUCCACUGGAAUCUGAGCCCGUUAUAGCCAAAAAUUCAUUUGUUACACCUGGACCACCUAGUACACCGGAAGUCACGAAGAUAACCAAGAAUUCUAUGACUGUUGUCUGGAAUAGACCCACUGUUGAUGGAGGCAGUGAAAUAUCAGGAUAUUUUCUGGAGAAACGUGACAAGAAGAGUCUAAGUUGGUUCAAGGUCUCUAAAGAAACCAUUCGGGACACCAGACAGAAAGUAACAGGUCUGACUGAAAACAGCGAAUAUCAUUUCCGAGUUUGUGCUGUCAAUGCAGCUGGACCAGGCCCAUUCUCUGAGGCUUCUGACUUCUACAAAGCUGCAGAUCCUAUUGAUAAGCCAGGCUCACCAACAAAGCUGAAAGUUGUGGAUACAACCAAGACAUCUGUUACUCUUGGCUGGAUUAAACCUGCUUAUGAUGGAGGAAGUCCAAUUACCCACUACGUGGUGGAGAAGAGGGAAGGUGAAGAACAAGAAUGGACUGUAGUCAGUACCAAAGGAGAAGUGAGAACAACUGAAUAUGUUGUAUCUCACCUUCAGCCAAGUGUUAAUUAUUAUUUCCGUGUAUCUGCUAUGAAUUGUGCUGGACAAGGAGAGCCUAUUGAAAUGAUGGAACCUGUUCAAGCUAAAGAUAUUCUUGUGGCACCAGAGAUUGAUCUGGAUGUUGCUCUUCGAACAUCCAUUGUUGCUAAAGCUGGUGAAGAUGUGGAAAUAAUGAUUCCAUUCAAAGGAAGACCUCCUCCAACGGUCACAUGGAGAAAGGGUGACAAGAAUCUUGGGACUGAUGAAAGAUACAUCAUCCAAAACACAGAAUCAUCUACACUACUUACUAUUCCUCAAGUUACACGAAAUGAUACAGGAAAAUAUGUUCUUACAAUUGAAAAUGGAGUUGGAGAAGCAAAAUCAUCAUUUGUGAAUGUGAAAGUACUUGACACACCUUCUGCAUGCCAGAAGCUGCAGCUCAAGCAUGUUUCUCGUGGCACAGUUACACUGGUGUGGGAGCCACCUCUCAUCAAUGGUGGUUCUGAAAUAACAAAUUAUGUUGUUGAAAAAAGAGAUGCUACAAAGAGGGCCUGGUCAACUGUUACAACAAAGUGUUCUCAUACCACCUUUAAACUGACUAACCUGUCAGAAAAGACUGCAUUCUUUUUCCGUGUUCUUGCUGAAAAUGAAAUUGGACUAGGUGAACCUUGUGAGACAUCUGAACCAGUGAAAGCUGCAGACGUACCUGGACCUGUAAAAGACCUAGCCAUGAAAGACUCUACGAAGAGUUCUGUUAAAUUGCAGUGGAGCAAACCUGACUAUGAUGGUGGUAGCAUUAUAUCAGACUAUGUUAUUGAAAAGAAACUCCAGGGAGAGAAAGAGUGGACGUACGCAGGCACAAGCAAGAGCUGUGAAUUUGUAGCUGACAAACUUAAAGAGCUUUCUGUCAUGGAAUUCAGAGUCUUUGCUAAAAAUGAAAAAGGCAUGAGUGACUCUGUUACUGUUGGACCCAUUACAGUUAAAGAACUUAUAAUAACACCAGAAGCUGACCUUUCUGAUAUUCCUGGAGGUCAGAUUGCAGUAAGAAUUGGACAUAACCUGCAUGCUGAAUUUCCCUAUAAAGGUAAACCUAAUCCGUCAAUGAGCUGGCUCAAGGACAACCUUCCUCUUAAAGAAACAGAACACCUUCGCUUCAAGAAAACUGAAAACAAGAUAAGCUUAAGUAUCAAGAAUGUGAAAAAGGAGCAUGGUGGCAAAUAUACUUUAAUUCUUGAUAACGUAGUCUGCAGAAAGUCAUUCACAAUCACUGUAAUCACUCUUGGUCCUCCAUCUAAGCCAAAACCACCUUUAAGAAUAGAUGAAAUCAAAGCAGAUAGUGUAGUUUUGUCAUGGGAUGCUCCUGAUGAUGACGGGGGAGGAGAAAUUACUGGCUACAGUAUUGAGAAGAGAGAAACAUCACAAAUGAACUGGAAGCUGGUGUGUUCAAGUGCUGUCAGAACAACCUUCAAAGUACCAAACCUUGUUAAAGAUACUGAAUAUCAGUUUAGAGUUCGUGCAGAAAACAGAUAUGGAGUGAGCCCACCUCUUGUCUCAGCAGAUGUUGUGGCAAAGCAUCAAUUCAAGCCACCAGGUGCCCCAGGGAAGCCUGUUGUAUACAAUGUAACUGCUGAUGGAAUGAGCAUUUCUUGGGAUGCUCCUGUUUAUGAUGGUGGUUCAGAGAUUAUGGGAUACCAUGUUGAAAAGAAGGAAAGAAACAGUAUUUUGUGGCAGAAGGUUAAUGUUGCAUUAAUAUCUAACAGAGAAUACAGGAUUACUGGACUGCUUGAGGGCCUGGAUUACCAGUUCCAAGUAUAUGCUGAAAAUGCUGCAGGUCUAAGCCGAGCUAGUGAGCCAAGCAAAUUUACUUUAGCAGUCUCUCCAGUAGACCCACCUGGUACUCCUGAUUACAUUGAUGUCACUAGGGAAACAAUCACCCUGAAAUGGAACCCCCCGCUGCGUGAUGGAGGCAGUAAGAUUGUGGCUUACAGCAUUGAGAAGCGGCAAGGCAGUGCAGACCGUUGGCUCAGGUGUAACUUCACUGAUGUCAGCGAGUGCCAAUAUACAGUUACAGGGCUCAGUCCAGGUGACCGAUAUGAGUUCAGAGUGCUUGCAAGAAAUGCUGUUGGCACAAUCAGCCCACCUUCACAGUCUUCAGGCUAUAUCAUGACAAGAGAUGAAAACGUUGCUCCAACAAUUGAAUUUGGUGCUGAACACUUCGAAGGCCUUACUGUUAAAGCUGGAGAGAGCAUUAGACUUAAAGCUCUAAUCAAAGGACGUCCAGUACCUAAAGUGACAUGGUUUAAGGAUGGUAAAGAGAUUGAUAAAAUGAUGAAUAUAGAAAUAACUACAGCUAUUGGAUAUAGUACAAUCUUCAUUAGAGAUGCUGUCCGGGAACAUCGUGGAGUGUACACAGUAGAAGCCAAAAAUGCAUCAGGCACUAAACGAGAAGAUAUUACCAUUAGAGUACAAGACACACCAGGAAAAGUUGGUGGACCAAUACGAUUCACAAGCAUCACUGGAGAAAAAGUCACAUUAUGGUGGGAACCUCCAGCUAAUGAUGGUUGUGCUUCUAUUUCUCACUAUGUAAUUGAAAAACGUGAAACCAGCAGGAUUGCUUGGGCAUUAGUUGAAGAUAAAUGUGAAGCUUGCAGCUAUACAGCACUUAAAUUAAUUAAGGGCAACGAGUAUCAGUUCCGUGUCUCUGCAGUGAACAAAUUUGGAGUUGGCAGACCAUUGGAGUCUGAUCCUGUUAUUGCACAAAUACCUUACACUCUCCCUGAUGCACCAGGAACUCCAGAACCUACCAAUGUAACAGGAGACAGUAUCACACUGACAUGGGCACGACCAGAGUCAGAUGGUGGAAGCGAGAUAAAUGAGUACAUUCUCGAAAGGAGAGAAAAGAAGAGCAUGCGCUGGGUUAAAGUAUCCAGUAAGAGGCCCAUUACUGAGAACAGAUACAGAGUAACUGGCCUUAUUGAAGGCAAUGAGUAUGAGUUCCAUGUCAUGGCUGAAAACGCUGCAGGAGUUGGACCUGCAAGUGAGGUUUCAAAGCUGAUUAAAUGCAGAGAACCAGUCAGCCCACCAAGUGCUCCUAAUGUUGUAAAGGUGACAGACACAUCAAAGACUAGUGUAAGCUUGGAGUGGACAAAGCCAGUUUUUGAUGGAGGCAUGGAAAUAAUUGGGUACAUCAUUGAGAUGUGCAAAGCUGAUCUUGAAGCAUGGCAGAAAGUCAAUGCAGAGACUGUUAUCGCUACUAAAUACACUGUUGUUGAUUUGGAGGCAGGAGAACACUAUAAAUUCAGAGUUAGUGCUGUCAAUGGUGCUGGCAGAGGAGAAAGUUGCGAAGUUCCUGCUUCAGUCCAAACCGUGGACAGGCUUUCUGCACCUGAAAUUGAUAUUGAUGCAAACUUCAAGCAGACUCAUAUUGUAAGAGCAGGUGCAAGCAUUCGUCUAUUUAUUGCCUUCUCUGGAAGGCCAGUUCCUACUGCAGUGUGGUCCAAAGCAGAUUCUAAUCUUAGUUUGCGUGCUGACAUUCAAACAACUGAUUCAUUCAGCACAUUGACUGUAGAGGAAUGCAAUAGAAAUGAUGCUGGCAAGUAUGUCUUUACUGUGGAAAACAACAGUGGAAGCAAGUCUAUUACAUUCACUGUCAAGGUUUUGGACACACCUGGUCCACCAGGUCCUAUUACAUUUAAAGAUGUGACUCGAACAUCUAUUACUUUAAUGUGGGAUGCUCCUGUUCUGGAUGGAGGUUCUCGUAUCCUCCACUAUGUUGUGGAAAAGCGUGAAGCAAGUCGUCGUAGCUGGCAAGUAGUGAGUUCAAAAUGCACUCGACAAAUCUUUAAGGUCACAGAUCUAGCAGAAGGUAUGCCAUAUUACUACCGAGUAUCAGCAGAAAAUGAAUAUGGUGUAGGUGAACCCUGUGAGUUAACAGAACCAGUUGUGGCCACAGAAGAACCUGCUCCACCUAAGAGACUAGAUAUUGUUGAUACAACCAAAUCUUCUGUAGUUUUAGCUUGGCUUAAACCCGAUCAUGAUGGUGGUAGCCGUAUUACUGGGUACCUUCUUGAAAUGAGACAAAAAGGAUCUGACUCCUGGACUGGAGCUGGACAAACCAAGCAGCUUACUUUCACCGUUGAAGGCCUUGUGGAGAACACAGAAUAUGAGUUCCGGGUCAAGGCAAAGAAUGAUGCUGGCUACAGUGAGCCGAGAGAAGCAUUCUCUUCUGUUAUUGUUAAGGAGCCACAGAUUGAACCAACAGCAGAUCUCAGUGACAUAAGCAGACAGCUUAUAACAUGCAAGGCUGGAAGCACCUUUACUAUUGAUAUACCGAUCAGUGGGCGCCCAGCUCCAAAAGUGACAUGGAAACUUGAGGAGAUGAGGCUGAAGGAAACUGAAAGAGUGACCAUCAAGACAACAAAAGACCGAACCACGCUGACUGUAAAAGACAGUAUGAGAGGUGACUCUGGUAAAUACUACCUUACACUUGAGAACACUGCUGGUGUGAAAACAUUUACUGUCACAGUGGUAGUUAUAGGAAGGCCAGGUCCUGUCACUGGCCCAAUUGAAAUAUCAUCUGUAUCUGCUGAGUCCUGUGUGCUGACCUGGAAAGAACCUGAAGAUGAUGGUGGGAGUGACAUCACAAACUACAUUGUAGAGAAACGUGAAUCUGGCACAACAGCAUGGCAGCUGGUGAAUUCCAGUGUGAAACGCACACAGAUCAAAGUCAGUCAUCUCACAAAAUAUCAAGAGUACAGUUUCCGAGUAAGCUCAGAAAAUAGAUUUGGUGUCAGCAAGCCAGUUGAAUCAAAAACAGUAGUUGCUGAGCAUCCAUUUGUACCACCAAGCCCACCUUCCAGGCCAGAAGUCUAUUCUGUGUCUGCAAAUGCCAUGGCCAUUCGCUGGGAGGAGCCCUAUCAUGAUGGUGGCAGCAAGGUCAUUGGAUACUGGGUGGAAAAGAAGGAGCGCAACACCAUCCUUUGGGUGAAGGAGAACAAAGUACCAUGCUGUGACUGCAACUAUAAAGUCACAGGGUUGGUGGAAGGUCUAGAAUAUCAAUUCAGAACCUAUGCUCUAAAUGCUGCUGGUGUUAGCAAAGCUAGCGAAGCUUCCAGACCUGUAGUGGCUCAAAAUCCAGUUGAUCCACCAGGAAGACCAGAAGUAACAGAUGUCACCAGAUCUACAGUGUCACUGAGCUGGUCACCUCCACUUUAUGAUGGUGGAAGCAAAAUAAUCGGAUAUAUUAUUGAACGCAAACCAUAUAACGAAUCUGGCGAUGGACGUUGGCUGAAAUGCAAUUAUACCAUUGUCUCAGAAAACUUCUUUACUGUGACAGCUCUUAGUGAAGAUGAAGCCUAUGAAUUCCGUGUACUAGCAAAGAAUGCUGCUGGUGUGAUUAGCAAAGGAUCUGAAUCAACUGGUGCUGUCAUUUGCAAAGAUGAAUACACACCACCAAAGGCUGAACUUGAUGCCAGAUUGCAGGGAGAAGUUUUGAGCAUUAGGGCUGGAUCAGACCUUGUUCUUGAUGCAGCCAUUGGUGGAAAACCAGAACCAAAAGUCUUCUGGUCCAAAGGUGACCGGGAACUGGAGCUAUGUGAAAAGAUAUCUCUGCAAUACACCAGCAAGCGAGCUAUUGCAAUUAUCAAGUUCUGUGACAGAAGUGAUAGUGGAAAAUAUACCCUAACAGUUAAAAAUGCUAGUGGGAUGAAACAAAUUUCUGUUCUUGUCAAAGUGCUUGAUUCACCAGGUCCAUGUGCAGGCAAAAUCACAGUUAGCAGAGUAACAGAAGAGAAAUGUACUCUGGCCUGGAACAUUCCUGAGGAAGAUGGAGGUGCAGAAAUUACUCACUAUAUUGUAGAAAGGCGUGAAACCAGCAGACUUCACUGGGUUAUUGUUGAGGCUGAAUGCCAGACUUUAUCAACUGUGGUAACAAAACUUAUUAAAAAUAAUGAAUACAUCUUCCGUGUGAGAGGUGUCAACAAAUAUGGACCAGGUGUUCCACUUGAAUCAGAACCUGUGAUUGCCAGGAAUGCUUUCACCAUUCCAACACAGCCUGGUGCUCCUGAAGAAGUGAGUGUUGGCAAGGAACACAUCAUUAUUCAGUGGUCGAAACCAGAAUCAGAUGGUGGCAGUGAGAUUAAGGACUAUCUUGUGGACAAACGUGAAAGGAAAAGUCUGCGCUGGACACGAGUGAAUAGAGAUUAUACCAUUUAUGACACCAGACUGAAAGUCACUGGUCUCAUGGAAGGGAGCCAGUACCAAUUCCGUGUCACUGCAGUGAAUGCUGCUGGAAACAGUGAACCUAGUGAAGCUUCACAAUACAUGUUAUGUAAAGAACCAUCAUACACUCCUGCAUCACCUUCGGUUCCAAGAGUUGUGGAUACUACAAUGCACAGCAUAAGUUUAGCAUGGUCAAAGCCCACAUAUGACGGUGGUGCUGACCUCUUAGGCUAUGUUCUUGAAAUGAAAGAAGAAGGUAGUGAACAGUGGUAUCGAGCACAUACAACUGCCACUCUGAGGAAUGCUGAGUUCACGGUUACUGGUCUUAAAACAAGCCAGAAAUACCAAUUCCGAGUUGCUGCAACAAAUGUGAAUGGUAUGAGUGAAUUUAGUGAAUCAUCAGCAGAAAUAGAGCCUGUGGAAAGAAUAGAAACACCUGAACUGGAGCUUGCUGAUGAUCUGAAGAAGACAGUUACAGUCAGAGCUGGUGGUUCCCUGCGCCUAAUGGUCUCUGUAUCUGGCAGACCUGCUCCUGUAAUCACAUGGAGCAAGCAAGGUGUUGACCUUGUAAGUCGAGGUAUUAUUGAUACUACAGACAGCUACAGUCUGCUUAUUGUGGAUAAAGUUAACCGGUAUGAUGCUGGAAAAUACAUCAUCGAGGCUGAAAAUCAAUCAGGAAAAAAAUCUGCAACUAUUUCUGUGAAAGUGUAUGAUACACCUGGUCCACCACCUGCAGUGAGAGUUAAGGAAGCAUCAAAAGAUUCUGUGACACUUACUUGGGACAUUCCAGUCAUUGAUGGUGGAGCCCCAGUCAACAAUUACAUAAUUGAGAAACGUGAAGCUUCCAUGAGAGCUUACAAGACUGUCACUACCAAAUGCAGCAAGACAUUUUACAGAGUUACUGGACUUCUGGAGGGAGCUUUGUAUUAUUUCAGAGUACUACCAGAAAAUAUUUAUGGCAUUGGUGAAGGCUGUGAAACAUCUGAUGCAGUACUGGUAUCUGAUGUCCCCAUGGUACCACAAAAACUCGAAGUGAUUGACACUACUAAAACAACUGUUACACUUGCUUGGGAUAAACCACUGCAUGAUGGUGGCAGCAGAUUGACUGGCUAUGUCAUUGAGGCCAGCAAAGCUGGAACAGAAAGAUGGUUGAAGGUAGUGACAUUGAAGCCUACUGUCUACGAACAUACCAUAAUCUCCCUCAAUGAAGGCGAACAGUACUUGUUCAGGGUCAGAGCACAGAAUCAGAAGGGCGUGUCGGAGCCACGAGAGAUUGUCACAGCAGUGACAGUUCAAGACCAAAAGGUCCUACCAACAAUUGACUUCAGUGGAAUACCUCAGAAGACAAUCCACGUGCCUGCUGGCAAGCCCAUUGAAUUAGCCAUUCCAAUUGAAGGACGACCACCUCCAACUGUAUCUUGGUUCUUUGCUGGUUCUAAACUAAAAGAAUCAGAACGCAUCAAAACGGAGACUUCUGCCAAAAUGGCCAAAUUAACUGUGCGUGAGACCACCAUACAUGACACUGGGGAGUAUACACUUGAACUGAAGAACACAACUGGAACAGUUACCGAUACCUUAAAAGUUAUAAUCCUUGACAAGCCUGGACCACCUGUUGGACCUAUCAGAAUUGAUGAAAUUGAUGCAAAUUAUGUAACCAUCUCCUGGGAGCCUCCUGAGCUGGAUGGUGGAGCUGCCCUUAGUGGGUAUGUGGUAGAACAGCGUGAUGCUCACCGUCCUGGAUGGCUGCCAGUUUCAGAGUCAGUAACCAGGACAACAUUCAAGUUCACCAGACUUGUUGAAGGUGCAGAAUAUGUGUUCCGUGUAGCUGCUACAAACCGCUUUGGAAUUGGAUCUUACCUGCAGUCUGAAAUUAUAGAAUGCAAGAGCAGAAUCCGUAUUCCUGGUCCUCCUGGCACUCCAGAAGUGUUUGAUAUCUCUCGAGAUGGCAUGACAUUGACUUGGUAUCCUCCAGAAGAUGAUGGCGAUUCACAGAUUACUGGCUAUAUUGUGGAACGCAAAGAAGUUAGAGCAGAUAGAUGGAUCCGUGUAAAUAAAGUUCCGGUCACCAUGACUCGUUACCGUUCCACUGGGUUGGUUGAAGGAUUGGAAUAUGAGCACCGGGUCACAGCAAUCAAUGCCAGAGGCACUGGGAAACCCAGCCGUCCUUCCAAGUCUGCUGUUGCCAGAGAUCCAAUUGCUCCUCCAGGUAAACCUCAGAAUCCAAGAGUCACUGAUACUACAAGAACGUCUGUCUCCCUGGCUUGGAGUCCACCAGAAGAUGAAGGUGGUUCUAAAGUUACUGGCUACUUAAUUGAGAUGCAGAAGGUUGAUCAAUUUGAAUGGACCAAAUGCAAUACUACACCGACCAAGAUUCGGGAAUACACCUUGACACAUCUUCCCCAGGGUGCAGAGUACAGAUUCCGAGUGCUAGCCUGUAAUGCUGGUGGGCCAGGAGAACCUGCUGAAGUUCCAGGAACAGUCAAAAUAACAGAAAUGCUUGAAUAUCCUGACUAUGAACUUGAUGAAAAAUACCAAGAAGGUCUCAUGGUGAGACAAGGAGGAGUAAUCAGGCUUACAAUACCUAUUAAGGGUAAGCCCAUCCCAGUAUGCAAAUGGACGAAAGAAGGACAGGACAUCAGCAAGAGGGCCAUGAUUGCAACUUCUGAGACUCAUACGGAACUUGUGAUCAAAGAUGCAGAAAGAGAAGAUUCAGGCACCUAUGAUUUGGUACUCGAAAACAAGUGUGGCAAGAAAGCCGUGUACAUUAAAGUCAGAGUGAUUGGCAUUCCAAAUCCACCAGAAGGACCACUUGAGUAUGAUGAUAUACAAGCUCGUUCUGUCAGAGUAAGCUGGAGACCUCCUACAGAUGAUGGUGGUGCAGAUAUCCUGGGUUAUAUUGUUGAGAGAAGAGAAGUGCCGAAGACUGCCUGGUACACUGUUGACUCUAGAGUGAAAGGGACAUCACUAGUGGUGAAAGGACUCAAAGAAAAUGUGGAAUAUCACUUCCGUGUUUCUGCUGAAAACCAUUUUGGUAUUAGCAAAUCUCUCAAAUCUGAAGAACCAGCAGUACCAAAGACACCACUAAAUCCACCAGAGCCUCCAAACAACCCACCUGAAGUGCUUGAUGUUACAAAGAGUUCUGUCAACUUGUCCUGGUCCAGACCUAAAGAUGAUGGUGGUUCUCGUGUAACUGGCUACUAUAUUGAACGUAAAGAGACAUCUACAGAAAAAUGGGUUCGGCAUAAUAAGACACAGAUUACCACUACAAUGUACACAGUCACAGGACUUGUUCCAGAUGCUGAAUAUCAAUUCCGUGUCAUUGCUCAAAAUGACAUUGGUGAAGGUGAAGCAAGUCCUGCUUCUGAACCAGUUGUAUGCAAGGAUCCAUUCGACAAACCAAGCCAACCUGGAGAAAUUGAGAUCACUUCUAUAUUUAAGGAUAGCAUUACAUUAGAAUGGGAACGACCUGAAAGCGAUGGUGGCAAAGAGAUCCUUGGCUAUUGGGUUGAAUAUCGCCAGUCUGGAGAAAGCACCUGGAAAAAAUGCAAUAAAGAACGCAUCAAGGACAGGCAGUUUACAGUAGGAGGUUUACUAGAGGCCACAGAAUAUGAGUUCCGUGUUUUUGCAGAAAAUCAGACUGGCCUCAGCAGACCUCGAAGGACCGCUAUGGCAGUGAAAACGAAAUUAACAUCUGGAGAAGCACCUGCCAUAAAAAAAGAAAUGCAGGAUGUUACAACUAAACUGGGUGAGGCAGCUCAGCUGACAUGCCAGAUUGUUGGGAGACCUUUGCCUGAUAUUAAAUGGUACCGCUUCGGCAAAGAGCUGGUACAAAGCAGAAAAUACAAAAUGUCAUCUGAUGGACGCAAUCAUACACUGACAGUAAUGACAGAUGAACAGGAGGAUGAAGGUCUCUACACUUGCAUGGCUACCAAUGAUGUUGGAGAAAUUGAAACUAGUGGCAAGCUGCUAUUGCAGGCUCCUCCUCAGUUCCACCCUGGCUUCCCAUUGAAAGAGAAAUACUACGCAGGUGCAGGUGGCACCCUCCGCCUUCAUGUUGUGUAUAUUGGACGGCCAGUACCAGCAAUAACUUGGUUCCAUGGCAACAAACCUUUGAGAGGAUCAGAAACAAUUACUAUUGAGAACACAGAACAGUAUACUCAUCUUGCUAUUAAGAAUGUCCAGCACAAGACUCAUGCUGGGAAGUACAAAGUACAACUCAGUAACACAUUUGGAACAGUUGACACUGUACUUAAUGUGGAAAUACAAGAUAAACCAGAUAAACCAGUAGGGCCAAUUGUUAUAGAGUCUAUACUGAAGAAUUCUGUGGUGAUAAGCUGGAAACCACCAGAGGAUGAUGGAGGAGUUAUGAUAACCAAUUACAUCAUAGAGAAACGUGAAGCCAAGGAAGGAGCAGAAUGGCAACUUGUAUCUUCAAGUAUCUCAGGCACAACCUGUAGAAUUGUUAACCUAACUGAAAAUGCAGGCUAUUAUUUCCGUGUUUCUGCUCAGAAUAUGUAUGGCAUUAGUGAAGCACUGGAGGUCUCAUCAGUAGUUUUUAUAAAGCCUCCAUUUGAAAAACCAGGACAACCCGGCCAGCCAGUAGCAAGUGCUGUCACAAAGGAUUCUUGCGUUGUCUCAUGGAAGCCACCUGCAAGUGAUGGUGGUGCAAAGAUUAGAACCUACUAUCUUGAGAAGCGUGAGAAAAAACAAAACAAGUGGAUUUCUGUGACAACAGAUGAAAUUCGUGAAACAGUCUACUCUGUGAAAGAUCUUAUUGAAGGUCUUGAAUAUGAGUUCCGUGUAAAAUGUGAAAAUCUUGGUGGUGAAAGUGAGUGGAGUGAGGUAUCCCAACCAGUCAUUCCAAAAUCUGAUGUACCAAUUAAAGCUCCACAUUUCAAGGAAGAGCUAAGGAAUCUGAAUGUGAAAUUUCAAGCUAAUGCCACCUUUGUCUGCAAAGUCACUGGUCAUCCUAAGCCAAUUGUCAAGUGGUACAGACAGGGCAAAGAAAUCAUGCCAGAUGGGGAAAAGAUCAAGAUACAGGAAUUCAAGGGUGGAUAUUACCAGCUGGUCAUCACGAAUGUAACAGAUGAUGAUGCCACGGUGUAUCAAGUUAGAGCUACCAACCAAGGAGGAUCUGUGUCUGGCACUGCCUCUCUGGAUGUUGAAGUUCCUGCAAAGAUUCAUUUGCCCAAAAAUUUGGAAGGCAUGGGAGCUGUUCAUGCCCUCCGAGGGGAAGUGGUGAGCAUCAAGAUUCCAUUCAGUGGCAAGCCGCCCCCUGUGAUCACAUGGCAGAAGGGACAAGAUCUCAUUGAUACUAAUGGACACUACCAAGUCAUUGUUACACGAUCAUUCACAUCUCUUGUUUUCCCAAAUGGUGUUGACAGAAAAGAUGCAGGGUUUUACAUUGUUUGUGCCAAAAACAGAUUUGGAAUCGAUCAAAAAACAGUUGAAUUAGACGUGGCUGAUGUGCCUGAUCCACCAAGAGGUCUGAAGGUAACUGACGUUUCAAGGGAUUCAGUCAACUUAACCUGGAAUGAACCAGCUACUGAUGGUGGAAGCAGGAUCAUAAACUACAUUAUUGAGAAACGUGCUACAACAGCAGAGCGAUGGAUCCGUGUUGCACAAGCUCGUGAUACACGAUACACAGUGGUGAACCUAUUUGGUAAAACCACCUAUCAGUUCCGUGUAAUUGCAGAGAACAAGUUUGGCCAAAGUCAGCCUUCUGAACCUACUGAUCCAAUUGUAACAAAGGAAGAUAAGACCAGAGUAUUGAACUAUGAUGAAGAAGUUGAUGAAACCAGAGAAAUUACGGCAGCUAAAGCAGCUCACUAUUCUACAAAGGAACUCUAUGACAAAUACAUGAUUGCAGAAGAGCUUGGACGUGGGCAGUUUGGCAUUGCACACCGCUGUGUUGAGGCAGUUUCAAAAAAGACUUACCUGGCCAAAUUUGUCAAAGUAAAGGGUGCUGACCAAGUUUUGGUAAAGAAAGAAAUUUCCAUCCUAAACAUUGCUAGGCACCGAAACAUCCUGUAUCUUCAUGAAUCAUUUGAGAGCCUAGAAGAAUUGGUCAUGAUCUUUGAAUUCAUUUCCGGGGUUGACAUCUUUGAAAGAAUCAGCACAGCUUCAUUUGAACUUAAUGAAAGAGAAAUAGUAAAUUAUGUACGCCAGGUCUGUAGUGCACUAGAAUUUUUACAUAGUCAUAGCAUUGGACAUUUUGAUAUUAAACCAGACAAUAUUAUUUACUUCACAAGAAGGAGCUCUGUAAUUAAAAUUGUUGAAUUUGGUCAAGCCAGACAGUUGAGGCCUGGAGACGGCUUUAGACUCCAGUUCACUUCUCCUGAAUAUUAUGCACCUGAAGUACAUCACCACGACUUGGUCAGCACAGCUACCGACAUGUGGUCAGUUGGUGCGCUAACAUACAUACUUCUCAGUGGUCUUAACCCUUUCAUUGCUGAAACAAACCAACAAGUUAUUGAAAAUAUUCUAAAUGCUGAAUACAGCUUUGAGGAUGAAGCAUUCAAAGACAUAAGCAUCGAAGCCAUGGACUUCAUUGAUCGCCUGCUCGUAAAGGAAAGAAAAUCUCGGAUGACAGCUGCUGAAGCACUUAAUCACGUGUGGCUAAAACAGCAGACGGAAAAGACCAGCACUAAAACCAUUAAGACCUUGAGGCACAGGCGUUACUAUCAAACUCUAGUGAAGAAGGAGUGGAACACAGUUGUGUCAGUAGCCCGCAUUUCCUGUGGAGGCGCAAUUAGAUCCCAGAAAGGCAUAACAGUGGCAAAAGUUAAAGUUGCCCCAAUAGACAUUGGGCCUAUUGCUGGGCAGAUAAAGCAUAAUGUUGCAGAAGAAGGAGGUCAUGCCAAAUAUGUAUGUACGAUUGAAAACUAUGACGAGUCCACACAAGUCACAUGGUACUUUGGUAUGAGGCAAUUGGAAAGCAAUGAGAAGUACGAAAUCAAAUAUGAAGAUGGUGUGGCAACCAUGUAUGUCAAAGAUGUUUCUAAAUCAGAUGAUGGUACCUACAGAUGCAAGGUAGUAAAUGAUUAUGGUGAGGACAGCUCUUAUGCAGAACUUUUUGUUAAAGGCGUGAGAGAAAUUUCUGAGCACUACAGAUGCAGAACUGUUAGAAAAGUGAAACGACGAGUUGAUACCAUGAGAUUGUUAGAGCAUCCCCCAGAAUUUACUCUGCCUUUGUAUAACCGCACUGCAUAUGUUGGAGAAAAUGUCAGGUUUGGAGUAACUAUAACAGUUCACCCAGAACCUCGCUUAACAUGGUACAAAUCAGGCCAAAAAAUCAAACCUGGAGAUGAUGAUAAGAAGUAUACUUUUGAAUCAGACAAAGGUCUUUAUCAGCUUGUCAUCAAUAAUGUCACUGAAGAGGAUGAUGCUGAAUACAGUAUUGUGGCACGCAAUAAAUAUGGCGAAGACAGCUGUAAAGCUAAGCUGACUGUGAUUCCACAUCCGCCUCCAGCAGAUGCCACACUUAGGCCAAUGUUUAAAAGACUGCUGGCAAAUGCUGAAUGUCAAGAAGGCCAAAAUGUCAGUUUUGAGAUCAGGGUAUCUGGUGUGCCAAAACCAACAUUGACAUGGGAGAAAGAUGGUCAACCUCUAUCCUUUGGUCCCAACUUUGAUAUAAUUCAUGAAGGUUUAGAUUAUUAUGCUUUGCAUAUCAGAGAUACUUUACCAGAAGACAGUGGCUACUACAGAGUUACUGCUACAAAUAGUGCUGGAUCUACAAGCUGUCAGGCUUAUCUAAAAGUUGAACGCUUGAAAUAUGUCAAGCGUGAGUACAAGUCAGAGGAAGAGCGGGAGAAGCAUGUACAAAGGCAAAUUGACAAGACCUUACGAAUGGCAGAAAUCCUUUCUGGGGUUGAAGCUGUUCCACUGACACAAACUGCACAAGAGGCUCUCAGAGAAGCUGCUAUCUUAUAUAAACCAGCUGUUAGCUCAAAGACUGUUAAAGGUGAAUAUGAAAUUCAGAAAGAAGAAAAGAAGGAGAAGGAGGAAAGGAGACUUCGUAUGCCAUAUGAGAUCCCAGAGCCUCGCAAACACGUCCGUGCUGCUCUUGAGGAAGAUCAGCAUAUUAAACACUUUGUGCCUCUGUCAGACAUGAAGUGGUACAAGAGGUUGCGAGACCAGUAUGAAAUGCCAGGAAAACUUGAGAGGACUGUUCAGAAACGUCAGAAACGCAUACGUCUUUCCAGGUGGGAGCAAUUCUAUGUGAUGCCACUGCCACGCAUUUCUGAUCAGUACAAGCCUAAGUGGCGCAUACCAAAGCUGACACAAGAUGAUCUUGAAAUUGUCAGACCAGCACGCCGGCGUUCCCCAUCUCCAGAGUAUGAAUAUCACUACAGACCAAGAAGGCGAUCGCUUGGCGACUUGUCUGAUGAGGAAUUGCUCAUGCCGAUAGAUGACUACUUAGCCAUGAAGAGAACUGAAGAGGAAAGACUGCGCCUUGAAGAAGAGCUGGAGUUAGGCUUUUCUGCUUCCCCACCAAGUAGAAGCCCCCCACGCUUUGAACUGUCUGCCCUUCGAUAUUCUACUGCAGGAGCACAGGUCAGUUCAGAGGAAGAAAGAAAAAGAGAGCUGAGGUAUUCAAGCUAUCACAUUCCAACUAAAGCUGAGACCAGCACAAGCUAUGCAGAGCUUCGUCAACGUCACGACAGGGCUGCCUACAGACCACCUAAACAAAAGCAAAGAAUAAUGGAUGAGAGGGAGGAUGAAGAAUUGCUCCGGCCUGUUGGCGCUGAUCAGCGACUCUCUGAAUACAGGAGUGAGCUCAAAUAUAUGGCAGAGGAAGAAAAGAGCAGACUCAGGAGAAGGAGGGAAAGAGAAAUAACUGAGAUCACAUCAGAAGAAGAAGAAGAAAUAGAAAUGGUACAAUAUGCUCACAGGGAAUUUUCACCUCCCUCUAGAUUACUUAGGAGAAGAAGAUCCCUUUCUCCAACUUACAUUGAGUUGAUGCGUCCUGUAUCUGAAUUAAUUCGACCUCGCUCACGGCCUCCUGAAGAAAGUGAGAGAAGAUCCCCAACACCAGAGAGAACUCGACCACGCUCACCUAGCCCAGUGUCUAGUGAAAGAUCUCUCUCCCGGUUUGAGAGGAUGGCAAGAUUUGAUAUAUUUUCCAGAUAUGAGUCCAUGAAAUCUGCUCUGAAAACUCAAAAAACGAUGGAAAGGAAAUAUGAAGUUCUGACUCAGCAGCCUUUCACCCUUGACCAUGCUCCUCGCAUUACCCUGAGAAUGCGCUCACACCGGGUACCAUGUGGCCAUAAUACCAGGUUCAUUCUAAAUGUCCAGUCAAAACCAACUGCCGAAGUGAAGUGGUACCACAAUGGUAUUGAGCUCCAAGAGAGCAGUAAGAUACACUUUACCAAUACGAGUGGUGUAUUAACUCUGGAGAUUCUCGACUGCCAUAUUGAUGACAGUGGAACAUACCGAGCUGUUUGCACAAACUACAAAGGGGAAUGCUCUGAUUAUGCAACACUAGAUGUUACUGGAGGAGAUUACACUACAUACUCUUCCCAGAGGAAAGAUGAAGAAGUACCAAGGCCAAUUUUACCUGACUUGACAAAAACAGAGGCAUAUGCAAUCUCCUCGUUUAAGAAAGCAUCUGAAACGGAAGCAAGUUCCUCAGUAAGAGAGGUCAAAUCAGAAGUGUCAGCAACAAGAGAAUCACUUUUAUCCUAUGAACACUAUGCUGCUUCUGAAGAAAAAGUCACUGCAGCUGAAAGAAAAUCGUUGGAAGAAAGAACUUCUCACAAAGCAUUUAAAAGCACUCUGCCAGCAACAAUCCUUACAAAGCCACGGUCAAUCACAGUUUCUGAAGGGGAGACUGCAAGAUUUUCCUGUGAUGUUGAUGGUGAACCAGCACCAACAAUAACAUGGCUCCGUGCAAGUCAACCUAUUGUUUCUUCAAGGCGCUUCCAAGUAACACGAACACAGUACAAGUCUACCUUCGAAAUUUCUUCCGUCCAGAUAUCAGAUGAAGGAAGUUACACUGUUGUGGUGGAAAACUCUGAAGGAAGACAGGAAGCCCAUUUUACUUUGACCAUUCAAAGAACAAAAAUUCCUGAAAAAACAAUUACAUCACCUCCAAGGAUCAAAUCUCCUGAGCCUCGUGUAAAGUCACCAGAGCCAGUUAAGUCUCCUAAACGAGUGAAAUCUCCUGAACCCAUCAGCAGUCCCCCAAAAGCUAAAUCACCACCUGGAGACAAAAUGGUAGCAACAGAGAAAGUACAAUUGCCAACUGCUUCUCCACCAAAGAUAAAACAGCAUCUGAAAGCAGAAACUCUUGGAGAUAAGGUAAAAUUAUCCUGUGCAGUUGAAAGCAAUGUUUUAAGUGUCAGAGAAGUGGCUUGGUAUAAGGAUGGUAAAAAACUGAAAGAAGACCAUCAUUUCAAGUUUCAUUAUGCAGCAGAUGGCACUUAUGAGCUCAAAAUCCAUGACCUCAUGGAAUCUGAUAAAGGAGAAUACACCUGUGAAAUUAUUGGGGAAGGAGGUGUUUCAAAAACUAACUUCCAGUUUACUGGCCAAGUAUUUAAAAAUAUCCAUUCCCAGGUAAGAGGUAUAUCUGAAUCUCAUAAAACAGUUCAGAAAGAAGAUGAGUUACUUAUGGUUUCUACUCAGAAGAAAUCAGUAGUGGCAACUGAAGAGAAAUCUGCAGUUCAAGAAGUCAUUAAAAAGUCAGUUGUUACAGAAGAUGUCAAACAAUUGAAAGCAGAAAUUACAGCUUCUUCAACUAAAAUGACAAUGUCUGAAGGGCAGAAAGUGACACUGAAAGCCAGUAUUCCUGGUGCUUCUGACGUAAAAUGGGUGCUGAAUGGAAUGGAGCUGAGAAAUUCAGAUGAUUACAGAUACGGUGUUUCUGGAAGUGAUCACACGCUAACUAUCAAAAAGGCCAGUAAUAAGGAUGAAGGUAUACUCACCUGUGAGGGUAAAACUGACGAAGGCAUUAUUAAAUGCCAGUAUAUUGUGACCCUUUCUAAAGAGCACUCCAGUGAACCAGCAUUCAUCAUGCAGCCCAAGUCUCAAAAUGUCAAUGAAGGACAAGACGUGUUGUUCACCUGUGAGGUUUCUGGGGAACCUUCUCCUGAAGUUGAGUGGUUAAAGAAUAAUCAACCUAUUGCAGUUUCAUCGCACCUCAGAGUAUCUCGCUCUAAAAAUGUAUAUUCUCUUGAGAUUCGAAAUGCAGCAGUGAGUGACACUGGAAAAUACACAGUCAAGGCAAAAAAUUACCAUGGGCAAUGUUCUGCUACAGCAUCUUUGACUGUACUCCCUCUAGUUGAAGAACCUCCGAAAGAGGUAGUAUUGAAGACCAGUGGCGACGCAAGCAUGCACCAAAGUUUUUCUUCUCAGUCCUUUCAAAUGGCUUCUUCUAAACAAGAGGCUUCAUUCAGCAGUUUCAGCAGUAGCAGCAUGACUGAAAUGAAAUUUGAAAGCAUGUCUGCCAAAAGCAUGUCCUCCAUGAAAGAAUCCUUUGUAGAGAUGAGCUCCAGCAGUAUUGUGGGGAAAUCUAGCAUGGCUCAACUGGAGAGUUCAACUAGUAAAAUGCUUAAAUCAGAUCUGAGAGGAGUACCACCCAAAAUUGAAGCUCUCCCAUCUGAUAUCAGCAUUGAAGAAGGAAAAGUUCUCACACUAUCAUGUGCCUUUUCGGGUGAACCUGCUCCUGAAAUAACAUGGUACUGCAGAGGGAGAAAAAUUACCAGUCAGGACCAGCAAGGCAGAUUCCACAUCGAAACCAGUGAAGAUCUAACCACCCUGAUCAUCAUGGAUGUCCAGAAGAAUGAUGGUGGACUUUAUACUCUGAAUUUAGGGAAUGAAUUUGGUACUGAUUCUGCCACUGUGAAUAUAAAUAUCCGAUCACCUUAGAGAGAUUAAUCUGUAUUAUUUACACUUGUAUUUUUACAAGUGAUUCAUUUUUGGACUGAAAUAUCUGAUAUGUAAAUAUAAAAGAAAAAUAUUUUUUUACCUACCUGAACGAGACAAAGUCCAGAUCUAUACAUUAUGACUUAUAGUCAUGAUUGACCUAAGAAUUUGAACCACUUUUUUCACUGACAUGUACAUACUGUAUAUAGCCGAAGGUAACGGUUAUGAAGUUUUGUACCGUUUAUUUUAUGACAUUUUGAAACGUAACUUUUGGAACUAACAGUUGGCAGGGGAAAGUUUCCUAGAAAAUUACUACCCUGCUCAACAUUUAACUAAUUUUUGCACCUCAACUCAUUGUUGAUGUCUAAGAAUGCCUCAACAGGUAGAGAGGCUCCCUGUUGAAGAUUACCUACACCUAAGACAUGAUACUGUGCACAGUAUUUCAUACGUGCACAAACAUUUAUGUUGAAUCAGAAAUGUAAGGCAUUGGUGAUGUUUGCAAUUACCCUCCUGUAAGCAUUGCUUUAAUGUUUUACAUUGGAUCUGAUUAUGUCAUAAUUUUCAUACCUGACUGACAAUUUCUGGACAAAGUGCAAGCGGCCAGCACUUUGUUCACCCACUGUGUACUGUUUCUGACAUAUUGACUGCCUGAAUAGCUUUUAAAAAAGUAACAUCACCUGGCCAUCCCCUUAAUCAACAAAGCUAUUUAGGUAUUCAAGUGCAGCAGCAGUACCCCAUCUUGGAGGUUCUUAGGGUGCAGUGAUUGAGUUUGUGUGGUAGUAUUAGACACCCAGUAGUCACUUCCAGGCAACUAAGCAAUGAACCACAGUUUGAAAACAAACUGUUGCUACAACAUCAAAUACCAGCCUGCACUUCAAUUUGCUUUAGUUCUCCUAAUGUAGUAAUAGAGCUUGGUAGCUGUUGAACCUCCUUGAGAUAGACUUGUUCAUUUGAAAUAAAGCAUGCUUUCUGCACCAUAAA